AGUCGCGCUCAGCUGCUGGAGAGGUGAGCAUCAGCCUGGCGCUCAUCCACUCAUCGCGGCUGCUACCUCGCCCCCUUUUCGACAGAAAUAGGACCACUGUACCUGACAUUUCUUAAUUCUGUCCAUGCAAAAGGAUACCGGAGCUUUCGGCAUUUUCCUUCCCACUGGGCAUCCCGUGUCGUUUCCUUUUUGACAGCACUUGCAGGGCUUUUUACGCGUCGCUGUACCCGGUCUGUGGCGAUACCGGCUGCUCCGUGUCUACACCGAGGACUGGACCAAACAUCACACAAAAGGUAAAAGCAAGUUCAGCAAAUUAUCUUUAGGGGUUUUGGUCUAAAUAGCAAAGUGUGUUCUUUUAUGGGUUUCUUGUCCAUAGUGGUACUGAAAAUGGUAUAUGUUGCUCAUAUUUACUAUCAGCACUGUGAAUGGAUGAAGAAGUGAAGAUGUGUGUUUUUCUAAACUGUUAAACCAGUCACUGUAUUUUCCUACAGUGAUUUUUAUAUUGGGCUGAAAUGGACAGAAAUCUGAUAAUUUGGCAUGUUGGAACUGUUACAGAAUGUCAAUGUAGAUGCAACAUUUCGACAGAGGGACCCAGAUAUACAGUUUCUGUGCCUAUACAUUCAUGCCCCUUCAUCUUCUCCUCCUUUGUCAACUUUUAACCCUGACACUGCACCAUGUUUCUCUUAAACCUGGACUGGAGAUGUAGUAUUACAAAUCAACGUAAAUAAUCAAACUUACCAUGUCACUCUUUUAAUUAUUCAACCUCCUGUGGGAAUAAACAGGCCUUUCUCUCCUCAUUUGAAGCCUCCAUGUGAAGUAGACAGAAGCAGAGGUAGCUGCUGGAUGAAUAGAAUUAGGUGGUGAAGCUGGGUUGUUACUACAGUCAGCACACCAAAGACAGAAACCUGAGAUGUCUUGGAUGGCACCUUAAAUCCACAAACAGGUCACUUUGUUAUCUUUGUUUCUGCUCACAGCAUCCUCUCUAAGCUACACAUUGAUCAGAGUGGAGGAGGUCAGGGCACAGCAGCCCAUUUUAAGUAUUUCACAAAUGAGGGAUGUUGUUUCUAUGGUGUAAAGAGAAAAAAAAAACAUGAUUUGUCUUUGAUUAUCUCAGGGUGAAACGUCAGUGUAUGAGCUACAUCAAUAGUGGCAGUGAUGGAAGAAACAGGGUUGCUCAUGACUGCUUGGAAAAUUAGGCAGGAAUUCAGUUGUCAGUUUGUGAGGUUUAUGCUCUCUCUCUGUCUUGCUCUUUUUUAUGCCUCUUAUUCUCUUAUCAUUGUUUUCCAUACAUGUGUGAUAUCUGCACAAAUAUUAAGAAAUUUCACUUCAUUUCCUGUCAGCGCUGCAGAAUUAUCCUGACAUCUUGCGGGGUGAAAUUGUUAACUGUAGAGGUGCUGUCUGAUGGAUCAGGUGUUUCCGUCUCCAGCUUACACAGGGUAGCACGCAGCCCUAUUUUCAUGCCACGAUUGACUCCAAAAUGUUCCCUCUCACACACUGAGCAGCUGUGUGUGGCUUUGUGCGUGUGUUAAAGCUGCAGCUUACCUCUGUAUCCAGUUCUUGGCUAGUGUUAGUGAACUAUGAGCAUCUUCAGCUCCUGUUGUACUUACAGGAACUGGCUCCACAUUGCAGGCUUCUCCUUCAUGCAUAUUAAAGAUGGUCUCGGUAUUUGUCUCCCUGUCUUCCUCCUUUUAUCUCCUUCUUCUCUUGUUUUGCUUUGUUUAUGGAUCACAGACUCUUCUGUUUCACACCUCUGUUCUCAAAAGAGGUGGUCUUUUCUUUCCUUUUGCCGGUUCACUGCCUCUACCUUCACAUUUUCUGUGUGAUGAGGCUUUACAACAGAUAAACAAUACUCCACUUGAGAAGGGUUGACUGCUUCCUGUUGGAUCCACGUUAACUGUGGGCAAGGAAAGAAACAAGAGAGAAAAAAAGAAAGGAAAAAAAGAAAGAAACAGAACAAAUUAAGAUGUAAGCUUUCCUUGAGGUUGUGUUGCACAUAUUUCAGUAAUGUGUCUUCUCUGCCUGGCUGUGCUCAGCUUCGCACAGACACUUGUAGAAGUCUUGAAUGGGCAGGAAUUCAAUUUUGCACUUGAGCUGUGUCCAAGCAAGUGAAUAGGAAACAACAAAUUCUUACAGACAUUCAGCACAGAUAAGAGUAUGCCUAAAAUGAACCCUUCUGCUGCACUUCAACCACAUAAAGCCAUCUUGGCAGGAUAAAACUAUGGGAGAGCAUCCAAACACCUAUUUGGCAUCAGGGUGAAUCUGGCUGGAGUUGUUGCACUUUGACUAGAGGGCCAUUAGCUACAAAUUCCUUAGUGUUGUAUGCUUUCAUGUCUGAUCCUUUUGUUGCUUGAAGGGGGCUCUAACCUUACUUCAAUGGAAAAGGAGGUACUGAGUGUGGUAAAUUUUUGCUGAAUUGUUAGGCUCACCGUGUUUGUUGCGAAUGAUUAAAGCGUUUUUUUUUUUUUGCCAUGGUGGUAAGAGUCUUUGGAGGAAUGCUGGUAGAUUUAUUCAAUCAUAAAACCAUGAUCCAAUCAGUGGCAACAGUGCAGCUUUUCCACACAUUAGAUUCUGUUUGUGUAAACGUCUUUGCUGUGUAUGUAAAUACAGCUGUCAAGCCUGUUAGCUCAUGUUUAAUCAGUUUUAUUCGCCGUUGCCAGUAAAAAAGGUGCCUGCUUGACUGACACAUCUAUACCCAAGCAGAUGGCGCAGAAGCUCAAGUGUGCUGCUGCUGCUGCUGCUAGCGUUGCCUUGGCUGGUAACAUAAUGGCCAAGCAGUGGCCAGAUUGAACUAGCCAAUGCAGUGAGAGCCAAACAAAUGAGCAGCUCAGCUGGAACAUCUUGGCCAGUGUCAGAGCAGACAAAGCCCAGGAGGCAAGGAGGAAAAAAAACGGUAUUUUGCCAUAAUCCCUUCAGACACUGCUCCUGAAUAUUCAUUACCCCCCUCCCCCUUUUCCCCACCAAAUGUAUUAUUCAAAGGAAGCAAUUUCCCCAUCAGAUAUUAUAAAUAAGUGAUGAAAACGGGUAACAGUUGUUUGCUUAAUUAAUAACAGUGACACAUUGGAGCAUCAACGAGUGAUUGGAGGAGACGAUGCUUUUUUAAUGGAGGCUACUUUAAGCCCUUUAUGUUCUACCAAUUUGGAUUGCUUUGUCACUAUCGUUGUUGUCCAUCAGUAGAUCUGAAUUGAAUUGUUUCUCCAUUAGUCACUUCUUAAAACACCCUGGAGGAAAAGCAAACACUUCACAGCUGUUUGUUUUGCCAUUGCAUUGGUGUUUUCCUGUCUGACUUCAUCUUCAGAAACAGAAAGGCUCCCUGUGGGCGCUUAAUGUGGUUUCAGCACCGGACAGCUCCUGAAGCAGAGUCUGUUGUAUCCGCUUCAUGGUUUGAAUAUUCUGGUGAGUAAAAACUGGCCAGAGCAGAUCCUCACAGCCAGUCCUUGACAGACAGAUGCCUCACUGAAGGAUAUCAAGUAUCUGAUGGUUUGCAUCAUUGUUGUAUGAGCUGUAUCAGUCAGACUCUGAUGAGCUGCUAAACUGGUCGUGCUUGAGAGGCUUUCAGAUUGAUGUUGUUUUCCACUUGAGCACCACAGUUCCCCAAAGAGAGGCACAUUUUUUUUGUGUGUGUGGGCAAGCUUAUGAUUUGAAUUUGUAGAUUCUCAAUAAAUCCUGAAUCUGACAGAAAUUAUUUAAAAAAAUGAAAACGAGAGAAGAGAAGAAGUUAGCUUUUGUCAAGAGAAUGAUUUCUGUCUGUCCCUCUCUUCUUCAUUCUGCUUGUUUGGAUUUAACACCGCCGAGCUGUUUAUGAAACUAUGGCACCAGAGUGAUAAUAAUAAAGCCCUAUGUCGAAAUCCAUCCAGGUUUUGGUUCACAUAAAGUUAUCACAGGAAUUAAUGGGUAUAGAAAAGUAGUGCAGUUAAUUGUCAUUGUACCAAAAUAAGCCUUGCACAUAAACUCCUACAUAAACUUGCACAUAAAUGAAGAGGGAUAUGUGAUUUUUCAGUUCAGCUUUUUUAUUUAGUAUAUCUUUCAGUAAAAAAAUAUAUAUUUCUUAAAUUCUCAUCAGUAUUUUGCUAAAGACAAAAAGCAGUGGAUUAUAUUUUUUCUCUCUGAGAUUUCACUUUUGUAGUAAUGAAUGGAGAAGGAGUUAAAAAAUAAAGUUUUAACGAGAGAUGUUAAAAGAGAGUCAGACAGAUGUGAGAUAAACAGGGAAACAGCUGGAUGGUCCGGGGCAGCUGCAGACCUUGGCCACGGUGAUAAAUCAUCUGACAAACAUGGUUGAGUUUACUCCUGCAGAAGCAAUGCAGACUGUGUGUGUGUGUGUGUGUGUGUGUGUGUGUGUGUGUGUGUGUGUGUGUGUGUGUGUGUGUGUGUGUGUGUGUGUGUGUGUGUGUGGUCAGAUCAGAGAUGUGCUAAAAGGUGCGGAAAGUCAACAUGAGAAAUACUUUCUUGUUUUUUGUUUGUUUGUUUGCUUACAUUCAGAGCAGCAUCCCUCAAUUAAAUUGUAAAUGCUCUCAGUCCUGAUAAUACUUUUUCACCCUUAGUAUUCUUCAUCUUCACUUUACAGCCUUUAGGUGUUGAGGUGAAACUUCAUCUUGAUUUUAAUAUAGUGCGUUGUAAAACUCAUAGCAGACCAAGUGUCCUGUCAGUACUGUCAAAAGUCAAAUUACCAUUUACACCACAACACCACCAGCAGCAGCCCGAACUGUUGAUGUAAGGCAGGAUGGGUCCAUGCUCUCAGGUUGUUUACACCAAAUUCUGACCCAUCUGAACGUCACAGCUGAAAUCCAGGCUCAUCAGACCAGUUGACAUUUUUCCAAUCAUUUGUGAGCCUGUGCGAAUUGAAGCCUCAGUUUCCUGCUCUCAGCUGACAGGAGUGGCACUUGGCGUGGUCUUCUGCUGCUGGAGCCCAUCGGCUUCAGGGUUUGAUGUGUUGUGCGUUCAGAGCAGAUAUUCUGCAUACCUUGAUUGUGACGAGUGCUUAUUUGACUUACUGUUGCCUGUCUACCAUCUUGAACCAGUCUGUCCAUUCUCCUCUGACCUCUGACAUUAACAAGGCAUUUUCAUCCACAUCCACAUAUUUUCUCUUUUUCUUACCAUUCUCUAUAAAAUAAAGAGAUGACUGUGUUAAAAUAUCAGUAGAUUAAACAGGUGUACCUAACAAAUUGGCCACUGGGUGUAGAAAUUCAUCAACUUCACGUUUUGUGUGAGUGUAUUAGUACCAUUUUUAUUUCAAAGUUUUGAGCCUUGCCAACACUGUCCCUUUUCUAUCCUCCCAAAUGGGUCUCCCUGUGUCCUCAGAUGCCAAAAACACACAUAUAUCUAAGCUUGCAGGACUACAGGCACCUCAUUCAUCUGAGGCUGACCUCUGAAUGGCUCUCUUCAUUGAAUGGCCUUUGUUGUUCUUACCGAGAGGGGAUCAGAGACUCUGAAAAGAGGAGGUUACCUUCCCUUCUCUCCUCUUCUCUCAGUGGGAAAAUACUAGACUGAACAGUGAAGGAGCCAUGUUCCUGCAGCCUCCAAAAGCUUUUCCAAGCAGGUAAAAGCUGCUCAAAGCUGUGAAGUGGAUGUUUGCAAACUCACCUCAGUGGGUUGUCCAGGGUUGAUUUAAGGAUCAGGCCUUUAAGAUGCGCAGUCUCUACAAAGGAGAUCCUUACAAGUAUUUAUUGUAAACUGGUCCAGACAUUCUGAGCAUGCCCCACAGUUGCAGUCAGCUUUACCUGGAAGGAAGCAAAUGAAUAAAGUAGCCUAAGAGAUAGCAUGCAUCUCAAUGGAACCAAUGAUAAAAUGUAGACAGUUGUCCACACAAGUAAGAAUCUUGCUAACUUGUUCAUCAAUUGUUUUAUGUUAUAUAAUGAGUAAAGUGAUCAAAGGUCCAAUAUUGGUCAGAAGUGGAAUAGGUGUGCGGUCCAUGUACAGAGGCUGUACUCCAAGGGGUUAAUGAUUUGACUCCAGGCCAUGACCCUUUGCUGCAUGUCAUCCCCCACUCCCCUCUCUCAACUCCCCACAUUACCUGUCUCUCCUCAGCAAUCCUAUAAAAAAAAUAACCCCACUGCCGGAGAGAGGCUCUGAGGGUGGGUUUGUGCAUCAGUAGCUGAGUUUACAUUGGCACAAAUGAUCGGAAUAAAUGCCCAAUUGGAAUAAGAAUGUGUCAUGUAAACAUGUCGAUCGGAAGAUUCUGAUCCAGUUGAUUCUGAUUGGAAAGAAAUUGUAUUCCGAUUGAGAGGGGUGGUUUGUGCCGAUCGUUAUUCCAGAACGUGUCCAUGUAAACACUUAGUCUGAUCGUGACUCUCUUACUUGACUCAAUCUUCACUCUCAGCCUUUGGCUUAUUUAUUGAGGCCAGUACAGGCGGUUUCAUUAUUAACACUCUGGCAUAAAACACAACUGCAGGAGCCGUCAUGUCUGCUCCUCCGUUAACAUAACAAGGCGUACAUACAGUGUAAUGAUAUCACAUCUGCACGCACAGUGCAACCUUUGACAGGACAGUAAAAAUAAGUCCGCAAGGGCACCAUCGAGUGACAACAUUUAACAAGAGGAGGAAUCCUGAAUUGGAUGAAGUGAGCCACUACUGCGUUUGUUGGUUUGUUGACAGCACAGGCAGAAAACAACUCUUCCUUCUCGGUUGUUUUAGCGAUACUAGACAACACUGCGCAUGUCCAAAUGCCUCUAAUCUGAAUAAAGCUUGGUGCAUGUAUACGCACGUCAUGAUCGGAUUAUUUGUUUUUGCGCCCAUAUAAACAGUGAAUUCAGAUUAUCCAAUCCCUCAAAUUUUUAACCGGAUAAAGAAAUUUUGCCCAUGUAAAUGUGGAUAAUGUGUUUGUAUGUUGUGCAUUUGUGCACUCAACAAUGGGUGUAUUUUAUUUAUUUUUUAUUUAGUUACAAAGAAGUACAGGAUGGUCCAAGUAGUGAAACAGCUCACCUGAGUUAGAUGCAUUUUAACGUUCCAUUGCUGUUUAAUAGGAAAACAUUUUCGUACACCACAGACUUUUGCUCAGUUCCCUUCAAACUUAUGGACACAGGAUGUAAACUUCAAAAGUUCAAGGCAUGCAUCACUUCACAUUGGCUUUGAACUACCCACCAUGCCAUUUACAGCCAUUUACUUUCACACACAUCCAUUCCUUUUUCCUUAAGCCAAGAGCUCAGACUGCUCUUGUCACAGCCACAGAUCACACUGCCAGCUCCACAGGCCUCCUGUGGUUUCUGCUAUUUGCUUUGGCUGCCAGAUAAAUGAGGUGUUAGCUUUUCCUUGGCAGAAUGGUACCUUUUAGAAGGUCAGUGAGCGUGCCUUCACACCGGUAAGUGAGCUCCAUUGAUGCAGAUAAAAACUCUGCUGCAGAAAGAGCCAGUAAUUCCAAAUAUGUGAGCCUAUUAACUAUAAAUCUCUUUUACUUGAAGCCAUUACCUGAAGAUAGCUCUAAGUAUGCAGAUGGAUUUCCAAUCUUCCUAUUGAACAGGUGGUUUCACAGCCACACUGGAUUAAGAUUCAUUUAGAGAGACCCUCAAAAAUUUCACUGACACCAAUAAACUAUCAGCUUGUUGAUCCCUGAAUUUUAAAUGUUGAAUCCUUUAUGUUUUUCAUACAUAACUAGAAAAGCACUCAAGACCUCCGCCAAGCAGCUCAUGUCCCCCCUUAUAUUGUGAUUCACACCAAAACUUUUACUGUUACGUGUCUUUUAUUAUUAUUAUAAUGCUGCAAUGAUUUCAGUGUUUUAUUAUGUUGCUUGCGCCACUGAAAUUAACUACUAUAUUUUGCUGUUUGUAGUGCUCACACUUUGUGUACUACUGAUAUUGUGUAUUCCUGACUUUCACCUGAAACUAAUACUUCUACAUUCAUUUUUUCAAAAUGAUUGUAUUCUUUGACCAUGAAAACAUAGUCAUAGCAUUUGGAAUUAGGCUUCUAUCACUAUUACCACAUUAGUUAUUUGCAAAAAUAGAUAUUUCCAUAAUGGCGGUUUUCUUCUGGAUCUAGCGAUGUACCUAUUGAACAUACGUCAAAUCUGUUUGCAUACUUCUGAUUCAGUAGAGUCUUGGCUACAAUAUGGUGGUAGUUGCAUGUUUGUAUCUUCAUUGGUUAUCUUUCAGCAUUGAAAAUUCCAACGACACCCUUAUUUUUGUGUGUUCUGGAUCACAGUAUCCGGAAUUUUGUCUGGAUCAGGAUCAACCUUUGACACCUCAUAAAACUCAUAGAGAUCCUUAUGUGUAAUUUUUUACUAAAGACUCUGGACAUUUUUAUAGAGUUAAAUGCAAAAAUUCCAAAAUUUGCCCUAUCUCACAAUGAUAAAGAAUCCUUCAAAAAAUUCCUGGAUCCAGAAGGCGAUCAGGAUCACCACCAACAUUUAAUGAGAUCCUCCUGGGGCUGAGACGCACCUCUGGUGAAAAUUUCAGGUCAAUCUGUCUGUAACUUUCUCUUUAAAGUUGCUAACAGACAAACAAACAAACAAACAAACAAACAAACGCUACCAAAAACAAAACCUCCUUGGCGGAGGUAAAAAUGAAUGGUAGCUCAUUUUAACAAAGAUUUUUCAUUGCCCUUAUAGCUAUUGCCAUUGGAUGGGUCAUUGACCAGGUAAAGGAGAGGAAACACUGGCUUUUGGUUCAAAAGACUCAGUUUACCUUCUAUUCCUGUUUCAUAGCACCCACCUCUGUGCAUCAUCAAAACUCCACUGCCACCAGGGCACCAAAUCAAUAUGUAAUUUCAACCGCAUUACCACACAGACCAUUCCUCCCUUUGGGUUCCUUUCAAUUGCACUCUCUGGAUGAUCAUUUACUUAACUCCCCUCUGUCCCCUCGUUAUUUGCCCUCUGCAGGGAGGUGUGUUUCAAUUUAGCAGCUGGAGUUUGUUUGUCAUCUCUGACAGACAAUGUUAAAUGAGUUGAAUUGCCUUUGUGAACGCCUGCUCUGGAGAAGACAUGGUGUGAAAACAAUAAUGGAACUGUAGGUGUCAUGAGGAACAAAUAAGGGAAAACAGCUUGAACACUUUGGGUAUGAUAUACUGAGAUACCAAAUAACGAGUGCUAAAUUGUGUGUGCAAACUAAAAAAAUUGCAUGUGCUAUUUGUGGGCAAGUUGCUGGUGAUCUACUCUGAUUGUGUGAGCAAUUGAUAACAGGUGCAAAAGUGGUGCAGACCACCGUAUUUAUUGAGGAUUAUACCGACUGUCACUGUGAAGAGUUUAGGAGAGCACAGUGCCCAUAAACGAAAAAUGAUUAUUGAAGCCAUGGAGUUGCACCUAUCGUUUUGCAUCCCAAGUGCAUGGGAAUGCCCAUCCUGUGUGACAUAGCAUUUAACACUUGGGAUAGCACACUGGAAAACUUUGGGAGACACAGUAACUGUGAUGGUGCGCUGGAAUGAUCCAGACACAGGAAAAUACAAAAAUGGAGUUCAAAAAAAUUUCCGCCAUGGGGGAUCAAUAAAGGAAUAUUCUAUUCUAUUCUAUUCCAUACAGUGUGACGAGGAGUUUUUCCGUCUGAGGUAUGGCACAGAUCCUUUUUGUGACUGGCUCCAAAUCAGUCCUUAAGUUACCCAGCAGCUCAAAAUGGCAUUACUGUUACUAUUACUAUUACUCUGGUAUUUUUAUUUCUGACAGUCCAAAUAUGUUGACAUGGGCAACAUUUGUCAUUGCUCUUUGGCCUCCUUCUUGCCACAAUUACUGUAGUCGUUUGUGCGUAAAGCUGUGCCAGUUUACACCCGCUUUUCCAAUGUGCUAAACAAAGAUGCAAAAAUAGUGACCUCAAUCAGUUUCAGUGUUUGACAAAUCACAUUGUGGGUGCUAAAUGAUUCCAUUUGCAUCUCCUCACCUCUGUAUUUUGCAUGUUCUGACGCAAUCGGUGCACCCGGUUUGUAGAUCAGCUUUGUGUGCGCUAUCAAGUUUGCACAUCUUUUUAUACACACAAACUUUUAGUAGACCAGGCCCCAAGACUUACGAUUUAUGGAGUUCAUUUUCUUUUAUUACUUGGAAAUAAUGAAAAUUGUGUCCUUUGUGUGAGUGUUUUUUCUGUAACUCAGUCGACAUUUAAAUCUCUUUUGGUCUCGAUUUAACCUUGGCCUGCAGGAGAGUUUCAUCUGUAAUUCAUUCAGUUGCAGCAGCCUGGGCUUUCAUGUCCUUUGUUAUUAAUAAUACAUUGCUUAGAUGAAGAAGAACAUGUAGGGAGCUAGCAUGGGAAUCCUAGACUAGCCUCUUGCACUUUUGUCAAGCCUCUUUCACCAGAAUAUCACAAACUCAUAAAAGAGGGGUUAUGAAAAUAGCACAGGAAAAAACAUUUUCCCAACCACAUCCGUUUCUCUUUCCUUCAUUUUUCUUUCCCCAAUUGCACUGAUGCCACAUAAAGGGAGGAAGCCACCUGUUUAUUUUGAGCAGACACAGAUCAUCACAUGGCAUGAUACCCACAUUAACUUCAGUAUCUCCUGCACCCUGAGGGUGAGGGCAUAUGCUUCCCAAAGCCUCUGCUUGUUCAUUUCUUGUCUGCCAUACACUUUGGUGGCAGAGAAACAAGACAAAGCUGACCCAGUGACAAAGCUGAAGUGAUUCUAGAUGUGAAGAGUUAGUCAGUACAAUCCAGGCUGGAAAAGGUCCUUUGUUGUGUGUAUUUUAGUAGCGUUUUGGCUGAACAUAGAUUCUGCUACUCUGUGUUUUUCAAUGCUAUAUGCCGCAUGCUUUCUUCUUCUUGAGGUAUGUGGUAGCUCUGCCCUUGUCGUGCACAAAGAUUCAGUUCUACCAAAAGACAAAAAACCACAACCUUCCUAAGAUUAAAUUGAUGAGGUCCAAUCAACCUUAAGAAUAAACAAAGUAAGUUUGAGCAUGACAUGAUAGGUAAAGGUUAGAGCUGGGCGAUAAAAUGAUAACGAUAUAUAUCAAAAAUUAAUUUCCCUCAAUAUCAAUAUGAAACAAGGUCUAUAUGCUCUUCGAUAGUUGGCAUUCUGCCAUGUUUUGGUAGACUAUAUGAAUAGCCAAUGAAAAGGGGAGUCGCUCUGGGUUGCGCCUGGCUGAGCCAAUCAUGCUGAAUUAGAACCAAGUAGCAAAAAACUGCUAGUAGCAGGCUGCAGCUUCACGUAACUAAUGUACAUUUGUACUAACACGUGAAGCUGACAGCACUGUCGGUUAGAAAAAAAAAAGAGUUCUACCUCCGGCAGAAAUGCAGAUGAAGGCUCAACAGAUGAUGACAACUUUUUUUCCAUAUUGCCCAGCCCUAGUUAAGGUAUCACAAAGUCAUGGCGAUGCAGUACUUUUCCCCCCUACCAUCACUUCUUUUCCUUUUUCUCCUUCAGUGCAUCCAUCACCUCUCUGUGCAUUUGCGCUUUCAAGUCACAGCCAAAAACUCAACCAUCAUUUCCCAAAAAAAGACUGAUAAAAAAAAAAAAAAAAACUGUACCAUAUUUACGUAUUAAAAGGCACCUUCACCUUCUGUUCAGUCCUAGAGUAUUGAAGUUUAGUCUGAGCAGACCAUCUCCUGAAGAUUUACAAUGCUGAAAGUGAUCCAACGCAUUUGAGGCAGCUGUUCAAUUCAAAAUGCGCCCUAGAGAUGUCAGGUCUACAUCUGAGGAAAAGCAGUGAGCGGUGAGGUGCGAGGCAGCCGUUGCCUCACCAGCUGGCUGCGCUGACAGGAAAGUAUCCAGGGUUUGAUGGGUGACUGCAGAGUACCUGGCAUGAGCCUGGAGGGAGAGCAAGCUGUCCCAAUAAACAUUCACAAAUAUUAUCCAAGUGUUUAUCUCAUCAUUGCUUGUAAAUUACGUUAGAUAGGUUGUUUGUUUUCUGGUUUUUUUUUUUUUUCUUCUAGAGAUAACAGUCUGCAUCUGUAAUUUUCCUCUGCUGUUGUCUUGGGAUCAAUUAUUCCAAGCACGUCCCCUCUGUCAGAGUCCCACACCACCCCUCUGUAAGGUCUCACUACAGCAAUAAUGUGUGAGGACUGCUGAGAGCCUUUGGCUGUGUGUGGAUAUGAUGAGAUGUGUAAUUAGACAAAGCAGUCCAACAAACUGCAGGUCUACGAGAGAGGAAGGGAAAUGAGCCGAGAGAGAGAGAGAGACAUAGGACGGUCAAAGGUGAGAGGAGAAAAAAGAAAGAAAGGAAGAAAGAAAAAAGAAGAAGAAGCCAAACUGUGCCUUAGCUCUGUAGCUAAAACAUGACUCCCUCUAUCCAUUUUGGUAAUUUCGGGGAAUUUAUUUCCAGGCAGAAGAGUUUAAAGGGACACGGCAGCAUUAAGGAUUCAUACAGAGCGGGAGAUGGUGGACCUCACUGAUCAGGAUUAUUAACCUUUCCAAUUUAGUCAUUAAGUGAGGAGUUAAAGCAAGAUGACACAUGAGAGGUCUCUGAGAUGAACAAAAGAAAGAGAGGAAAAUGGGAGGGGGGCACAUUGACUGUUUAUGUAACAUUAUAAAACAUAGCAAUGGGUCAGAUGUAGCCAUGCUGACAUACUGUAUAUGUGAUUUUGUUGCAAAAGAGGAGUUUUAAUUGAUCACGCUGCACAAUCAGUAGUUCAUGGGUGUUGAUUUGCACUUGUGUGAGGGUUUGCAGGGUUGUGUAGUUGUCAUUUACCAGGGGUGGAAUUUGAUACAGGGAUUUGAAACCCACAUGAGAAUACCCUUUUUAGAAGAUAUGUAAGGAAAAAGAGGAACGGAUCAUUUAAACAGCUUCAUGAGUAGGGGGACAUACAUGCUGGCUCUCGGGCUCUCUGUCUGCCGUUUUGAGAGAAGUUUUCAUCAUAUGUUUUAAGGAAACUGCACAUCAUCUCUCCCCCAGAUUAGCUCAGUUAAGAAAAGAUGACAGUAUUUCUCCCCUUCAAUAUCCUUAUGUAGGGCUGGGUGAUAUGGCCUUAAAUCAAUAUCAUGAUAUAUUGAACAGUUCACCUCGAUAAGGAUAAAUGGACGAUAACUACUCCACAAGCUGCUCACCCCCUUCCACAUUAACUCUGUCUACUCCAACUUUUGAACAGCCCUCCAUCUCCUCCCCUGGCUUUCCCUCUUUGUUACAGACUGGAUGGGGUGGAGUCACAUCUCUGACGUAGGUCAGCGUCUUAAAGGGACAUAAGACCAUAGCCUACCUAUACACAUCCAAAACCAACUUUUUUUUGAUUAUUUUUUUGACACCGAAUAUAUCAAUAUGGGCAAAAUGAUAUUGGUUAUUGACGUGAAUUUCGUUAUUGGUAAAUUUUUGUUUUAUUGCCCAGCCCUAUAUCGUGUCUAACGUUUUUCCUUCUUCUUUCUUUACUUCAGCCGUGUUCUCUUCCUCCCUCUGUCUCUAAACUGCAACUUUCUCUCCCUGCCGCUGGCAUCCAUCACCUGCUGUCUUUGUCUUCAAACCUGUCCUCUUUGUUGCUCCUGUGAUUCCCCUUAUGUUCCAGAGUUGAGUAAUCACCAUACAGGCUGGAGGAGGUUUCGCCUGAACUCUUUCUCUCUGAUAUUUAAAUGAGCUGUUGCAUCCUCAUUUGUCAUCAUUUCAGUAGCGUGAGUGUGUGUGUUUGUAAACGAGUGCACAUGUGGCAUCUAAUCAUUUAUUUAGAGUACCGCAAGGGAGAGGCAUUAACAUAAGUUGAGUGAGAAAUAAGAGGCAGGACUGAUUGAAAUUAAAUUAAGGCUCUCCUGGCCCUGGUGUUUGUUGUGGGAGCAGAGUUACCUGCGGAGUGAUUGAAGGAGGCUGCUCUGCUCUGACACUGUCAUUAAUAAUCAGCAGCCUUCAGGAAGAUUCAUGCUGCCAUGUGUGAGUUCAAAACACUUAACCAAUACACAGGGCAAUGAGAGCUUGAUAUAUGAUGGGCUAAUAGCUCUGCACUGCGACUGCAAUGCUGUGUAACUACAAGAAUCAUUAAGAAGAUAUAAUUAAGAACAAAUAGCAGCUUGUCAUACAGUCUGCAGUGACCAUAAUUCACAAUUAAUGCUGUUUGGCGUCUUUGUUAUAUGCCAGAUCUAUGUUGUUAUAAUCCAGACAGUGCACUCCCUUUUUUUGCACAAGUGUGUUCAUUGUCAGUUUAAGCAGGGCACACAAGAUAAUCAUGUUGAUUUCAGGCCCGAGCUCCACUUUUUGACAAAAUCCAGUAAAGGACUGGUAAUCAGAUGGUGCUACAGAUUGUCCUGCCAGAUUAUCCUGUGCUGUGAGAUGUAUUAAGAGUUACUAUCCUUCCUUCCCACAGAAGAGGAUUUGAGCCUCCUUGACUUGAAAUCGUGAAUAUUAUUAAACAUACUUACGAUCAGAUAUCACGGUGUGUUGGGGAUCCCAUGCACGCUGUCCUUUGUCAUGUGAAACAAGUUGAUAGACAAUCGGGAAGUAAGCUAAUUUCAGAAGGAGCACAGCAAAUGCAACCACGGCAACAAUUAUAAACUUAGUCGGCCUUCAAAAAUGUAGAAUCCAUUUGUUGAUAUAUGACAAUAGAAGGCCCAGUCCCAAACCACCCCUAUGGAGCCAGAUCAGGCUCAAAAGUAUUGAAAAAGUAGUGUAAGUGAAAAAAUAAAAAGUGAAGUGAAAAAAUAAAAUUUGAACCUAAAAAAAUAUAAUGGUACCUGAAAGUCUUGAAUUUCGAAAUUGAACUUCGAAAAAUCCCAGAAUGCAUGAAAAAAAUCUGUUCAAAUGUAACUUUGAUUCUGUUUUUUAAUACUUUUGAAUAAAUUACUUAUUUCUAUUUUUCACUUCAAUGUAUAUUUCGAUCUUUGAGUACUUUUUUUUUUCGAUUGAAUUUUAUUUAUUUAUUUCAGAUUCAGAUCUUAUUUUUACGGAUUCAAAACUUUUUUUUCGGUUUCAGAUUUUUUUUUUUCAGAUUCAGAUCUUCUUUUUUCAGAUUCAACUUGAAAAGUUUCAGGUUGACUUUUGAGCCUGUUUUUCCGUGGGGGCGGGCCUCGACUGAGAGGGGCACGGUCUGCCAUGAGUGACAGGCCUCCCCCUCCUUCCCCACCCCAUCACCCUGCGUUCAGGAAGUGGCAUGAAUACACAUUAGCUUAGCCUGCAAUUAGGCUGUAUUGGCUGAAUGAGAUCGUGUUGGUUCGUUCCACUUUAGUGGUGCAAUGUAAACUGUGAUUCAUAAAAAAGCUCUAUUGAUAGUAAGAACUAAAAAAAUAUAUCUACUCAUGCCGUCCUGUCGAUUUUUAGUAAUCAGUGUUUCGGUGUCAAACUAUUUCCCCUCUGCGGCGUAGUGAUACUUGCACACGCACAAUCGAAUAUGCAGGGGGUGAAGCGAUUUUUGUCACGUGGACCAAUAGGAGCCGAGUCUCGUUGCCAUAGUAUCAGAAAUACACAAACAUGGCGACGACCGCAUCUCGCAGCGAGACAAGCGAAGAGGAAGAAAAGAAAAGGAACAAAAGAAAACAGCCUUCAAACGUGCAUAAAAAGAGAUGCUAUAUGCAUCUAUCAUCUGUCCAGAGUGAAGACGUUCUCGACUUUACAAGGACACGUCGGGAAACUUACAGAACUAGUAUUAGAAAGUGGCUUUCUCUACAGGGUGAGACAAAGGACCUUGCAGAAACUUUGCGUUGAUAUCGACUUUGACAAUGUUCCUGAUGACACUGGGUUUCACAGGACAUGCUACAAGCGAUUUAUUUGCAAAAGGGGUUUGAGAAACAAGAACGUGAUGCAGCCGCGGGUCAGUCAAACCCUUAACGCAGCAUCGCCGAUGCAUCCACGUCCACGGCAUCUGAAACUCCGCGAAAGAAACUUCGCUCGAGGUUUUAGGCUGUAUUGGGACAGAGGAAAAAGUGCCUAGAAAGUGAAUUUCGUUCAAAUACGCUGGUGCUACUUGUCCUUGUUCUUGUUUCUCAAACCCCUUUUGCAAAUAAAUCGCUUGUAGCAUGUUAUGUGAAACCCAGUGUCAUCAGGAACAUUGUCAAAGUCGAUAUCAACGCAAAGUGUAUAAGUUUCUGCAAGGUCCUUUGUCUCACCCUGUAGAGAAAGCCACUUUCUAAUACUAGUUCUGUAAGUUUCCCGACGUGUCCUUGUAAAGUCGAGAACGUCUUCACUCUGGACAGAUGAUAGAUGCAUAUAGCAUCUCUUUUUAUGCACGUUUGACGGCUGUUUUCUUUUGUUCCUUUUCUUUUCUUCCUCUUCGCUUGUCUCGCUGCGAGAUGCGGUCGUCGCCAUGUUUGUGUAUUUCUGAUACUAUGGCAACGAGACUCGGCUCCUAUUGGUCCACGUGACAAAAAUCGUUUCACCCCCUGCACAUUCGAUUGCGCGUGUGCAAGUAUUACUACGCCGCAGAAAGGAAAUAGUUCGACACCGAAACACUGAUUACUAAAAAUCGACAGGACGGCAUGAGUAGAUAUAUUUUUUUAGUUCUUACUAUCAAUAGAGCUGUUUUAUGAAUCACAGUUUAUAUUGCACCACUAAAGUGGAACGAACCAACACGAUCUCAUUCAGCCAAUACAGCCUAAUUGUAGGCUAAGCUAAUGUGUAUUCAUGCCACUUCCUGAACGCAGGGUGAUGGGGUGGGGAAGGAGGGGGAGGCCUGUCACUCAUGGCAGACCGCGCCCCUCUCAGUCGAGGCCCGCCCCCACGGAAAAACAGGCUCAAAAGUCAACCUGAAACUUUUCAAGUUGAAUCUGAAAAAAGUAGAUCUGAAUCUAAAAAAAAAAAAAUCUGAAACCGAAAAAAAAGUUUUGAAUCCAUAAAAAUAAGAUCUGAAUCUGAAAUAAAUAAAUAAAAUUCAAUCCAAAAAAAAAGUACUCAAAGAUCGAAAUAUACAUUGAAGUGAAAAAUAGAAAUAAGUAAUUUAUUCAAAAGUAUUAAAAAACAGAAUCAAAGUUACAUUUGAACAGAUUUUUUUCAUGCAUUCUGGGAUUUUUCAAAGUUCAAUUUCGAAAUUCAAGACUUUCAGGUACCAUUUUAUUUUUUUCAGGUUCAAAUUUUAUUUUUUCACUUACACUACUUUUUCAAUACUUUUGAGCCUGAUCUGGCUCCAUACACCCCCUACACAUUCACCCUACACACGUCCCAGUGGAGGCUCCACCAUAUUGAAGGCUGUUCCAAACCACAGAGUGUGGAGGGCAAGUAGACUGUUCAGCCCUCAAAUAGCUAAUCUGUACCAGUGCACACUCACGGUGGUAUUUGCAGUAGUUCGCCGGCAGAAAUAGAAGAGAAAGAUAUAUAUAUAUAUAUAUAUAUAUAUAUACACAUAUAUAUACAUAUACUGUAUAUAUACAUAUAUAUAUAUACAUACAUACAUAUAUAAAUACAUAUAUAUAUAUAUAUAUAUAUAUAUAUAUAUAUGUUUUUUUUAAAUCCGAUCUUUAUUUUAUCAGGCAGUCUCAUUGUAACCAAGAUCUCUUGGCCUUGGCCAGAGGCCUGAGAACAAGGAACAUUCACAAUCAACACACAACACAACAAACAGGUAAAAAAAAGGAAUCAGUUAAAACAAUUACAGCGAUUAUUGUAAACAUUAGACAACAGGUAUUUAAAAUCUCCAAGAUGAAUGAAAGACUCCAGUUAAGAGCGGCUUGCAGCUCAUUCUAUUUAUAGGGAGCAUUGUAGUUGAAACCAGUUCUGCCAAUAUAAGUAUGGAUAUAUGAAAUAUCUAAGGUUAGGUAGUUACUGGAUCGUGUUCUGUAGCUACUAGGUUUAAAUGAAAGAAGAGCAGAAGAGCUUUAUAGAUGAAUAACAUGAGAUGGAUAUUCUCUUCUCGACCGUAAAGAGGUCCAGCCAAACUUUUGAUGGAGGCAACAGUGAUGAGUGCGAUAUGUGUCGCUAGUGAUGAAACGUAGUGCACUAUGAUACACAGGAUUUAACUGCUGAAGAGUUGAUGGGGCUGCAUGGCAAUACAAGAUGUCACCAUAAUCAAGGACAGACAUGAAGGUGGAUUGUACAAUGAUUUUUCGGUUGGACGGUGAUAGACAGCCUUUGAUUCUGUAUAAAAAGUCUUGUUUGUUUUUCAAUUUUUUGGUUAAUUUCUGACUAUGAGUCUUGAAAGAUAGAUUACUGUCUAGCCAAAUUCCCAAAAGUCAGUGAGGGCAAUUUGUGAACCAUUUAAGGUUGUGACUGUGGAAAGGUUGCAGAUUCAAAUGGUGGAUGAUGUGGAGAAUACAAGUUCCACGUGUCCACCUUUGUCUUGCUGACAAAAAAAGUCACAAAAGACUUUGUUUGGAAAGAACAAACGAAACUCGGAAAUCCUACUUUGUGCUAAUGUUUGAUCUGAUUGUGCAGGCACAUGUCAAAUAGUAAAGGGGUUCAAAGGUGUGUAGAAUUACUUAAAAUCAGACGUAUUAGUUAGCUCCGGUCACUGUGAUGGUUGCUGGAAUAAUGAUUUCACUGUGACAAUGAAAAAAAAAGAGGCAGCCAGUGCAGCUCAGAACUGAACAUGAUGCCCGCUUACUUAGAAACAGGAUACGUCUUUGUGUUGCUAUGGCAAUGAAUCUCUCUGUUUUCCGGUGAAGAGGGCGUCUUGUACCCGCCUGUCUUGUUUAUACACUCCCAUUUCAAUUGAGGCGCACUCCACAGCUGCAAGUAUAACUUCAUUUUGAGUGACACUCGAUAGUGAAGGGCGAGUGUGUAGGGGGCAGUUUGGGAUUGGGCCUUAGUGUUUACACAACUUGUUGGGUAAAAUACAUGUUUACUGAACUUCUUGUCAUUUGGAGGGUCUCUGACUUUUAAAAAAUCUGCCAGGCUUUAGCAGAAACAUCAGAAUUCGAAGUGUUAUCAUUGAGUCACCACACGUAUUAAAUUUAAUUAUCUUCUCUCCUCCAAGGUCUUCAUAAAAAGUUCAUUAAAUUUACAUGCUGCUAAAACCAUUAUCUGCUAAAGCAAUGCUGGGGGCACAGACACUUGGGACAUCCCCAGGUUUGACAGAUUGUUGGUUCAUGACCUGAAACUUCAUUGUCAAAGUGUCAUUUUUAGUGUUUGUACAAGCUGUCUGAGUGAAAGAAGGACUUCUACUGCACACAGCCAGAAUUAGCUGCCAAUGAGACAGCAACAGCUAAAUGUCAAAUCCUGUUUAACAAAAAUAGGGAGAAAAUGAAACAGAGCUAGAAAACACUGGCAAAAACUCACUCUGAAUAUGUCCAACCAAAAACUCAAAUUAACCAAAGAACACUGGAAGCUGGAAAACUGAAAAAUCACUCUGAGAACGGUUUGGGCUCACACACAUGCACUGGCGGAGACACUGAAAUGCAAUGAACCAACACCAAGGCAAUGCUACACGGGGACUAAAUAGACAGAGUGAUGAGUAACAAGGGACAGGUGAGACUCAAGGGCACAGGUGCAGACAAUCAGUAAGGAGGGAAAACACAGGAAGACACAUAAGGAUUGACUACUACAAAAUAAAACAGCAAACACUGAAAACUGAUCUAAAGAAUAAAACACAGAGAACAUGAAAGAAACAGGAUCAAACCCAAACUGAAAACUCACAAAACAGGAUCAGAGGGGACAGAACCACUAGGGAAAAUACACAGAGAAUACCACUAAAUACUGAAUCUGGAAAAAAAUAAAAUAAAAAUAAGUUGGUUGUAGUUUACGUGUGAUAAAUUUUAAUUUAACAGCCUAUUUUGAGUCAGUGAACGAUACCUUAUCAACCUGUAUUGUUAGGGUAAAGGGCAAUUGCUCUCAAAAAAAGUUUACAGUCUACAAAACAUACAGCAGAGCUUUAAUACCUCAUUAAAUUUUGUGAUGGAUAUGGUUUACAAAGAUUUCUAGUGGUGCCCCUAUGAAAAAAAUUCUGGGGAUACCACUGAAAAGAAGAUAUUACAGUGCUGUAACACCCCAUGCAUUACCCUUCACAUUUCAAUUUCUACAUGUAAACACAGGCUACUCUCUAUAAAAUGCACAAGUGUCUUAAGACUUGAACGUUUAUCAAGUGGGCCAUCAGUAGCUGAUAAGACAAUACCGCUGAUCCAAGCUAAAAAGACAGGGUAGAAGGGUUACUAACGCUCUGCUACAUCUGCUUUAUGCAAGCUUCCCAUCACUGCAUGCACACUAAACACUCAGGAUCAGGAAGCAGCGGUUAGUUGAUUAACAGAGAUUAAUGCAAACAUCAUGAACAUGCAAGCAUGACUCAGUCAUUCAGACAACAGGGUACACUGCGAAUCAUCACAGCAUUUGUCAUGCUUUACAUGCAUGCAAACUAAGACUAAGCAUUCAAAUUGCAUAAGAUGAUUAUUGUGCAUUUUCUGCUUGUUUGAGAAAGACCUGCCAGACCACAGUGAUGGUAAUCGUGCACGUGUUUGAUGCUUAGAUGUUUUGCUAAUUAUUUUAUGCCAACAUUUGAACCGUCUGUUGAAAUCCAAUUAUCAGGCUGUCUGUGCAGGUUACAGGAUUGAAGCAGCAAUGGAUGAGUGUGUGUGUUUAUGCGUGUGUGUGUAAGGGCUUAGUGUGAGAUAGCAAGCAGACACACUACCUGUAAGAGAUGAGGGACAUCAAAAGGGAACUCUAUGAGAGGCUUUAACCCUUGGUUCCUUAUAUGUCUGUUUUUAGGACAUGGGUCAUUUUUUUUCAUCUUUAUUUUGAGCUGACAGUCACAUUUUUAAAGAUUGGGGCAUCAAAUUUGGUGAGAGUUCUUAUUUUUCCUCAUAUUGAAAAAAGAAAACAAAAAAACUCUGUCGCCGCAUUUUAGCUCCAUCCACCCUACUUUGUCAGCAAAUCGGACAACAGACUUCCGUUAUUUUAUUUUUUUUUCCACUGUGUGUUUAUGGCACCAUAACAACAUAUUACAACCUUUUUUUUUUUUUGCAAUCACUCGAUCACCAGGGCUCUAAAUUUUUACCAUGCACGUAAGUCUUCAUUCAUGGACUGAGAGUAAGGUGACCAGAUUUCUGUAAUGAAAUCCGGGGACAAUCGGUGGGGGGGUCCAGGGGCUGCGUGAUCACAGACAACUUCUCUGCACUAUUUAGAAGCACCCUUUGCAAUAAGCCCAGUAAAAACUGUUUUUCAGGACUGCUUACUUGUGCUUCCUACCCAUUCGGACACUGUAAUAACCGUUGUUCUAGCCUUCACGCAACAUUUUUGUUCUCAUCCACGAAAAGCUUAAAUCUGGGACAGUUUCGGGGACUGGUCAUCCAACUUGGGGACUGUCCCCGGAAAUCAGGGUCGUCUGGUCACCUUAACUGAGAGUGUUUGAAGCACUAUUUCAUCCACUAAACAUCAUCCGACCUGCAUGAUGUUGAGAUCUAAUCUCCAUGUCCGUUUUGGAGACAAAGUAGGCUGAAUGGAGCUAAAAUACAGAAACUGGCACUACAAAAAGGAUUUAAAUGCACCAAAAUCGGUUUUACUUCUCAUCAUUGACAUGGCCCAGACUCUUUUUUAUUAAAAUUAAAAAAAAACAAAAAAACAUCUAGGUUAUUUGAGAUGGAAAAUAUGGCAAUUUUGUGUUUUUUACCGUUAAAAAUAACAGUGAUAUGGUGCACAAAAACCGGCAUAAAAAGGGUAAUACAUCGAAUUUUGUGUUCAUUAUUUUUUUAUUGAUCAGGGCUGAAAUUGUUUAAGAGAUAUCAGUCAAAAAAAAAAAAAAAAAAAAGUUAAAAAAUUAUUAUUUUAUGAACACGUAUCUGCUGUCCGUUUUGGAGACAAAGUAGGCUGGAUGGAGCUUCAAAUUAACAGGAACCAAGGUUAAAAAACUUUAACCCCUAAAUAUCACUUUAACUGUGUACAUUGAAUUUAGCUUGAAACAAAUGAAACUCACUCUUAAACCUGAUUCCUAAAAUACUCUUACUGGAAAAGACAUAACCCUGUGUAAUUUGUAAUUAAGAUGUGAUAUAUACAGAGUUUGGAUAAACUGUGUAGUGUUUGUGUGUCCUGACAGAAACAAAGUUAGAGUGAGGAGAAGCUUCUGGAAAUCUCUCUGUAGUUGAUAAAGAGCACAUAUGACGACAGGCCGUACUUUCAAGAAUGUGAAUUUGCGGCAGGGUGCAGAGCGCAGUUUUAAAUUGAUCCCUCUGGUAGCAGACUGUCCAACUCAUAAAGACACCGCCGAAACAGCCUCAAAGCAACAAUCAAGUGCAUAUCAAAUUAAACCACACCCCUCUGGGCAUCCAUCACUCUUUCUUUUCUUCAAUCUCUUAUCUUAUUUCUCACAGUUCUUUUCACUCCCCUGAGUUGUUCCUCUUCUUUGCUUCUCCAGUUUCUCACUCUCAUUAUUUACACUUUAACAGCACUCUCACUGUUUUGCUGUUUCAGACUCUGAUGAUUCAUCAGACAUUCAAAGUGUUAUUAUUUAAUGGGUACAGAGCAUGCCAAAACUGCAGCCAGUGUCAAUAUGCCUGCCUUUUUUUCUUAUUUUAACCAUGGUGAUAUUUUUUUAUUGCUUUGAACACCACAUUACCUCCCUUUUAACUCUCACAGGUGUGAGAACAGUAAUCACAGCAUCUUUCUCUUUCACUGAUUCUAUCCAUCUAUUUUCUUCACCUUUUCUAAUACAGUCUGAUAGUGGCAGAAGGCUAUAAUAUGAGCCAUCCCUCUCCCUAGCAUCAAUUUCCAGUCCCUCUGUUGGACCCAAUUAAAAAAGAUCGAAUGUAGCCCCACCACUCUAUCACACACCUGAUUCAAAUGAUCAGCUCGUUAUUAAGCCAUUACAGAGCUUGAUAACGAGCUGAUCAUUUGAAUCAGGUGUGUUGGAGCCGGGAAACAUCCAAAAUAUGCAGGACAGUGGGCCUCAAGGACUGGACUUGAGAACUACUGUUCUAGAGUACUGAAAUGUUCUUGGUAGCAUUUCCCAGUCAUUUUUGGCUCCAAUUCCAACUUUUUCCGUUUGUACCUUAAAGUUCCUCCACUUGUAUCAGCCUUACAUUAGUUCCCCAAACAGCACAUAUCCCAUUCAAAAUCUCUGUUUCUAUACAUUUAAGACUUUCUAUUAAAACACUCCAAACUUGUUUGAGAUUCACAGUCAAAUAAAAAAAAGGAUCUACAGACAGAUGUUUGUCUGGUUUGAACAAAUAUACGUUGAAUAAAACGUUUGCCUAGAAGAUUUUUUUAGAUUUUUUUGUAAAAUGAAUUAAACUGCUUUAUAAGCUGCAUUUACAUCCUAGUCAAAGAUGAUUAAGCACCCAAAGGGACCUUGAUGUGCCCAGAACAAAUUAAACAUUUGUUGUAAAGUGGCUUUGCAGGGCAGUAAAUGAGAAGUCCCAGACAUUUUAACACUGCCUUGCCACCUAAGAUUAUUUUGCUCAUCUUAAAGGAAAAUAUACACAUUUACAUCCAGCCAAAUCCUGCACAGGAUGUCUUGAUGUGUGGGUUGCAGGCUGGUGUGUGGGUGUCUUGUAUGAAAUAGGUUAAUCUGUGCAGCUCUCAGCUCUAAGAAAUAGGGUUCUGGGCAGCCCAGAAACUCGUUCCCACUCUGCACCAUUAGAGUGUUAAGCAAAGGCACCCUCUGUUUAUCUAAUUUUGUCAAAUUAAAGCAAAUAUAGCAUCUGAAUACACACUGAGUCAACCACAAGCUUCUACUAAAAUCCCAUUGUGCUCCAUGUGUGGGUUUGAGUAUGUGUUUGCAUGCAGGCUGUUGCGGUGAAAACUCACUGUAGUUGACAGCACUUUUUCAGCUCUGCAGUGAUAACUCUGGAUCAAGCUGAGACUCAUCCUCGCCCAUUUCUUACCUCUGUUUCCUUUUGCUAAGCUUUUGAUUGACUGCACCUUUUUGUGAGAGCUUCAAGCUCCUCAUUUAUGAACAACAGAAUUUAUUAACAUUAAUCUGCUUUUAAAGCAGCUGAUAAAGCUGCCCACUCAGCUUUUAUUGUCAUUUGGGGCUUUUAUAAUGUAAACACCCAAACAACAAAAAAGGAUAAUAGGUGCUUGAAAGCCGAGGGAAAACACAGAAAAGUGAACAGCUAAAGCCAGUUAUGUGUGACACAGUACAACAGAUCCCUCUUUAAAUCUUGGUGAUAUCUCACUUGGGGACAAACAUCUUUUUCAAACGCCUUUUUGAUUUUUUUUUCCUGCCUUUUUUUCAUGUUAUAUUUCACUCUAAGGGACUUCAACAGCAGCACUAAUGGGAAUCUCCCUGUGUGCCCCCUGUGGAGAAAGUGGUAACCCUUAUAUCCCUGCUGAUUUUGUAUUAUUCUUUUGUGACAGUGCUGUGAAGUGACAAAAUAAUCUCUAUCUGUUGUCUAUUUACAAUAAAACUGAUCAAUGACUGUGAAUAUUUGCCAUAUUUGCCAUGUGAAGCCUCUUGAUACUACAUGAGCCUACAGUGGAAUUACAGCGCAGAGAUAAGCCUUCAGUUGAUAAAGGGAAAAGGGCAAACUGGCAACAGUGAGCUGAGACCUCAGCCCAUAAAAAAAAUGUGGAUUUAUGCCGAAUACCCAGACACCCUGAUAUCAGCUUCCAUUCAGCUGUGCCAAGCAGAGGUAUCUGAUAUGAGGACAGUGUUUUUGUCCUUGGCUACACCUUUGAAACUGAGCCAAAGUGACUAACGCUGCUGUAACUGACACUGGCUAUCUGUGUCCAGCAUCUCCUCUACCAGCCACCUCCUCCUGUUUCUCCACCGUGGCAGCUCCUCUCCUGCCCUCAGGCUCCGCUCGGCCCGCCACGUCUGCAGACGUGUUAUUUUCAUUAUUAACACCCCACAGCAGGGGUUGACCUGCCUCAUUUGGUCUUAUUCCCCAGGCCCUGCAUUAGCUGAUUUAGAUUUAUACAUGCAUAAAUUUGAAGUACACACAUACACACAGAUCGGUGCAAAGAAAUGGCUUUGGGCUUAUCUUUUUUAUGUCUCAACCAUCUGACAGGUAGACAGAUCAAACUGAAUUGCGGUGCUACACGGCACUGUGAGGUCCACUGAGGUAGUCACUUAGCAGUUUACAUUAUUUGUGAUCCAGAUCAAAACAGCUGUAUCUCAAGGAAUUGAAGUAAAGAAAUAUAUAUUUUUUAAAAGUGUUAGAUUCAGACCUCAUCCAGUUAUAAACACCCAAAAAGUGUGUAAAAGUGUAUCUCAAGUUUAUUUGCUGAUUUUUUUUUCUGCCUCUGAGAGUUUUUAGCAUCUCAUGUCAACAUGGGAACCCAAAGGUCCAUCAUGUUAGAUUUGGCUGGUUUCUUGCAUCAGUUUUUCCUACUGUCCUCUGUUCAUUUAAAUUUUUUUUUUUUUUCAAACCUGUCCUCUGUGAAUCCAACACAUCAACAAACACGCUUUUAUGCAAUAAAAAAAAGAUGUAAAGUUAAUUUCCCUAACAAGAGAGUUUUUCUCUGACAGAGAUAACAGAUGCUUUUGUUUUAGCUAUUUAUUAAAUUUAACCUUUACCGUGUUUCUCAGUAAAGACAAAAAAAACUUUCUGAUCACCUGCUGUUUUUAACAUUCAUGGAUCAGCGUUGAACAUUAUUGGCUCCAUGUCAGUGUAUCAGUCCAAUAAAAUGAAAGUCUGGUGGUUUUGGAGAGCACAAUUAUAAACAGAGCAUCUGUGUCCAUAAAACAAGCUGGGAAAGCUGCCAGUCCACAACAUGCAGUGUGUUUUUACUCUGCCUUCUCCCAAGUGCAUGCUGGGAUAUGUUUAACCCCCUGUGACUCUAAAUAAAGUUAUUCAGGUAAAGCCAGUGGAUAUACGGGCUACAUUUUUCAUGUGAGAGGGAAACACUCCUAUGUAAAUGUAGGUAUUUAACUGAAUUUAAAAUGAUAGAGCACCAACCUCAUGAAACAAUAAAUCAAGAUAAAGAAUGACUUGACAAUCUUGGAAAACAACAACCUAAAGACUAUCUGUAUUUGUUUUGGAAUUGCUUUAAUAAAGAGUUUCAUAUUCAUAUGUCUCCAGGUGCAGCAGGAUGCAGGACUUACCAUCUUCGAGUGGACUGCAGCCCCUACUGGCCCUCCUCCUGCUCCAAACUUUUGGCUGUGGUGAGUUCCCAUUAAACUGUCAGCAACCCCUGUCACCUGACUUACAAAGAGGACAGAACAAACCUUUAUUUCAUCUUCUUCUUCUUCUUCUUCUUCUUCUUCUUCUUCUUCUGCUUCUUCUUCUUCUUCUUCUUCUUCUUCUUCUUCUUCUUCUUCUUCUUCUUCUUCUUCUUCUUCUUCUUUCUUCUUCUUCUGCUUCUUCUUCUUCUGCUUCUUCUUCUUCUUCAUCACAGAUAUCAGAUUCCUUCUUGUGCAGACAAUCUGUCAAGUAAUUUACUGUCAAAGUUUAACCAUCAUUUAACUUUAUUAAAACAGAGUAUUUCACAGAUUACUGGUGCCACCCUUCUGCAUACAGGAGAGGUGCUCUUCUCUAUAGGUCAGAACUGUAAGGUUGGAGCCAUCACCAAACACGUACCGGCUUCAAAUCAGAGGAUGUGAUAAAUGAUACCUGCAAUGUUAUCACUCUACACAUGUGUACUUCUACACACUCUACAUGUGUAGAAGUAGAAGGGUUUGGAUGUGAUAUAAGUAUUCAUUGAGUUUCUUUGUGGAGGUAAAGGCUGGACCUGCAUCACCUCAUGAAAGGAAAAAAAAUCAUCCCCCUUUGUCCUCUGAGCCAAAAACUAAAGAUAGAAACUUAGAAGAGGCUUUAAAUCGUACUGGGAGUAUUGUAUGUGUGUAGAAAAUGGGGUGAGAUUUUUUUAGGUUUCAUUUUCUCUUCAAGGAUCAGGACUGAGGUGAUUACUUAAGAUCUGUUAAAAUGUUUCCAUGAAUUCAAUUUUAUCAUCACCUGAACUGCUGCAUGAAAUAUUGUCUCCAUCACUCAUUCUUUAAGACAAUGGUCAACUAACAGUGCUAGGCAUCUGUCAGAAACCUGUUUUAUGACCAGACACAUUUCCACAUUAACACAGACAUAAUCAGCUAACACACAAACAACAGGGGUGGCAUGACCACAACAUCAGAGGAUUCACUCCAUCAAUCCCAGCAGCCCCUAUGAGUAAAGGCCCCCUGCACAUGAAGCCCUGCUUUUAUCCUCUGAAAUUGUUGCACAUUUUAAAAAAUCAUACAAUCUCACAUUGUGGCAAUCAUAUUUGCGCACUAACUGCAAAAUUUUCAUUCAUCAUUAUUUUUUUCUGAUCAGAUUCAAUUUCUCUGUUUUUUGCAUCUGUACUAUGUGCUAAUUCUUCUCUGAAAAAUCCACAAAUGGAGGUGUCUUUGCCUACAUUUUUGGUGGUACAUAUUGUGUUAUGUGUGUGUCUGUGUGUGCUGGGCGUAGGCUGCCUCAAACACACUGCUUGUUCAGUAUCAAUGAUUUAGGAUCAAUAGCCUCACAGAAAACUAAUGGUCUUCCUGUAUUUCUGGAUGUGUACCAACCUGGACUGCUGACAUCCUGAAGUAUAUAACUGUAAGUGAUAAUUCUGCAGCUCCUCAGCAGGUGAAAUUAUCCUUGCCACCCCACCCCCACCUCCCUUUUUCAGGACUGGAUGUACCCAAUAUCCUCUUUUUUUAUGAGUGAAAUAACCAUAUAAUCCCCCUGACCCCUUGAUAACACUGAUAAUGCUUUAGUCGUUCUGCAAACUCUCAUAUUGAAUAUUAUUGGCACUUCUCUUGCUUUUUAUUGGCAUUCAGUUUCAGUGUUUUCUCUGUUUUUAUAAUGCAAAAUUCAGAUGAGCCUUGUUAGGAAACGAGUGAUAGAGAGUUAUUAUACACAUAAAUACUCAAACAUAAGACAGAGAUUCGCCUGUGAUGAAACAUCCAUCUACUUGCAGAUUUAAUAUGGUGCUAAUGUUCUUUGCACUGAAAUUACCACAGAGGAAGGAAAAGGUGUUUUUCUUUUUCUUUUUUUUCACCUGCUCUCCUUCACAAUGUAAUUAAGACCUUUCAAGACGGCACUUGCUCUCAAUUUCAUCUUAUUUAAUUUUGCAAAUUACAGCAGCAGCAACAACAGCCAGGGAAUAAAAACAAACAUUUGUCUGAAUCAUCAAAAAGAAAAAAGACAAAGAGAGAAUAUGAAUAGGAUUGAGUUUGUAAAGGUUGGUUUUGGACCAAAAUAGUGUUUGAAUACCAAGGAACAACUGAGAUAGUCGCAAGCAGAAUAAUUAUUAGUGAUGUCUUUUAUCUUAGGGUUGAAUUUGCCUGGCAGGCUCUCGUCAAAGUGAAUCAGAAAAGACAGUUUUGUCGUCUAAUUUUGCCUCAACAUGCAUAUCUCAACAGGAGGGGGCAUAUGUAUGAUCAUGAGUGACACAAAGAUGAGCACCAUUUCCUUGAGGGGGACAAAGCAAAGAAAGUGACAGCAGGGAGGUGAUCUGAUAGACUCUGAAAAAGAUGCAUUUAUUCAGUGAUAGGGAGGUGGGGGGCUUAUGUGUGUCACAAAGUCCCUCUGUACAUCCCAUGCAUCCUUUUGUUUCUACAGCUUUGACAAUUUCGCAUUCUGUGGUGAGUUUCCUGGAGACACCUGGAAUACACUAGGUCAUAAGGAAGGGUUGACAAGGAUCUGACACAAAGGAGAGGCAGCACAGAGAGGAAAUACACACCUUUUUUUACCUGACCUGAUUAUGGGGUAGAAAGAGGAGGUAAUAAGCUGUGUUCAACUUCUGAUCUCCCACAGAGGAGAAGUGAUGUGAUUAUUCAGAGGCCCUGUGGAAGAAAAUAUGUCCACCACAUAUGUCUACACAUUUUUAAGGAAAGCCCCUUAUACAGGGACAUGCAAAUAUCAAUUUAUACCUUUAAUUCCACUGUGACCAAGUUCACUGACAUGCAGCAUGUUCACUAAAACAUUUUGUUGAGCGAGUGAUGCCACUUUUCUAGUACUGGCCAGUUAUUGUCCAGAUAUUUCCACAGAUAUUUCAUUAAAUUUCUUGUCCAAUAAUGUCUGUACCUGCUUUCUUGAUGGCACUCACUAAGAAUAAGAAUAACUUCAUUUAUAACCGAAGAGAAAUUCAAUGAGAAGGCUCCAGACUCAGAUUGCUUUUCGACUUUGCUCAAAGGCUGGAGAUCCUAUAUCAUGAACUCUGUCACAAGUUUGUGAAUUUGUUGGGACAUAGAAGAAACGGGUAUUUAACAAAAUGCUGCAUAUUUGACUUGGGCGUAGGAAAUCUGUGGCUGGUAGCUCAUAGUUCUACUGCUUAUUUCUAAUUUCUUGUAGUCAUCAAACCUUUGAGCACAAUUUGCACAAGAACAAGCGAUUUCUCCCAUUACGGUCUGCACGUAUUUGUUUAUAAAGCUCUUUCAAAUGCUCAAAAUAGCUGGCUUUAGCGGGACUGCUCAUUACAUGAUCUGAAAUGCUAGCACUAUUAGCCCUUGUGUGUGCUGCUGUAAAACACAGUGCUCAGGAACUCUCAGUACCUCCCCGAAUGUGAAUGGUGGCAUAGUGUGAACUAAUUUUCUGUUCCUGUUCAUCUGUUCAACACUGCACAGUAGAUGGCUGUUUAUGAUCAGGGACACACAACAUCAGAGCACACAUAUUCUGCUCUAACUUUCUAACACACUAAUUAUCAAAUAUGCUGCUCUUGCAGGAGUGUCGCCGCCAGAUAGCAGCGCUGCUACCUACCUCACAUCUCCUUUUAUCCCUCUGCCUCUGAGAAACUCAUGCAUUUGUUUCCCAGAUCACCUCAUUCAAUGUGCUGAAGUCUUCUCUCCAGCGAAAUGCGAGGCUGUUUAAGAGCAUAAGUCCUUUUUGAUGCUGUCAUGCUUGGCAUCAGUUGGUGAGGGAGUUCGGCUUGUAUGACAGUGUUACCAAGGGAAGAUAUGAAAUGGGUAUUAAAGUCUGUUUGUGCAUUUGCAAGGAGGGAAGGGCUGGUGUCAAGCUAUCAGGGAGAGGACUGUCAGAUUGAGAAAGGAAUGUCAACCGGAGAUUUCUGUUGAAGUUUGACUAUGAUACCAAUAAACAGACUAAUAUUUUGUCUGAGAGUUUGUUUGCAGCAGUGUCAUGGCUAAUAAGGUCUGUACCAAAAACAACAAAACUAAACAGUUUCUGCCUUACAGACGGUUUUCUGUGCAACAUCAUCGCAGGUAUGCGCGCACAGCCAGGGGGCAGAAAGCGGGACAUUUGUUAUUUGUUUACCACUGAGUCAACGGAGAAAGAAAAUGACAAGGAGCUCAGAGCCCAGCGUACAGCUCCCUCCCUACGACUUACACUGCUGGGAGGAGCUGAGUUAGGGAGGGGGGGAUACUUAAGCCGGGCUGCGCCGCUCACCAAAAUACCAAAUUGUGCUUGGGAACGACUUGUCAGCAUGGUGGAUCUGACUUAAACCACGCCUGUGCCAUGUUGCCGGCGAAGCACGAAAAUAGAGCCCAAAGCGAUUUGUCAAUGAAAUGACAUUUAAUUACAAUUGUGUCAGGGAGAACUAGCAACCUGUAUGGCAUCUUCAUUGAUAUCAGUUCACUCCAAAGCAGGCUUUUGCCCCAUGGUUGUGCAUGCACCUGGUUUUGUUUGUACACAAGAAACCUGUCUAUUCAAGGAGGCAUGAGUGAAGUUAUUCAUCCUCAAUAUGUUGUGAUGGAAAGGACUGGAGAACAAUCAGAUAAGGAGUUAGUCUAUCUCCCAAUCAGAUAGUCAGGGGUUUGAUCUGAGGUCCACAUGUCAAGGUAUCAUUGGUCAAGACACUUUAUCCCACACAGCCCUGCAGUCUGCACUCAGUGGUGUGUGCAUGGGAUUAGUCGAAAACCUAUGAGCUCUUUAAAUGUCGACAAAGAAAAAAGAAAGGACACCAGGAUUAUAAUUUCUUGUCCGUUUUAAACAUACCUGAUUAAACAUCUGUUCAUUAUGGAUAUUUUAGCAUUGCAAUUGCUCAAAAAAAAAAAAAAAACAUCAUUAGGGACCCCUUAAGUUUCCCAGGGACCCUCUCAAAUCUAUACUCAUGGGAGUCUGGGACUCACUACAUGCAAAAGCUACCAACACCACUGCUUAAGAAAGACCAGCCUUUAUAUGUCACGUUUGGUCAGCACAGACAGGUGAAAAACUAAAAAAAAUGCACUAGUCAUGACUUGACAAAGAGGAUGAGAAUACAGCUAGAAAACAUUGGAGCAAAUAAACUGAUUUUAAUCAGUCUUAUACAAUUUAAUCGGAAAAGCGUUCCAAGAAUUACAGCUCUAAAACAUGCCAUUUGUUGCCACAAGCUUUUUGUGUCUAGCAGAUUUCCCCUAAACUUCCAUCUUUCUCAGUGGGGAGAAGGAGUAAAAUAGUGGAUGCUAAGUGUGAAAAAUAGUCACAUAAGGAGUAAAGGUUUACAGGUAAACCUCAUUCUUCACUGUGCACAGUAGAUAAACAGACAAAGAGAACUCAGAGAUAAUGACCUGUAUUGUACGAGUGGAUUACACGUUUCCCUUUAACGGUAUAAAAGGGCCACCUGUGUCUUUGCAGGCAAGGAAACAAAGGAUUAAAGUAUAAAAUAAUGUUUGAUAUACCCCUCCUGUGCGGGACUGAUUUUAUGCUGGUUGGAAGAAAAUAACAAUAAAAAGGCAGUGGAAAAUAACAGAUCACAGCCAGGACUGAAGCUUUCCUGCACGCACACAUACUCUAAAUUUUCAUUAUUACACUCUUUCUGUUUGUUGUCACCCCUUUGAAAAAAAUAAAUUAUAUUUGCUGGUGGUGGGGCUCCAGGCUGUAAAAAGAGGGCUGUUAUCACCCUCAUGGUGCAUAUCCAGGUGUGAUGUAUAGCAUAUAAAAGAGCUUUUGAUAUCUUCCCUCCACAGUCUGGCCCUGCCUCCCACUGUUCAGGUAGCACAGUAAUGGUUUGUCGGAUCAAUGACCAAUAAUCAAAGGGACACAGUGAGCCUCUGUUCUCUCUCUUUUACACCUUCACAGGGAUGAGUUCUUGAAGCAAAGCAUGAUUCUUCUGCAAUAAUCACUACUCUCAAAUCUCUUCUGGGUUUAUUAGGAAUAAUGUCUGACUACAUCUGGAGUUGACAUUGAUCGUUUUCUUUCCUUUUAUCAGGUGUAACCAGCGCAGACCCAGUAGUAAAUAUGAGGAAGGUGACCCAUCAGACCAUAAGUGAAGAGCUGUCCAAAACGGUUCUCCUCCCCUGCCUCUUCACCCUCCGCCCCAGCACCAGUUCAUCCCAUGAGCCCCCCAGGAUCAAGUGGACCAAGGUUUGGGGCCAAAGAGGCUCUGAUGGUCUGCAGAAGGAACAGUCGGUCCUGGUGGCCAAAGACAAUGUGGUCAAGGUGAGAGAAAAUCUGAGAAUGACCAUUGUAAAUUACUGGGUAUUAGUGCUGGUGUUUGAGUUACAUCCCUGUCUUUUUUUUUUACCUCCCUCACCCUCUCAUUCGUCUCCUCCUGCAGGUGAAGAAGGCCUUCCUGGGUCGAGUAACCUUACCUGGUUACAAUGGGAACCGUUACAACGCCAGUCUUGCUCUGUCAGGGCUACGAUCCAGUGACUCCGGUCUGUACCGAUGUGAGGUUGUGGUGGGAAUCAAUGAUGAGCAGGAUACAGUUCCUCUGGAAGUCACAGGUGAGGAAAACAGAAAACAAAAGCAACUACACAACAACACAUUACAAAUUCUGAUACUCUUGUAAAGUGUAAUGUAAAGGCUAUCACAGCAUGAUGUAGUGAGAGCAUUCACAGACAGUCCUCGAGCUCUGCAUGUUUUGAAUGUUUCCCUGCUCCAACACACCUGAUUCAAAUGAUCAGCUCGUUAUCAAGCUCUGGAAUGGCUUAAUAACGAGCUGAUCAUUUGAAUCAGGUGUGUUGGAGCAGGGAAACAUCCAAAACAUGCAGGACUGGGGGGCUCGAGGACUGGACUUGAGAACCACUGCUGUAACGUGUGUUUAUGUUGACAGUGUGUCUUCACAAUUUCAGUAUUUCAACAAAGAUAUUAUCCGAUUUAGAAUCCAUAACAGACCCUGUGUCCUCCUCUCUUGUCUAAUCCAUUAACAAGCCAUGAAAAGCACUCCCUCAGAGAGAGAGUAAUUAUGGAGCUGGGGAGGAGUUGCCAUCUCCUGGGCUUAGUCUUAAUCAGCAGUCACGGCAGGCCACAGCCACCCUCACACUAACUCUUUUAAGAGUUUAAUGUAUUAAUUAGCAGGUACUGAUGCUGCUUAGCUGUAUCAUAUUUAUUCACAGUGCUCUUUUCAUGAAGUCGUCUCCUCCCUCUGUUGCCAUUCUGUUUUUAUCGCCUGCUCAGUUUUUCUUUUCUUUACAGUUCAGUAGGUUGUGUCAAUACCACCUACAACAUGUUGACAUUGACAGUGCAGCUGCAUGAAAUUAUACAGGGAUGUAUUUGUAUAAAGACAAGUGAGAGUUUUUAUGUUUGUUAUCUAUAAGUAUGCACACACUCAUGUUUAUAUGCUUUAAGGUUGCAGUUCAUGAAUAAUUCUGUGACCCAGAUGUUGCAGGUCAAAAAUUUAGACACUCAGUUUCUGGGUUGUCCCCUUUACUUGCUGUGACAGUCUGUAUCUCUUCGUCCCAGGUGUGGUUUUUCACUACAGAGCCCCUCAUGACCGCUACGCCCUUUCCUUUACCGACGCCAAGAGGGUGUGUGUGGAGAACUCAGCCGUCAUCGCGACUCCAGGUCAGCUGCAGGCUGCCUUUGCUGAUGGGUAUGACAACUGUGAUGCUGGCUGGAUGUCUGACCAGACUGUACGGUGAGGAUUAUUGAUGUAUAUUCAAGCUAAGCUAACCAGGACAACUGGAGUGAUUGACUGUAACUGAUUUCUGUCAUUUUUAGGCUGAUGGCUGGGCAAUAUGAUUAUGGAUCAGUUUAUUUCAAGCCAUUCUCAUUCAUGUUUUCACUUGGUCAUAGGAAGCAACAUGCAUAUAAAAAACAAAAAACAAAACUAUGAUGUUUUCAAGUUAUAUUUCUAAAAGUUUAAGUAAUCUGUGAUGAAACAAGUCAUGCACUAAGUGACAUCUUAGAAUAAAAGUCAUUGAAAUGCCCUGAGACCUCUGCCAAGCACAACUUCUUCCAGAGUUCCUGAUUGUCACAUUUAUUGCAGCUGCACCUGAAAAGUCAGGGCUGAAGAUUAAAAGUAAUCUUCCAGUGGAGAUGCUGUUGCUGUUUCAAAUCUUUAAUAGAUGGUUUUCUUUUCCUACUAUAGUUUCCUACAUGAUCUGGCAUAGUAACAAAAUAGAUACACACUACUAAAUGUGUCUUUCAUAGUAGGGGAGACUGGGGCUUGUUGUCACAUGAAUAAGUUGUCACACUGCAACUAUCUUUGCCACCAGGGGGUGCAACUGAAAAGUGGAAUAAGUUUUACUCCUUCACAUUGUCAGGGGUUGUGUUCUGUCUGAGAAGAGAAGAGCACCUGGGGCCUCAUGUAUCAAUACUUGCGUGGAACUCAUACCAGAAACGAGCGCACGCAAGGUCCGUCACGCUGAAAAAAAUCCGUAUGUAUCAAUGUGUGCGGGCGCCGAAAUCCACGUGUGUUUCCUUGAUAAAUCCCAAUCAGCGUGGAAUUGAGCGCAGAUGUCGGAGUGACUGGGCCAGCCCCCGUUACGCCCUCCUAUAAAUAUGCAGAUUUAUUUAAAUCGGGUCUCCCUGUCCUCGCACGCAGACAAAAUGACAAGAAAAACUAAAUUUACGGCGUGUGAGGUGGAGGUGCUGGUGGCGGAGGUGGAGGAGCGACAGCCUGUUUUGUUUGGCAGCCUGUCCAGUGGCGUCAGUGCAAAACGAAAACGCUUGGAGUGGGAGAAAGUUUGCGAGAGGGUGAAUGCGGUGGGUUGCGAGACACGCACCCCCGCGGAGAUUAAAAUAAAGUGGUCGGACCUCAAGGUGGAGGUCAAGCGGCGUACAGCUGCCCUCCGGAGGAGUAUCGGCCAGACAGGUGGGGGUCCGGGGGAGGAGACCCUCACGCCGUUUGAGCAGCGGGUCGUGGCGAUUAUUAUUAUAGGGUAAGUGGCGUGUCACACAAAUGUCCACAUGCUUUGCCAUCCCACUGAGCAAAAGACGUAUAUUAGACGUCUAGUCUAAGUUUAUACUUCAUUUCAACGUUGGGAUUCAGUCUAUUUUUAGACGUGAUUUAUACUUCGCCCUUAACUUCAUUUUUCGAUAACUUUUUAUGCAAUAAACAACCGUAAUGUGCAUAACUGACCUUGAAAUACUGGAUUACAUUACCUAUGAUACCGUGGAGAGAGAUGUAAACGCAACAGAUACACAGAAGCAGGAAUUGAAAUGAACAAAUAUUUUUAUUGUGUCACAGAAAUCAAUGUGUCGGCCGUGUCGCCGGCUUGCGGAACCCCGGCCCGCGGCAGCCCGUCCGCCAGCUCGGAGUUGUCGGCCAGGACCGGCGGCAUUCGGGCCACCCCGGCCCCCGGCCCCGGCCCCAGCACCAGCAUCAGCAUCAACGCGCCGACAAGCGGUGGAGCGUCCACCAGCCGCGGCGCUUCCGCUGGACCACCCGGACGCAGUGGAAGGGUCCUCGCGGAGGGGGUCCUGCAAUCGCAGGAAGAAAUCAUCAGGGGGAUCGCGGGGAUCAACGAGCGGCUGGACCGGCUCGUAAAUGUCCUCGAGCGUCUGGUGGAGAAAAUAAAUUAAUUUGGCUCAUUGAAAUGUGUAUUCACUUCUUACCCAUUCACACUGUGGCGAUGAGAUUCUCCCGCGCGAGGACGGCGGCCAAUUUCUACACCACCUCCUGACUUUGCGUUGAUUAGCGCUGGAACCGACGCUCGUUUCGCGAUGAUAAAUCUGGACGUGUGCGCCGAUUUUGGCGUACGCAAGGUUUUCUUGCGCCGCAAGCGUUGAUACAUGAGGCCCAUGGUGAGCUGAGAUGAGCGCCAAUUAACCAUUUUGCACAACCCAAAAUAAAAAAAAAUAAAUAAAUAAAAAACCUUUUUAAAAUAAGCUUCUUUCAGAUAAAAAUCCUAGCAGUGAUACAUGCGGAGUUGUUAGAGGAGAGAUUAAGGCAUCCUGUCACAGCUCAGUCAUUGUUUCAGUCAUUGGGAUUGAAAUUAACAUAGAGGGCUCUAUUUUCGUGUCUGCCGGUGAGGCGGUGGAGGGUGGUGGACCCCGUGCAGUGGUAUUUUCGUCUGGCGGAGCCCAGUGUACAGCCAGUUUGGUAUUUUCUUGGACUGAGGCAAACCUAGGUCUGCCAAGCUGGGCGUGGUGGUGUGGCAGAGGGAGGUGUCGACAGAAUCUGCGGGCACAGUGACAUUUUUGUGCUCGCCGCCGGCGUGUAAAGUGCACUGAAAGCUCACCGAGUUAAACCUGGUCAGCUUUCAGCACAGGCGGUCACAUUUGGUUAAGUGGUAUUUUGGUGGACCGGCGGCAUAUCAGCACACGUCACCGUCAGUGUCAGGCACAUUUCAGUGCAAUAGAUAAUCAUCAACAACUAAUAAUCCUAGUCAGCACAUACAUUUAGAUCUAUAUAGAUCUAUAUCUGAUCUGAUGAGCGCAUUUGACACGUGUUUGGACACACAACCUGACUGAAUCAACACAGCUAAAACCGCAUCAAAUUAAAUUAAAUAUCUAGUAAAUAAACACACAUGAUGAAGUUAACAAGAUAUGUAAUUCGUCUCCCUCCUUUUCCUUCUUCCUCUUCCUCUUAUUUCUCGCGCAGCUCGACCUGGACAUGUCUCCGUGUCCUCUCCCUGUCCUGCUGCAGCUGCUGCGGCGGCGGCUGAACACAUGAUUUGUUUCAGUGAUCAGAUGAGUUAUUUACUACUAUGUACAUUAACAUCUAUGAAAGAAAGAGCCCGGCCAUGGAGCGCAAUGUGUCACUACGCACAGAUGGUUCCGAUUUUAAUGCCAUUAUUGGAAUUUAUGCUGUGAUCUGUGCGCACAACCCACCUUUGUCAAUACAGGUCUCGGCUGUGUUAAACCCACUCCACGCCCUCUCUCCUCCCUCGCUACGACUUACGCCGCUGGGAGGAGCUGAGUUAGGGAGGGGGGAUACUUACGCCGGGCUGCGCCAUUCACUAAAAUACCAAAUUGUGCUUGGGAACACCUUGUCGGUGUGGCGGACCUGACACAGUCGCACCUGCGCCACGUCUCCGGCGAAGCAUGUAAAUAGAGCUCAGAGAGUCUGCUUAUCAGCAGUUGUCAUAAUGAAACUUUGACUGUAUUUUUACAGAGAAAAGAGUGGUUUAAAGGAGAGGAGAAAGCAAAAAGACAUGGUCAGGAAUUUCAAAAGAAAAAUUGAACGUGGUGCUGAGGGCAGUCAGGCAGGUGACCCCAGCUGAUAUAUCAAUCUGGAGGACAAUAAAGGACUUUCAUGUCAAAUACCAUACCUUGGCUCGAUACUGCAAAACAUUAACCCCAGACAGCUUUCUCAACACCAGAGCGUGUUGCAUAAUAUUUAAUGUUAAUGUUUGUUUAAUAGCUAUGUUCAAUGGCUUUUUCUAGCUCAAUGAUAAACAUUUUCUGUUUCUGACUUUGAUGAUCUUCAAGUAAAAAAAAGGGAACAACAAUAAUUCUAUCCUUGUUUUAUUAGCUGCAAAUUCCACUGUGACAUCUUACCCCAUAUAGUGAGACAACUUACCCGAUGGUGGGGCAACAUGUCACAUGUUCACACUCUCUAUUUGAUUGCUUAUAACUCUGCACUGACACAAGAUAUGAAAAUUAGAUGAAUAGGAAAUAUUUACCUGAGACUUUGGUCUUUCAUCUGGUACACAUUUUGUUUAAAUAUGAUGUAUUGAUUCCGAGAAAUAUAUUAGUGUAAAAAGUGUGACAACAAGCCCCAGUCUCCCCUACAACAAGGUGAAGUUCAACUUUGUGUUUGCACAUUGGGAAGAUAGUCAACUACGAUUGCACUGUGAGCUAUCAGGUUGCUCUCUGUGUUUUAAUAUGACAUCCAUGACACCUCAAGUCUCUUAUAACAUUACCAGCCAGCGCCUGCCUCUCAGCUGUGUUCUUCAUAUCUUUAUUAUAUUUUCAUUUGCUCGAGAAGCAAAUGGAAAUUAAUUGUUGUUUUCCUGACAGUUCUUUGCAGCCUCAAGCAGCACUUUCCCUAUUUUCUCUUCUUUUCAUUCGUCCUACCCUUGAGCUGUUUUCUCGUGGGAAUACUCUAAUUGGUCCAAACCUAGAAAACCUAGAAACCCCCCUCCUGUCUGAAUAUCAGACAGGAGGGAAGAGUCCAAUUAAAACUUUGGCAAGAAUUGAGAUAUCAUCCUUUUUUUAAAAUCGUCCAUCAAGCAUAAAAUAAAGGAGCUUUGGUCUGAGACUUACAAAAUUUUACUCUCAUGUUGUGUUUUGAUAAAACGAGUCAUUGUUUCAGAAAAGCACAGCAGGUUUAAUAUGUGGAGGCAUGUGAGUCUUUUGCAGGUAAGUUUGAGGGAAGGGUGUGUUUGCUUUUGUUGAAGUGUCUCUCCUUUUUAAUACUUCCAAAGUCCCAGUUUUCACAGCGUAAUCUUUUAAUCAGCCUCUUUGCCUGUACCCUGCUGAUGCUGGGAUCAGUACUCCCAUGGAAUAAUUGCCCACCUUAAGCCUGAAUAAAGAUUGUUGUUUUGUUGGCCCCACAGGCAAGCCAAGCCUCUAAAAGAAACUCCUGAUCCUUUAAACCUCUAUACUUGAUUUCCAACCUCCCCAUCUCUCUCUCUCUCUCUCUCUCUCUCUCUCUCUCUGCUGUGUUUCUUGGAUUCCUGUUUCAACAAUGCAUUUAACGCAUCUAAAAGAUUUAUCUGAAAUGUUGGGGUAAUUAUCCUCUGACACUAUCUCUGAGCCAUCGAAGUGCUUGUAAUACCUCACCAAGUCAUUUCAGCCAGUUUCUGGGAGACUUAAAUCAUACUCUGGGGUUUAUAUUUGGCAAGUCUAUAAAAGAUAGGUAUUAACCAUCGUAUCAAAGUAUAGUUCACUUUUUAUCUUAAUUUGUUUUCUUGUAAAAUAUUAAUUCCAGGGGAGCCAAGGAUGUUUGUGGCUUCUUUUGUCAUGAUGCAUAAUCAUUUGUCUUUUUUUCCCUUUCCUUGUUGUCUCUGUCCCUCUCUUUUGUUUUCCCCUGCAGGUAUCCCAUCCAGCUGCCUAGGCCAGGUUGCUAUGGUGAUCGAGAUGACUCACCCGGGGUCCGUAACUACGGCCAUAGAUCCCCUGAUGAGCUGUUUGAUGUCUACUGCUUUGCUAAGCAGCUUCAAGGUAGGAGUCAGGAACUUCAAUCAUAAAUUUGUGUUUAGUCAUGAAUGGCUUCACUGAGCCCGGUGUGUGCAGCACGCAGACUCACAGCUCCCUGUGGCAAGGAUUUAAUAGUCUGUUAGCAGAAAAAGGAAAAUGAAAUAGAGGAAGAAAAGAGUAGCUUUUGGGUCUGAGAACAGAGAAAUCAUAAUAUCAAGUCCAGCCGUAACAAUCUCACUUUUGUACUGGGGAGGGGUGAGAUCACAAUACUGAGUCUAUUUUGGCUUCUUGCAGGCAUUAACUAAAUAAGUAAGAGGAGUCAGCCCAAAACUUAAUUUCUUGUUUUAUGGCAAUACAGGCAGAGGAUUAAAAGAUAAAUAAAUAAAUAACUCGAGAAUAUGUCUGGGACAUUUCAUUCCUGGUCAUUUACAUAAAGUCUCCUGACACCUGAGCAGCAAUUAUUUCAUCAUGGAUCUGCAACACUUGUUUGCCAGGGCGUGAUAGAUGCAGAUUUUUCCACAUAUAGGGCCUGAUCUGCUAAGAUCCCAAAUAGCGAACGCUAAAUUGCGUGUGCAAACAAAAAAAUUGCACAGGCUAUUAGUGGGUGUGUUGCAGGUGAUCUACUAUCAUUGCAUGCACAGUUGAUAACAGGAGCAAAAAUGGUGUGGACCGCCCUCUUUAAACAAGGAUUUUGCAUGCGCUAUCAGCCGUCACCAUGGAGAGUUCGUGAGAACAGAGUGAUCGUAGAUGCAAAAUAAAGUUGGAAGCCAUGGAGUUGCACCUAAAGGCAAGGGAAGUUUAUUUGUAUAGCUCCAUUUAUACACAAGCUAAUUCAAAGUGUUUUACAGAUGCAAGUAAAUUUAUUUGAGAUGAAAAAAAGGGAUUAAAACUAUUUAAAAUCAAUAAGACAAAGAGAUAAAUGUUUGCGACUGUUCGGUGUUUGACCGAAUUAUUUAUCAAAACCAUCAUUUACUAAAAAAAACGCUUUUGCACUUUUGCCUCCUUCUCCCUGUGAGGAGAAGUGGCUGCAAAUUUGUGCAUAACUGUGCCAGAUUGCACGUGCAUUUCAAACGUGUUAAAUAUAGACGCAAAACAGCGACUGCAAUCGGUUUCAAGUUUGAUAAACCACAUUGUGGGCGCUAAAUGAUUCUUUUUACAUCUGCUCCUCCCAGAAUUUUGCACGGUCUAAUGAUUUACAUAUGAUCUGCAUAUUCAUGAAUCCUCGGUGUACCUGGUUAGUAGAUCAGCUUUGCGCUCGCUAUUAGGUUUGUACAUGUUUUUGCACACGCAAACCUUUGGUAGAUCAGGCCCAUAGUGUGCAGCUGUUCUAUGAGUAAUACUGAUGCCUGUGUAUGUGCAUGGAAAGUGUUGUUUCCUUAAAGCAAAGACUAAAGUUGGAAAAAAGGGUGAGGAAUGGAUCAAACAGAUUGUUUUCUGGGAAUGGGAUUAAGGAUGCACCAUUCCAGUAUCGGCCUUAUACUGGCCAAAAUCAAUGGAUCCAAUAUUGUCAAUACUUACCAUAACCUAAUUGUUAAGAUCCUUUAACCUUAACUAAUUUGUGGGACAUGCAGUAAAGAGGAUGGCUCUUAGUGAUGGGUUUAGGCUGCUGCAACAUGAAUCAUGCACCGUGUCAGUGGGGCGUUGUAAAGUAAGCUGUGUGGAGUUAUUUUAAAUUCAAAGAGGAAAUAAACAAAGUAUGAUGCAUGGAUAAAGGUAAUUAUAGAUGCUCUGCAGUUUGGAAGUAAAUUAUGUUUGUUAUGCCAACAACUUUGGCAUCAACUUGCAAUGUAUGCUAAGUUCAGAUAUUGAAGAGCUGCAGGAGCGUUCAGGACAAUAUAACACAACCAGUUUAAUCAUGCAUUUAACUAACAUCACGCCAAACUGAAAAGGAAAUUGAAACAAAGCAGCUGACAGAGUCAGGAACAAUAUAUUGCAAAGAUGUGAGAGAAUAACUGAGAUGGUUAUUGGAUUCAUUGUUUUGGAUGGUAAUUGCCUGCAGCCUUUAAAAACAAAGGAUUUAUGUGAUAGUGUAAUUAGAUUAUUUUAUUAUUUGAUUAUUAGAUCAGUAUCAGUAUCAGUAUUUGACGAUGCAAAGGCCUGGGUAUCAGUAUCCAGACUUCAGGAUUGUUACACACUAAUCUGAGCUCCCCUCCACACAGGUGAAGUCUUCCACGCCACAGUUCAGGAGAAGUUCAGCCUGGCCACAGCCUCCACAUACUGCCAUUCCCUUGGAGCCCAGCUGGCCACAGUGGGGCAUCUCUACCUGGCCUGGCAGGCUGGUCUGGACCAGUGUGAUCCUGGCUGGCUGGCUGAUGGCAGCGUCAGAUACCCCAUCAAUGUCCCACGGAAGAACUGUGGAGGAGACGAUCCCGGGGUGAGGACUGUCUACAACAACCCAAACCGUACCGGUUUCCCCAUCACCACAGCCCUGUUUGACGCCUACUGCUACACAGGUACUGAUAAACUACAUGCACAAACAUUAUGGUAAUUACCAUGGCAAGUCAGAGGAAAACUGAGGUUUAUUACUAUGCUUUGUAGCAGCAGAUGACACUGGUUUAGUGAUGAACAGUGGUGUCCUCUUUGGUAAUAGUAGACUGAUGUGUGUUGCAGCCCAGCAGCCAGGGGGAGUCCAGGCUGUAGAAUCACAGUCUCUGUACCAGACGGCCAAACCAGCAUCUGAAGUCAUCUCCUCAGUCACCAAACAGAACAGGGCCCAGUUCUCUAAGACUCCUGGACCUGACUUGGACAGUGCAGAACUAAACUCAAUUUCUGAAAUUAACAACUCCUCCGAGAUCUCCGAAGAGCAUUUGGUCAUCCAUUUAAAGUCUGCAGCCGGCUGGGAUGGAAAACAGGAUGCAUCCAGAAACAGUGAGCAAAGCCAAGAUAAAUCUUACAGAAAAGAGAGAAACAACACUACUAGCCUUUCUAACUCGGCAAGCCAUGGGGGGUUUGUUCAUGAAAGAAAAGACUCCGACCAUUUCAGACCAUCUGACAUCUCCACAAUAUCCUCCACAGCUUCUUCCACUCCUCAGGGUCAGACUAAAAACAAUGUGUUGGCUGAGUUUGUUAACACUCUGAUGAAGCCCUUUAGAUAUUGGAGAAGUGGGAUGGAGGAAACAGAAAACAGGCAUGCAGAGCUAGAGGAAAUAGGAAGGGAGAACCAGACUCAAAAGGACACAUCCAGCAGAAACCAGAGUGAACCAAAAUCCAGUGGGAGCAAGGGCACCAUGGAUAAUGCCAUUAUGGAGCACAGGAGUGGUCAUUUUUCCUUCAGGGCUCCUACCAGCGGACUACAGAGUCCAGAGGACGGUCUGUCUGAGCAGGAGAAAGAGCUGAUGCCACUGAUCCCGUUAGUGCCUGCAGUCCAAAUCACAGGGCAAAGUGACUCCACCACUCAGCCAGGAGAACCAGCCGCCAGCAGCUCCGCUGACAACCCUCCACCCACUGUAAACGGUACGAACCCAACAUUCACUGUGUCUGUGUCAUGUACAAACUAAGAGUCCACCUUUGAAAAACUGUAUCUGAGAGGAGAAUGAAAACAAAGAACUAAAUGAUAUGGUUGGAGGCCUGGUGAAUUUUAAUGUUGCUGGUAGGUGUCAUGUUUCGUGAGCAGCCCUUGACUCUCUCCCACCCCCACUGUUGUCUCCCUUGUGUUGACUCAUCAGGACAAUUGAAAGAAUCACUGUAUAUUUAAUUAGGCAGUAAUUGCAAACAAACACAAGACACAAACCACAAACAUAAUGCAAAAAAUCAGAGCAGAGACUGUUCUGCAUUCAUUUUCAUAUUCACUGACUGAAUUGUAUUUGCACAAGAGGUAAUCAAAGGGAGUAGAAACCAAGCUUGAAUUUAAUUUAGUUUGAUUUCAUUCAAGUUUUGCUCUCGCUUGUUUAAAUGAAAGCAGACCUGUAUUACAAAUUACAGCUUGUACAAGAGUCAAAGUAGGAGUUGGGCAGAGAAAUAAAACUGUAUUAGCAUAAAUCAACAAGUGAUGAAACAAAGCAGAUUUACCUGACACUGUUGAAAGAUUCAGUGUUCAAUAAGGGAAAACAAUGCUUUAGGGGAGUAGGAAAGAGCCUGAAAAAUACAGCGGUUAGCUGGUGUGCAUGUGUCCUAAAGCACCUGGAGGCCCUGUCAGACAGUAACAUCCACAACAGAGUGAAUUACCCUCAGGAACACUGCAGUACACUGCAACACACCACAGGAGAGAUAAGGUCAACAUUCACCCUUUUCGGCUUGUGGCAUCUUGAUUCACCCUGACACUAAACUCCAAAAUGACUUACUCUUGUUUGGCUGGUGGCGUGAAGGUUCCUUGACGUAUAUCUGCACCCAUAUAUCUGCACCUAUAAGGCAAAUCACAGCUGAGAAGCUAGAAAGCAGAGAAUAAAAACAGCUCUUUCAGACUCCCGAGGAAAAAUAUACACUUUGCUUUCUUACUGCAGUUACAAAUUACAUAUUCAGGCUUUAGCUCAAGGUAAAAAAGACUGAAGCUUUCCUACAGACAGCCAGAGUAAUGAUUCAGUAAAGGUGAAAGACUUCUGUCAAGAAGAAGUUGCUUGUGAUAUUAAUAUAAACACUCUAUUUUUAGCUACCUAAGCUAACACCAACCUGCAAUGUUCUAAAGAGGUUUAGUCUGCAUUUUUGAUUGAAAGGGAUUCAAAAAUAUUUGCUGCAAAAAAAGUUUAAUUUAAGUAUUUCAGAAAUGUAAAAGCUUUCUGAAUGUGGUGUAUGACUUUGGGUAUUUCUUUUGUAAUUCAAAAUUUAAUUAAGAAAAAAAUAGAUGACAUUUACUAACAUUUUGUAAAGCUCCUAAAACACAAAUUUUCUUUCAAUAGAAAUAAGUUAUUUAAGCAAGACUGAAGUCCUCAGUGUCUCAAGGAAAUGAGGCUUCUGCCUCCAACCAGUUUCACCAGCCUCACUGACAAUUUUUUUGAUGGAGGACAAAGGGUUCUGUGCAGAGACUCUCUGUACAGAUGCUAGAUGCUCCUGACAUAAUACAAGCAGCCUGGCAAUAACCUUCCCUUCAGUCUCUUUUAUUACAUGUCAUAUCUACAAUGAAAUGAAAUGGCAUUGGUGUCAUUUCUCUGCGCCGCUUUCAUUGUCAGCCUCCACUCUCACAAUUUAAUAUCACGUCUGUUUGACUCCAGGAAUCCUCUCAGCCGGUUUACUUAAGUAAAACUAAGUUAACACAGUAGAGCCAUUUUCACUGAAAGUGGAAAAUUUCAUUUUUAUCCAAGUUCAUGAUUAGUUUGAUCUAUUCAGUGUUUGGUUGUGGCUUUUCUACCAGUUCUCCCACCACCAUUAGAGAAAAAAAUGUAAAUGUGAUCCAAACAGGACAGAUAAACCUCCAGAAUUUCUAUCUAACAGUCUCAAAAUAUUCAGUAUAAUAUUCAAUACAACAGCUCAUGACAUACAGAGGAUGAUUAAACCAGGUAAUUUUCUAAAGUUAAUCUCUUAUCAGUCUGCAUUAAAAGUAUAUGAGGAGCCACUUGGAUUUUUAACAGAACAAUUAGGCUGGACUACAUGGUGCUUGUCAAAAUGAACCUCAGGCUCAUUGUCAUGGGGUUCUCUUUCAAACAAUCAAGAACGGUGGAAAAGACAGGCGUAGUUGAAAAAUACAGUGAUGGUGAAAUUUAUUUAUAGCCGGCUUCCCAAGGUGCAGUGCAAAAACAUUUACAAAAAGGUGCGAAAGUGGUUAAAAUAGUAUUUACAAAAAAAAAAAAGAAAAAAAAAAAAAAAGACAAUGCCAACAAGGCAAGAAUUCAAGAAUAACUACACUGACAAUAAUGAGAUACUUUGCUUAAGAAAAAUAAUCAGUAAUACAAGAAAAUAUCAGUUCAGCAGUUACCUUCCUUGCAACCAACCCCACACUCCAAGAGAGGCCCAGGCAGCCUUCUUCUAGACCCCCCUAACCUUUACAUUUUACAGACAUUUUAUCCACUUUUAAACAUACACUGUAUAUAGAAUGGAUGCCACUCUGAGAAUGGCACCCUCUGGCAAUGGGCUGCAGUAUAGGUCAUAAAUCCCUCCGUCUCCAGCAAGGCUUAUAGAGCUGUGGACAAACUUUAAAAAUUUAUUACACAGAAUAUAUAUUUUUCUCCCCCCUGCUUGCGAUGUUGACAUGUAGUUACUGUAAGACAAGUUUGUGCUCAAGUUCUCUUUUUUUCUGUGCAGCUCCAUUUUUAAAAGUUAAAAGGGGGUGUUCAAAGGUCGGAUGGGCGUACAAAGAUUGCGUAGCUUACAGGGGGGCAAUAUUUUUUUCUGAAGGAUGGUAGGGAAAAGUCCCGCCUCCUUCGCCUCUGAUUGGCCUUUUUUCUAUUAUCAUAACUUCCAGGUUCCUCUAGUCUCUUCAGACUGUAGUGGAGUCCUUUGUUAGACACCAUUAGAUGUUUUGCAAUCUCUCUUUCGGUGUAUCCUUCUUUCCUCAAUGUACAAAUCUGUACUUUUAUUUCUUUACUUAGUUAUUUUUUAAGCCAUUUUUGCAGUAGUUUGAUGCACUUGAGAUUUAUUAGGCUUUUUGUAUGCAGACUCUCAAAAGCCAAAAAGUUAAAGUGAAUAAUUCAACUGUGAUUUGUUUUUUUGCUUUUGCACUGAAGUUGUGACUCUGGUCUGUUAACAUCAAUGUGUAUCUAAAGGUAAAUGGAUUAAAAUGGUGCAUUUCCAUGAAAGCAACAUCUAAUCAUACAUCCCCAUACAUCCCAAAAUACAUUCAACUCAUGCUGGAUUUACAAAAAAGCAUUGUGAACAAAAACUUGAAGUUACUCCCAACUGUUCUGCCUGUAAUGGCCUUGCUUCCAGACUUUUGACCUGUAGUGUAUAUGCAGGGAAAUCUGUAGUUCUUGGUUAUGCUGUACGCCUUAUUACCAUACAUAUCAGACACACCCACUGAGCUAAGGACAGCCAAAAUAAGCUGAGCGGUGAUGAUAAAACACUAGCUUGGCCGCUCAGUAACAUCCCUGCACUGCUGCUAUGAAAGCACACACUGGCUGUAAACACACUGUAAAUCACACAUGCAGACAGGAUGAAUAAUUGAGGCUGUAGACAGAGUUUGGUUUAGAGUUGUAAGCUAUUAAAAAAGUGGACCACUUCAUCCAAAAAAAAAAAAAACAGGUCUAAGAUUGGAGCUUGUUGUGGAGCAGGUAAUUUGCUUAUUGUAGCCUAAGUGCUGCUGUGUUUUUCCACAUGGCUUCUCUCAGCACAGGAAAGUAUGUUCCUGAAGGAGGCAGUUUGGGAUAAAAUAAUCUUAAGGGAAUAAGAAAAAAAAUGAGCAGAGAGAAGGAGUGUGAAAUUACUUUGAAUACACUCUUUCCACCUUUCAGCUUAUUGUUGUGUUUGUGUGUGGAUGUGUGCACAUUUGUGUGUCUUUUUGGCUUCCUCAAGGGAUGGUUGCAAUCUUAGAACUCCAGCAGUUGAGUAGCUGCGCUAGGCAGGUUCACCAGUCAAAGAAAAAAAAAGCCUCAAAACAGCCAUCUUUCAGUUACUCCACAUCAUCUCAAAGCUCUGAAUAUCAGCUCAUAAAGGGUUACAUUUCCUUCAUCUCAAAAUCAAAGUUAGAAAUUGAACCUCACCUGAUAGAAAUGAUUUAUGGCAUUUGAACAUAAUCCGCGUUAUAUUUUUUAUUGACAGGUCACUUUGACCACAGUGGCCUGUCAACAACCGUAUUUCUCUGGUAAUGGAGCAGAGUGUAUGCUUUAUGCUGUAUUGACACAUAAAUAAAAAUGGUCAAAAAAUGAAAAAAUGGUCAUUGAAUAAAAAAGUAGGUUCCACAAUAUCAGAUUUUAUAAAAAGUUCUUCCUUCCAUUAAUUGGACCUCAUGUAAAGCAAGGACACUCUGCCUUUUGAAGAAGAAGAACUUUUUUGAUCCCCAUAGGGCAAUUAAAAUUGGGGGGCAACUUCAACUCUUUAAAUACCUUUGUAUCUGACGUUUCCAUCAAGGUUUGAAUCCAAAAAAGGUGUUGUCUGUCUACCAAACCCUUAUUUUAUUGUUGCUGAUUUUGCCCAUAGACAUAUCUAGUAUUGGGAGACUUAUCAUGUCUUACAGACUUGUUUGAGUUUAAAAGCAUUAGGGAUUUUUUCUCAUUGUCUGAUCUAUGGUCAACUGUCUGAACUUGUAGGUCACCAUCUUAGAGGUAGUCCCAUUCCCUUCUAUAUUUUGACAAGAUUUCUUUAUGCUUGUUUCAAUUAAAAUAACUAUCCCAAUAGAUAGGCAUGAAAAAAUGCAACAGAAACUUAAUAACUGAAAUCAGCGGUGCAUGAUUACAAACAAUACUUACGAAUCAAAUCCCUGAUUCUGUGACUCCAGUUUGUAUAAUCACUUACUAUGAGAGUUAUGAUGGCUCUCAUGUAAUCCAGAGUUAUGCCUAAAUUGCUCUUUUCCCCAGCCACAAAUUAAAUCCACCCUCACAACGAAAUGUUAUUCAUUAGUCUCUUUUGUCUCUUUGCUUCCAUUAGAAUUCACAGCAUCAGUUUCCGAUGAUGGAUCACCCACCAGUGAACAUGCCAAUGUAUCCAGACCUCAGGGUCCCAGAGGAAGCUCGACCUUUGGCCUGGACCCCAGAAAACAAUUUCAGUGGGCGGGGAAGUCAAUACAUGACUCCAAACUAGGGACUCCUGGUAAUAUGGCCUAUAUGGGCAAAGACUCCACUUGGGAGCCUAUGGAGGCCAAAGCAGGGCCACUUGAGAUUAUGACACUGCCUACCUCUCUUGGACAGGAUAAUCUGGAUAUGUUCUCUGGCCAAGGGAAAGACCAGGACGGGGAUGAUGCCAAUAGUCCAUCAGCUACUAAAAAUGCAUCAGGGGAAGAUAAGGAGAUGGAGGGAAGCAGUGAGGGAAGUAACUCUCACGCUGGGUUUGGGAUUAAAAUGAACAACUUUAACAGCAGCGGAAAUGAACUGAGUCCUGAAACAAAGAGUAGACCUACCCAAAGUCAGACUGAACUUAUGACUGUGGCAAUGCAAACCACUCUGUCCCACUGGCAGCUGGUUAAACAACCAACCACCCCACCUGACAUAGCAGAGGAGGCCAGAGGGCAGAUCUUCUAUGUUCGUCGGCCCACUGAGAACCUUUCCUCUGCUCCUUCACAAAGAGGGGAGGGUAGUUCAAAUUCAGGUUCUACUUCUGUUUUCAGGAAGCACACAAUGAGUGUAGGUGGAAAUGAUGUGGGGCCUGACACAUCUGAAACCCUAAUGGAGGUGCUGACAACCUCUGAUGUGACCACAGUGCAGCUUCUGACAAACAGAGACUCAAAGAGGAUGGAUCAUAUCACAAAAGCAACCUUUACAACAACUGUGCCAUCUUCCUCCAUCUCGUGGGUCCAGGAAGACAAAGAGAAAACAAGUGAAAAGUCUCCAAGAUCUACAGACCUCUUUCAGUUCCCAACCUUCACCUCGGACUUAAACGCUGCUGGAAAAGAAAUGGAAUCCAGGUCUGCGGGGUCAGACUCCUUUGUAGUUGGAGGUCAGCAGACGGCUGUAAGCACAAAACCAGAGGAAGACAAACCCACUGUUACACCAGACAAAAAAAGCAUCAAAGAAACAAAGAAUCCCUUUGGAUUUUUCAUACCCAACUGGGCAUUUGGACUCAUGCCAUCAGGUAUGUAAGCUUCCUUUGUUUCUAUUGUGAUCCUUCUUGUCUUUAUCCUUCUCUCUCUUACACAUACAGUACAUCUUGCACUUUCAGUCCAGACUUGCUCUCCUCCCACCGUCAUAUCCUCUUCCUUCUCUCCAUCUUCCUCCCUCUAUCAAGUUGGUGCGACAAACAGCUGCAGACAGCAGUUCAGUGCGCUAAAGUGAGAUCAGCCAGGUCUUAGCGAAGUAAUUAUGGGUCAGAGUAGAUGCAAUUAGGCGAAAUGGAAAGAGGUCGAGAUCCCAGCUCCCAACAAAUCAAUGUCGACCCGGCUACAAGAUUGCACUCGUAAUUGACUGCAGCAUGUGCUCCUCUCUGGUUUUCACCUAGAUCUGUGUUCACUUUAAAAUUUGUCCGACUAAAUUUGUUUUCGUUUCUUUUUUUGUUUGUUUGUUUUAACUCCUUUCCUGAGUAUGUUGCUCACAAUGACAGCAGUGUCUACUCUUUAUCGAGCAGCCUCAUGGAUUUGUCUUUGUUAUCAACGAUCUGCUGCUUUAGAGGAAAACCUCAGAGUUACCAGACCAAACAAAUCUAAGUGUUGCUUGUCUCAUCCUGGUCUAAAUUUGUAGUAUUAACGACUUAACUAUGUUUGCUUCAUAUUCGUUCUUUCCUUCUAUGGUUACUCGACUAUUUGUUUUGUUUUGCUGCAAACCACUGCAGCUCAUUUAUAUUCAUUAGUAUUUUCACUUAGAAAAAAAAAGGCAGCCUGAAGGAGCCAGAGCUGUUUUGGAUUCAGUUGCUGCUGGAAGCAAUCCAUGCCUCUAAUAAUUUAGGUUGCGUACGUUUCAAUGUAAAACCUAAAUAACUGAACAGAAACUGUGUAUCCUUUAAAAACGGUGAAACCACUUUUGUCAGAGUUUUGGAAAUGACUAUUUUUCUGAUGGAGGGGAGGGGUGUCUUUCUUUGAUAGGAGAGCUAAAGAAGGACUUAAAACGGGGGGAGUAGAGAGUGAGGGAAGAAUGCAGAAGUAGGUUGUGGUAGGGCGUUGAAUCAGCAACUGCUGAGACAAGGACCAUCGUGUCUGUACAUGGAGGGAGGGGGGGCACUUAUUACGGCUGUGCAUGGAAUGUGCUUGUCUUUUAUUGCCUUUUUCCUCUGUCUUAACUUACAUCAAAAUUCUGCUUUUAAAAGUCUGCUUUUUAAACUCUUGCUGCAGGACAUUCAAAAAACUAACAUUGCAAUUUUUUCAACCCUGCGAUAUAUAUUGCGAUAUUAAAAAAUACAGGAAUUUUCACCAGAUGACCUGAAUAGCACUUAAUGUUAUGCUGUACUGCUGAAAUCUUGAGGACAGUUAACCUGCACUGAUCUUACCUCUUUUUGUGAAUGUUCGUAGAACGGCUUCUCCCUGUCUUAGAGAUAUUUUAAGCUUGCUUUUAUUGUGCUGGGACUUGUUUUCUCUAGUUGCGGCAACAGAUGAAAGGCACUGCCGACACAGAACACGUGUUUGGUCAACAUCAUCCCUCUUGUAACCGAAAUGUUAACUGACGUUGCAUUUCUUUUUGGCAACAAGUCUUCGUUUUUGGUGGUUAUCUCUUGUUCGUCGCUCAUUUUGCAAUCGUUGUUGUUGUUAGCAGUGUUGUGCUGAGAAAUGCAUGUCUGCCAAGAAUUGCAUGCACCUUCCAAAUUGCACCCUGCAUGUAGUAGAGUGGUCCAUGUAAAUGUACAAUUUAAAACCCAUACAAUUCUUAGUCAUUCUCGGUGGGUAUGCAUUUCUUGGCACAACACUGGCAGUGCCAGCAACUCACUCCAUGUGCAGGACAUGUGCAGGGGCGUGGUUUCCUCCUCUCUGAUUUUGAUUAAUGGCUGGCAGGGUAGUCUGAUUGGCAACUGAGUGAAGAACGAAUGUGAUUGGUGGAUCGCUGCACAGCACAUGCAGAGUCACGUGCAGAUAUAUCGUGCAGCCCCAGCUUUUAAGGUGACCAACUUGACACCUGCCCUCGUCAUGAGGAUGGCAGAUGAUGCUUUACUGAUGGUUUUUCAUGAUAUCUUGAUGUAGGCCUGGACGAUAUAGAAAAAAAGCAUAUUGAUAAAAAAUAAAUCAUAUUGAUCGAUAUCGAUAAUUAUCGAUAUAAUUGUUAUAAUUAUUUAACAUAUAUUUUAAUUGCAGCCCUGGAUGUUUUAUGCUAUUGCUUAAUGACCUACUUUUAAUAAAGAACACACAAGCACUGAAUUCAAAUUCAAACCUUUAUUUAACCACCUUUUUUAUUUUACAACUGAAAGUUUUUUAAAAAAGAACUAAAAAAAAAAAGAAAUCAACUUAAGUGGCCUGAGUGACGUCAGUAAAUACUGACAAACAUAAAGACCAAAGUGACCAAAUCUGAUAAAUAAAUAUUUAAAUAGUCUUUUGAUGAAAAUAAACAAAUAUAUAAAUAAACAGAAUAGCUUUAGGUGGGAAUAGCAUACUACCAGUUUUAACUGUGUGGGAAACUGCCCACAGCCUGGUGUCUGAACACUGAAAUAUUUCUCCCGGGGUCGGGAGAUUUAUUUUUUUUAAUUAUCAUGUGAUUGACUUAAUACAGAAACUAAGCACGAGAAGCAGGACUUAUCCACGCCGGUGUUGUGUCGUAGAAUGCACCCCUGCCGAAUGCACCCCCUGCUAGUAGCCAUGAUCCAAAUACUCGCGUCUUUGUAAAAUAUGAGCUCAUUUUCUUCCACUUUAAGAAGCUACACCGGAACGUAUUUCCUCCGCACCCUUCUCAGCUUUUCAACCCCUGACCCAUUUUCAUGCCUGAAGCGCUGUGUUUGAGAAACACUUGCGGCCGGGCACUUCAUAUCGCGGGUCAAGAGUGGCUAGAAGCUGGUCGAAGCUAGGCUUUCCAACGGUAGUUAUUGGCAGUAUGUCCCUCGCUAUGGAGCAUGUUACUGCAUAGGUGAUGUCCUUAUGCCGCUCGGACGCUUUGUCGUAUUUUGGCAAGAAACGAAGUCCAGUUUGGUCUGCUUCACUUGCUUUGUGCUGGUGCUGGCAGCGGUUCCAGCGGAUUCCUCCGACGACGACGUGGAGCCGCGGCGCGGCCGACACAGCUCGUACUUCUGCGGGUGCGAUCGGUUUAGAUGGUAAAACAAGUUGGUUGUGUUACCAGACUUCGUUUUUACUAAUUCUCUGCAAAUUUUGCAAACGACCGCUGUUUGCUUUUUGUCAGACCAAAACAUUACCAUGCUGGUGAACUACUGAAACCUUUUUUCGGGACAAUGUCCUCCGCUUCUCCUUGCUGUAUCAUUUUUUCUAAUACACGUGCUGUCUGUUGUGGUUUGAUAAGGGCUGGGCUUGGUGCCGUAGCGUACCUGGGUCUGCGUUUGUGAUUGGUUGGGAGGAAGUAAUGACUGUAGUAAAAGCUACAUGAUAGGCUAUGAUGAAAAAGAAAGGGAAACUGUGUUUUUCUAUCGAACUUUUUAUCGACCCGUUUUUUUUCUAUCGCACCACACGUCUAUCGAUCGAUAUAUAUUGUUAUCGAAUUAUCGUCCAGCACUAUCUUGAUGCAUACACAACCAUCAGCGACAAGAUUGAACAUUUUCAUACAGUAAUUCCCAACGUUUGAAUCUGGUGUGAGGGAGUAGGUUUCUGUCACGCAGCUAAAGAGGCAGCCCCUUUUUUGCAAUCUCCAUAUAACAUAUUUACAAUAAAUGAUACAUUUGACUGUCAAAAGUCAGCAGGAUGAGCUUUAAUUUCAAAAGGUACUACUUUAGCCUGUAAUGAUCAUAUUGAGGAAAUACAGUUUUGUCUGGGGGGCUGCCUAUUUUGACACAAACCAAGAGUUCCUUACUGCAGCUUUAAGUUUCAUCUUAAAUUCUAUCUGAUAAUGAAAUAAAAAAAAGCAACACCAGUGUAGAAGCGUACAUUUUGUGUUAGUUUUUUUCUGACACAGCCAAAUUUGAAUGGAUGUGGUGGCCCUGCUCUUGUUGAGACCUUUCCUCUGAGUGGCUUUUCGUGUUUGUCAGUUUUAGCACACAGAGAUUUAUAGUAAUCGUUGUCUGCCCGUCACAGUAGAGAGACAGAGAAAGUGAGGAGGGAAAGGGCAGGUGGAGGGACAACUCUUGGCAGGAAAAGUUGGUGAGCAGAGAGAGAGAGAGAGAGAGAGAAGGGGGUGAUUGUGCCUUCUGUCCUCCUGUAUAUCCUGUAUAUGGGAGUACAUAAACCUCUCCAAUCAACGAUCAGAGACCAGACUAACACAGUUGUACUGCUCUCUGAGGACACUCUUGCCGAUACCUGUCCUCCCUCUGCUUUCUUUUUUCUUCAGUCUUUCUUUACUUCCCCCCAGUCUUCAUUUAUUGCUUUAUUAAAACAGCCUCAGUCCUCACUGUGUCCUUUUUGGCUGUAUAUAAGGGGCAAUAAAAAUGCUGGUAUGUGAUGCUAUAUCUGGCAGUCAGAUUCCCUAUUGCUCUGGUCUCUCGCCAAACCCACACAGACGAGUGGACAAAUACACAUAAAAAAACAAAUAAAUGUGGAAAAACACCAGCAUGCCAAGAUUACACUGGAGAGCACCUAAUCCAUCCCACAUAUGAAAACAUUGCAUGCAAAUACACACACAGGAUAUGACUGAAAAAAGAUUUCAUGUAUUUACUUUUCCAUAUUGAAUAAUCGAAAAGUAUUUGUCAGACUUGGUAAUAACACCAGUAAAAAAUGAAUUGAUUUCUAGGUUUUGGCACAUGGUUCUGUGCUCUGCUUUCGAACUGUUUGAUUAGGUGAAGCAGUGAGGCAAUAUAGUCAUGUUUGCUGUCUGCCCAGCUUUUUAGAUACCAAUGCCAGUCUGAAACUCUAACAAAUAUAGGGCAAGGUGCUACUGAGUUAAAGCCAUCUUGACAACAUCCUUAUCCUUGGCUCAAGAUGGAUCAGACCUCUGGCAGCAUCAAUAGCACAGCAGGAAACCCUCAACCACAUUACAGUGUGAAAUUUUGAAAGAGCAAAGUCAGGUCGGAGAGUCUUUGUGAGGACAAAUGGGGUUUGGAGGAGAUAAAUGGAGACAGGGUCAGUCAGGGUAAGACAUUAUCAGGGAAGGACUGUGGAUAGAUGUCCAGUUUGUCUUGGUUGUUUGAGACCUUGAAUCAGCUUUCUGGGGCAGGAACAUGGACUAUUUUAUGUUGUGGUUGUAAAGUCCAUCGCCCCCAGUGGCACUGCCAGCAGCUUGUGAAUGUUUGAAUGAUGACUUAGUACUGAUGGGCCCUUUGUAUAGCUGUCUGCCAUCAGUAUAUGUAGUGCUGGGCAAUAUGGAAAAAAAUGUAUAUCACGAUAUGGACCAUUUUAUAUCACGAUAACGAUAUAUAUCACGAUAUAGCUAUGGUAUGCUUUCAGUUCUAUGAAAAAUUUAAGUGUAUACAGCUGCACUAGUACAGUACCAGUACAAGACCAGCACUUAAAACUAGCAAAAUGAAUAAAUAAGUACGUGGCUGAAGUGUGUUCAUGUCUGUGCUCACCCAAAGUUAUGCAACACUCACAGAAAACGCCAAUAGUGUGAGCCAAAGCACUCCAUAAUAAUAAUAAUAAUAAUAAUAAUAAUAAUAAUAAUAAUAAAUUUAAUUUGUAAUGCGCUUUACCUUUACAAAAAAUCUCAAAGUGCUACAGUACACAGUAAAAAAAGAGCAGCAACAAUAAAAAAAGCAAUAGAAUGACAGUCACAGAUUGGCAUAAAAAAAGAAUUAAAAAAUAUAUAUAUAUAGAGUUGCAAUGAAAGAGGCAAGGUAGUAAAAGCAUAAAGCAUAGAGGAAAACUAACCAAAGGCUUUAUUAAAAAGGUAGGUCUUUAGGGCUCUUCUGAAGAGGUUGUUCACACUGCUGGAUGUUUCUCCUCCAAAGCUGCUCUCUGCCUCCAUCAUUGUUUACUUUACUCUUGAAGCACGUAGCAAGACCCGAGCAUGAAUCCGAGCGCUUUAUUCGCCUAUCAGGGGCAGACAGGUAAGGUGAUUUGAUUCGCCACGACUCCAGAAAUGAUUGAAAAACUACAGAAUGUCACAAAAUUACGUUUCCUCGCUGCUGGCUUGAAGAGUACAAAUGCGCAGCCGCGCUCCCAGCUGACAGGAAGUCAAACCACUGUUGUAGUUCUUUUGUGUUGCUAGCGCGGUCAAGAGUGUUGGCUCUCACUGAGACAUGACUACAAAAAUGGACGCACCUGUUCAUCUGGUUGUUAAACACGGCUGAAAAUGAUCAUCUUUUAAUGUUGUUCCCGCUCCUGCCCACUCCCGUUGCUUUUUUUCCCGUCCCGUCCCGAUCAAGGGAUUAAUUAAAAAAUGACUCCCAUCCCGUGGGAUUCCCGCGGGAAUCACGUGACCCACGGGAAUUCCCGAAAAAUGUCAUCCUCUACAGGGAGGGUCCCGAAGCAGAUGAAACAGGUGCCGGAGCGGCUGAAAUAGGUCCCGGGUCCGAUCAAAAGAGGUCCCAGAGUGCGCUCCGACUUGCUCCGGCACAAAUUAAGCACUGCUUACAAUGAUCCCCUCACGUGUGUAACUCAGGUAACCCGCAACGGCGGGAGACGCUGGACACGAAGAGGGCACGUAAAGCGGCGUCAUGUCGCAAAAUCGAAAGAGAAAUGCAAGCCUACAUGUCAACGCAUCCUUUUCUUUGUAAGAAAAUAUUGUCUUCUUUCCCGUUUGACACCAAAUACACUUAUUGAAUGUGCAAUUAUUGUUGUUGUUACUAUGAAUCAUCUGAUGGCACAAGCCCUAUGGAUUAAAUACAGCCUAUCGCCCGAAACGAUAAAAAUAAAAAUGGCACGAUAGACAUUUUCUAUCGUGCCCACGAUAUGUAUCGUCCUAUCGCCCAGCACUAAGUAUAUGUAUGUGUUUAUGUGUGUGGCUGUCACAUGAACAGUAUGAUCAAUCAAGAUUAGAGACGUUCACAACAUUUACUAUUUAAAUUACAUGACUUGGAAGUUCUGUUCUCAGUAAACUAAAUACUUUGGCUAUCACUGCUGAUUUAACUGCAUAGAGGCCCUUAUUUCUUGCAUGUGCAUUAGGCUGAAGGAGCCCACAUGUCAAUGGACUUUUAAGUGAAAAACCAGGUUUGUUGUUGCCUCAGCUGUAAGAAUUCAUAUGGUAUUGAGUAGAGAUAUAUUUAGCUUGUGGGUGAUAGCAUAAAACUUCUUUGAUAAAUCAAGCUGGUCAUCAAGCACGGGUUAUAAGUUAUCUGGGGAUGUAGAGAGAAACUUAUGCCAAGAUAAAUCUGUUCUGAAGAGGAGGUAAAGCUUAUGUCUUAAGUGUUUGAUAUGUGGAAGUAAAUCAGUUUUUAAUUCUCACUCUCUCUUAAGACCGAGUCGAGUACUCUCCUAGGAGGGUCAUGGGAUAACACAUCAAGCAGUGUUUUUUACAGGAAAAUGUGUCUGGUUUUCCAAAGUGCUUUGAAUUACAUAUGUAUAAAAAAACUAAUCUAAUUUAAAAAAAGAUUAAAAAACAGCGACUGAAUAAUUCAGUUGGGUAUUUUCUGUGAAGUGGGUGAAAAUGUCAAGCAAAUGUUUUUCAGUACUUUAAGAUUUUUAAUUUUCUGAAGUGAGUCUGAAAUGGAAAAGCACCCAAACAGUUGGCUGGGAAGGAAAUUUCUUUGUAUUAUAAGGAUAAUUCAUUUAUUCAUUUUGCUGCCACAACAAAGUCCUGAUAACAAUUGUGCCUUCGGAAACCUCAUCACAGGCAGCAUCGUCUGAUUUUAGGUUACCUCUCCUGCCAAGACCGAUAGAUGUUUGCUUUUUUUGACUGUUACUACAAUGUUUCCAUUCACAUGGUUACAAUGGAUACCAAACUCAAUUUUGAUUUUAUCAGUUUCUUUGGGUACAAUAGAUUUGGUUUGGUGGGUCUGUGGCAUGGGUCUAAAAUUCAAUGAAACAUGCUGUAGGAGCCUUUUUGGUUAUACUUACAUUGCGAUACUAUAUUUGUGUUGCACUUUUUAAGACAGACAACAAAGUGCUUCACAAUCACUAUAACGACCAAACAGUAAAUAUAAAAAGCUACAUCACAUACACCUAAGUAAAAUCAAAGUAAAUAUUGACAGCAAAAGCCUUGUCUCCUUUGGUUUUCAACCAUGGACCUCAGAAAAGCCAGCAAAGCACUCCCAGAGGAUCUUGUUAUAAAAGGUGAUAAAAGCUCAGAAGCAUUGGGUGAGGUUAGUCUAUGACGGGCCUUAAAUGUCAUUUAAAUAAUCUUAGAAUCAAUUGUAAAAACAGCCGGUAGCCAAUGUAAAGAUGCUAAAAUUAUGAAUAAUAGUCCUUGUUGGUAAGCGUCUUGUAAGACCAUAUUAGUUGCUGUUAAACGUUUAUGAAUGUUAAUAUGAGCAUUAUCUACACAUUUAUUAUAUCUUAUUAUUCACGUUUAGGCUUUCAUGAGAAACUAUGCACCUGUCAUACACAUCAACAGAAUGUUUAUUGACAUUAAUUAGACAUUGUAAGGGUUAAUUAAGAUUACCAAUUUAUACAAGCUUUUAACACACUUGUAGGAAACAUAUUGCCAACAAUAUUGUUACAUGACUUUUGAAAUUAACAUUUACAAUGUUUAUAUACAGCACAUUAAUACAUCAAGAUUAAUCAAUCUUUAUUAAUACAGUUAAAAUACAGUUGAGUAAGCAUCUUAUCAAAUUUUAAAAGCUGUGUUUACUGUCAUAAAUAUUAAGUUCCAUGCAAGCUAAUAAAAAAUAUGUUUAUUAAUCUGUAAUUGACCCAUAUAAAGUCUAGUUAAUGUUAUUAAACAUUAUAUUUAUGCUUAUGAAUGGAACCUUAACUGUUAACAAGUCUUUAAUUAAAGCCUAAAACUGUAUUACAAGCAAAAAAUAAAUACAUUUUACCGAUCUUUUUGUUAUUACAUAUCACUUAUAAAUGUUUACAAGCAUCUUAUAGUGUCGUAUUAGUGGCUAAAUAGCUCUUAAUCCUUUUUUGCCAUUUGUAUCAUAUUUAAUAAUAAUAAUAAUAAUUCAUUUUAUUUGUACAGCGCUUUUAAAAACACUCAAAGACGCUUUACAUGGUACGUAAAAUUCAAGAUAAUAAGACAAAGACAUAAAAACAGUAAGAUGGACGAAAGUUAAAUAUUAAAAGCAAUUUUAAAUAAGUGAGUUUUUAAAAGGGAUUUAAAAGUAGUGGGGUCAGGGCAGUGUCUGAUGGAGGGAGGUAGCGAGUUCCAAAGGGUAGGGGCAGCUGUGGAGAAUGCCCGAUCCCCCCAAGUUCGGUGCUUGGGUCGUGACAGUGGGGUGAGAAGAUGGGCAGAGGAGGAACGGAGGUUACGGGGGGGUACAUGAGGCUGGAGUAGGUCGGUGAGAUAAGAGGGGGCUUGAUGAUGAAGGGCUUUGUGGGUGAGAAGGAGGAUCUUGAACAUGAUGCGUUGCUUGAUGGGGAGCCAGUGUAGACGGAGGAGGAUGGGGGUGAUGUGGUCUCGUGAACGGGUGUGGGUAAGGAGGCGGGCGGCAGAAUUCUGGACUAUCUGUAAUUUGUUGAGGAGUUUAGAGGGUAGACCGUACAGGAGGCUGUUGCAGUAAUCUAACCUUGAGGUGAUGAAGGCGUGGACCAGGGUUUCUGCUGCGGGGAGGGAGAGAGAUGGGCGAAUACGGGCAAUGUUUUUGAGGUGAAAAAAGGCUGAUUUAGUGACCUGUUUGAUGUGUUGUUCGAAAGUGAGGUGGGUAUCAAAGAUGAGUCCAAGGUUGCGGAUGGAGGAGGAAGGAGACAGGGGUGAGUUAUCAACUGUGAUGGAGAAGGGGGGAUGGAUUGGGUGAUGGAUUUGGGGCCAAUGAUUAUCAUGUCGGAUUUGUCACAGUUCAGUAGAAGGUAGUUGUUAGUCAUCCAGGUCUUUAUUUCGGAGAGGCAGGUUGAGAGGGUGGAGAGGGUGGAUGGGGUGAUGGAUUCAGUGGAAAUGUAAAGUUGGACAUCGUCAGCAUAACAGUGAAAUUGGAGGCCGUGACGACGGAUGAUAUGUCCAAGAGGGAGGAUGUAAAUAAUGAACAGGAGGGGGCCAAGCACCGAACCUUGGGGGACACCUUGGGUCAGGGGAGCAGUGGUGGAGGAGUUGCUGUUUAUGUUAAUGAAUUGUUGACGGUUUGUGAGGUAUGACUUAAACCAGGAGAGGGCAGUGCCAGUUAUGUAGAUUGAGUCAUGAAGACGGGAAAGGAGGAUGGAGUGGUGGAUGGUGUCAAAAGCAGCGGUGAGGUCCAGGAGAAUCAUGAUGCUAAUGUGGCCGGAGUCAGCGCUGAGGAGGAGGUCAUUGCAAAUCUUGAGGAGGGCUGUUUCUGUACUAUGUUUGGGACGGAAACCGGAUUGGAAGACUUCAAAGAGGCUGUUGGAGUUGAGGUGGGUCUGAAGCUGAGAGGCGACGGCACGUUCUAAUAUUUUAGAAAGCAGAGGAAGGUUGGAAAUUGGGCGGAAGUUAGAAAUUAUGUCAGGGUCGAGUCCAGGUUUUUUGAGGGUUGGGGUGAUAGCAGCCAGUUUGAGGGAGUCGGGGACUGAUCCGGUGUGGAGGGAGGAGUUGACUAUGGAGAGGAUUAGUGGAGAAAGGACUGGAAGGCAGGUCUUAACGAGUGCAGAGGGCAUGGGGUCCAGGGUGCAGGUGGGAGUCUUCAUGCUGGUUAUUAACUGGGAGAGUUGGGCAUGAGAGAUGGGGGAAAACUGGGAUAGGGGCUGAGCAGAGGUGUGGGGGGAGCACAAGGGGGGGGACUUGGGGUGGGGCGUGGGGGCGGAAGUUGCAGACUGGAGGCUGUUGUAGAUGUUGUCUAUUUUGGACUGGAAGAACUGGAGGAAAGUCUGGCAUUUGUCUGGUGUGAAGGUUGAAGUGCUGUUGUCAUGUGGUGUAAUACAUACUUUCAUGAUACUUCUUUCAAUCAAUAUGAUCAACAAAUUACUAAAAAAAAACACCUUAAUACAGUCCGAUAAAUGAUAAAAAUGCCCUCUUUUCCAAAAACAUCUGAUGUCUCAAACAAGAUAAAUACAUAUAUUUUUUAAAUUUUAAGGACAUUUACAUUUUUUUUGUUUGUGAAAUAGUGAAAUAAACAUUUCAGCUCCAAAAAAUUUGAAUUUUCUGGCCAUAAUUUGUUGUUUUAGGCAAUAAAGGGUUUAAUAAUGGUUAUGAUAAGGACUAAAAUAUGAAGGGUUACCAACUUAGACUGUUUCUUUGUACUUUUAGAAUCUUUAAAAAAUGAUUGAAUUCCCAACCAUGUAAAUCUAAGAUUAGCAGUCUACUGUGACAGUGCAGAGUAAAACAUUACACUCAUGCUUCCUGAACAAUUCAGGUAUAACCAUCUCCCUUCAUCAUUGAGCUCAUUAAGCAAGCCAUCCCUGUGCAGUAAAUAAUGGGAGACCUCUUUUAUAAUGGCCAAAUUUCCUGAGGACUGUUUUGUUACAUUCUCCUUAAUAAACCCCCCUCUCUCUCUCUCUAAGUUUUUAUUGUCAGGUUCAGCUUUAAAGCCUCUGAAGUUGUUGGGUCAUGGAGUAACAACAUCACUUCUGUUUGCCACAAAGACUGAAAGAUGGAGGCAUGAAUGGAUAUAAAAAGCUUGACAGGGUGCUGUCAGGAAUGUAAUCCUCUGUGUGGAGGCAUUGUGUGCAGUGCAGGGAGGAAGAAUUUAAUCUGGUGGGGUUAUGUUGGUACCUGUUACAAUGCAGCAUUCAGAAGCUAUCAGAUGAGACGUCAGGAAACUGCUUCCUUUAGCUGGAAAAUAUUUCAUCUCACUAUCUGUAUCUAACAGGUCUGUCCUCCUAGAGGACAACGGUUGAGGACAAAAUAGCUGCACAUGGACUUGAUUUUUAGAUCAGAAGAGCAUCACUUUUGCACCUAAACACAACUUCUUUUACCCCUUAAGCAGAAGAAUGUGGAUGUAUGUAGGUGACAAAUGUUCAACAGACAGUGGAAAUGAAUCUUUAGAUUUAAGGAGCGGUAUUCUUGAGGAUUAUUUUCACAUUUUUUAUCCUCUUUUGUAGUCCGACACACAUAUUUGUCAUUGACUCGGUGAGUCAUUCAUGCAGGCAGUCAUUUUUACAUGAAGCCACCUGCCUUCAGGGUGUUACGAGUUCAAAUUUAGGUAUUUUCAGGCUACAUAGGAUGAGUGCACACAGCUGGGAUUUCAAAGCUGCAAUAAUGGUGGACUGUAGACGGUGAGGAUAGAGCAGGACAGAGUAGAGGGGCAUUUGUCUCCCUGCAAGCCCCCAGCAGGUGGUCCCAUCAUUUAGGGCUUUUUAUUCACAGGCACAGAUGUGUCCCAGCAGGGAGCACUCAUAGCAAGUGAACAGGCAAUGACAAGUGUCAAGAAGAGGGAGGUAUAUGUAACAGAGAGGCAGGUAGGUGUAAAGGUGUGGAUAUUAUCAGGUGAGCUAUAUAGAAUUGAAGUAUGUUUAAAGAAGCAGUGAUGUUUUGUAAAGAUUUUGGGUAAUACGUUUUUUUCUUGCAGAAUUCAUAAAGGUCAUAUGAAGUCCUUUUUUGUUGAGUUUUUGAAAAGUCUGAAGGCAAAUGUUCUGCUUACACACUCCUGUGUGUCUCUAAUAAUCACAACAGCAAACAAACACACCACAAGCAGAAGAUCCAAACUCUUUGCAUAUGCUUUUGUCUGUGUGGUGUAUGACUUAUUCUUUCAGAUUAAGCACUCUGUUGUUUUGAGUAACUGCUUAUAACUAUACACCAUGCUAUGUCACCUGUGCAAGGUCAGUGAAUCAUCUAGAGGUAUAUUUAAUAGACUGGCAGGGAGUAUCAACUAAGACACAUCUUGACCCAGAGCCAUAAUACAAACUGUCUUUUGCAUUUGAGUUGUGUGUAACUUGCUGUGAGGGCAACACAAUUACAAAUUGUUAUGCAAAAGGCAUUUCAAGGUUAAGAACAAUAACACUACGAGUAGAAACUCUGUACGCAUAUCUGUCAAUUAUUUACGAGUGUUUUACCCCUGAGCACUCACUGCACUGUGACAGGAUGAUUUUAUGUGAAUAUACACUCCUAUCAGCAAGCAUAUGAAGUAAUGAAGUAAAUUCACACUUUAUUUUCAUUCUUUUUUUUUGAAAUAUUUUUGGACUGGAGAAAGAUAACAGUUAGUUUUUAAGGUUUUUUUUAUUUUUUUUUAAUAUACACUCAUAUCAGCAAGCAUGUGUUCACACUUUUUGGACUGGAGAAAGAUAAAAGUUAGUUUUUAAUGUUUUUUUUUUUAAAAUUUAUUUUACAAAGCUCCAACAAUAAAAGCAAAGUCAUGUUGAGAACAAAGGGAGGAAAAUUGGACGUGCUGGUGAUGAUAAGCCUGAAUGAAUUCUCUUCUUGCUUGUCCACAGCUCUAUUGUAUUAUGUCAUACGCAUGUAAGGGUGUGUUAUGCAAUAAAAACCCAACUUCUGAAUGAGAACGCCCCUCUGUAAAUCAUUCAUAACUCAGCACACUUAAGCAUAAUGGUCUUUUAGUAAUUCAGCCUUGUUUGUCUCUCAGUGGCUUGAUUAGGCUGAUUUUGUUUUGGUAAUGAUUUUUUUUAACAACAUGUGAACAUACUGCAUGCCUAAUCGUAACUACGCACUGUAUGGUUGACAUCACGACUGACACAGAUUAGUGUCAUCAUAGUUUCUGGUAAAACUUGUAAUGGUAAAUAGACCAUUUAUAAAUGGCAAGCAAAUAGUUUAUAAAUGUUUAAUCAUCAUUUAUAAAUAGCAUAUAGACCAUUAGUAAAUUGUAAAUUUGACAUAUUUUCAUUGCUUGUUAAUGGUAAAGUAACUUCUAACCUACAUUAAUUAACUAUCUAUUUGCCAUUUAUAAUUGGUCUAUAUGCUGUUUUUAAAUGAUGAUUAAAAAUUAAUAAACUAUCUAUUUACCAUUUAUAAAUUAUGGUUAUUGUAAAGUGUUACCUAGUUUUCAUAUUUUAAUGCCUGCCCUACUCAUAAUCCUCCUUUUACAAAAUGUGCACCAUGCCACCAGCUCUGCAGACCUGUAGUAUUUAUGACCAGUUGUUCAAAUCAAUUACACUACACACAAAGAUGUGCUGUAAUGCUGUGGAGCAGAUUGUGUUUUAUUCGUCUUUUCAGUCUCCACUCCAGGGAUUUAUUGUACACCACUAGGUGUACAGGGGGUUACAGGGAAAGAAGCGGGUUAUGAUUCAUGGAGGUGAGGCCUGCUGACCCCGGACUGCUAAGGCUGAAUGUUGGGGUGCUGACAUUAUCAGCAAAGGUAAAACCGGUCAGCCAACAAGAUUACAUAUAUAAGUAAUCGCUCAGUCUGUCUCAGUCCUCCCCCCAUCCUCAUGCAGCUCAUCUCGGUAAAUCAAUGAAGUCAUGUCAGACUGCACUAAAUAUUAUAUCAGGGCUUAUCUUUAUUCCGACUGAAAUGAGUUGUAACCCUUUUUCUCUGCCUCAGCCGAAGCUCAUCCUCGGUCAGUGCCUGUCUGGUCCAUCUAAGGACAUGUUCAUACAAAGAUAAUACAACUGACUACCUGAUCAGAUCUGCUAAUCUUGUCAGAGUGGAGAUGGAAACUGAUCCAACAGUAACUGGAGACACUUGUCAGCUUUGCCUCGAUAAAGUUCCAGAUGAUAGGUGUGAUUUUCUUCACAGAACAAGUGUGUUUCAACAAUUUCUGUCAUUUAUUUCAGCGGUAACAUGACAGGCAAAUCUUCACAGCUGGAUCUAGAAACACUGCAAUAAAAAAUAAAACAAAUAAAAUUAUUAUUAGUUCAAAUUACAUGGUCUAUUGUUAUUCACAACCCAGUUUAGCCCAACAAAUCCCUGCUCACCAAUGAAUCUGAAUCUUCUUGAGGUUCCUUUGAAUUACAGUCAGUUAGAUAUUUGCUAAUGGAACGAGGUCAUUUCUGUUUUCAAAGUCUGUCUUAAUGUGAGACUAUUUUCAAUUUUCCCAUUUUCUGAUUACUUCUGUGUUACUACUUGCUCCAAGAAAUUCUAAAUUUAUCUGAAAAAAGAAAAUGGCUUUACUGACUUAAAGCUGCAAUGCGGAAUUUUAAAUAAACAAUGAUAACUCUAUCAUGUACAAAAGCAAAUCAAAUCAACAAUAAAAGAUCUAUAAUUUAUUCAUUGUGAACUGUGGAGACGGUAGCUACACUGAAGAAACCUCAAUUACUUUUCCUAUUGCAAAUGUUCACAGUGAGUGAUACAUUUCACUGUAAAAGCACAGCAGAGAGAGAUUUUAAUAUCACUUUAACAAGGAAGAGACACAACCAGCAACAAUACAAGGGUUACCACUUUGUUCACAGGGUGUGCCAAAAUGAACACAGAGGCUUAAAAGGGAUAUUCUGUCGUAAAAUUAACACUGUAACACCGAGUUAGACACCCCCCUCAUGAGAUGAAUGUUGUCGACUGCUUGCUUCUCUAGUUAUACCAACUAUAGUAAUGACCGCAGGACAGCAAUACACAGCAGUCUGGGGAGCCAUAUACAAACCUCAACCAAAAAGCUACUCUAUAGCCACAAAUAAUGCUCAGAAGAGCACCUAACUUCAUAUACACUAUAUAGGGUCCUAGCUACAGCACUAGCCACCAAACAUCUUUUUUAGCUUUGCCUGAUUUCUUUAGCAAAGAGACUAAACACAACUCACCUACUCUCUUCCAGCAGGCGCUUGUUUGUAGUGAGACCUUGGGCCAGUCCAUUAGGGACUACAGCGGGGUGCGCAGCUCAAGGAAGAAAAUUUAUUAUCAUUACUUUAUCAUUUCCUUGAAGUAAUAAUUACCUGAUUAAUCAUUUUGCACUGCAGACACGGUAGUUAUUCUGCCUUCAUCAUAAAUGUUCUUCGUGUUUAGUCUCUUUACUAAAGAAAUUAGGCAAAGCUAAAAAGAUGUUAGGUGGCUAGUACUAUGGCUGGGACCCUAUAUGUACUGUUGAUGAAGUUAGGCGCUGUUCUGAGUAUUUGUGGCUAUGGAGUGGCUUUUUGGUUGAGCGCUAACUCUCUGUAUUGCUAUCGUGCGGUCGUUACUAAGGUUGGUAUAACUAGAAGAGCAAGCGGUUGGCAACAUUCAUCUCUCAGUAGGUAGUCUAACUCAGUGUCACGGUGUGUUUGACCCUAAAUUAAUUUUACGCCGGAAUAUCCCCUUAAACUAUCUGAUUCUGGCUUCAGUUUUAAUAUUGACCUUAGUUUCACAUUGUUUUUUGUGUUGCUGAUGCCUUCUCUUGUUUUGGAUCAUCACCAAAUAAAUUAAAGCCUUGUUCACUUCAGCAAUCACGGAAGUGACACUUUGAAUAUCUCAUGCUACAGACUCAUUCAGCCAUUACAGUGAUGACUGUAUUAUACAGCCAUUGACUGUAUUUAAGCCUGUAUUUUGCAGUUUAGUGCAGACGUCCAUUUGGCUCUAACUGCGCUGGGAGCCUCAGCACCUUUCGGAGAAGUGGCAUUAAAUUUUAACAGGGAGCUUUUGCUGGAGAGAUGAUGGCUUAUCACGCUUAGAGAUGGGGAACAUUUGAACAGGCUGAGGUGUGAGCUCUGUCUCGGCAAAGCUAUUACAAGCUUCAGUGAGUCUGAGCAUCGUAACAUGCCUGGUGUUAAACGGGUGAAUGUACGAUGAUUGUUAAGUGCCUGCUGUUUUGCCAUGUAAAUAUGUGUUUAUUGUUUUAGAUAAUAGUGUUUCUGUCUGUGCGAGUUUCUCUUCAGGCCUCUAUUGUGGCAAAUGUUUUACCUACUCAACUUAAGGGUUAGUAGGGUGCAAAACAUUCAUCUAACUCCAGAACUCUUGGUUCUUAAUCCUGGUGUAUGUAUAAGUUAUCAUGGGAGAAACUUUCCUGAUGCUUCUGUUCAACAAGGAGAUUUAAAAGGUUACAUGAUGGAGAAUGUAACACAGGGGAACAGAUAUCAAAAAUUUUUCACUCUACUGAAGAGAAGCAGUAUGUGAUCUAUUUCAGGGACUCAGCAUCUGAGUAUCUACAUGUAAAAACUUUGCUUUUUCUAACCAGUGUAAGGAUGAUAAACCUCUUUCUUCAUAACAGCUGGUCUCCAUGUGUCUACUAAGAGCUGCAAAGACUGUAUCUCCCCUUCCUCGCUCUCAUUUUUGUCUUUCUUUUGAACAGAAAAAGACAUACUCAGAAGGACAAGAAGAGAGAACCUAUUUCAGGAGCAGUGUGUAACUAAUCAUAAGCUAGUAGCAAACAUUAAGAGAGGACAACAUGUUUAAUAGCUCCCUCUGUGACGUUCUCUCCAUUACUAACUUUCCUCUUUUCUCAUACUCAUCUCUAAUUUGUUUUCUCUCACAUUCCCAAGACAGUUGCAAGUUCUCCCACCACGAGAUGAAUAAAAGUUUAUCUUAUCUAAACAGCAAAAUGUUACCUAAAGAAACCAAAGAAACACCAUACAAGGACUGCUUCCUUUAUAUGCUGUUGUCUCACUCCACAGCAACUGCUUCAUAUCUCCAGACUGGCUAUAUAUUGCCAUGGCAUAGACAUUUCUGUACUGCAGUCUGAUCUGUGUGUAAUAAGCCAUUACUAAUUGUCUGCAGAUUGGAUCACUCUUUUUUGCAGCUACACCUCAGCUUUCAUCCUGUACCACAUACAGCAAGGCUAGCUAAAGUGGAUAUUUGUCCAGAGACACAAUUUAAAGCUCUGUGAUGAGUUUUUGCACUCACUGGGGCUUCAAUUGAGCAAAAAUACAAAAUGAUAAAUGAGCAUGCACUAAAGCUUGAGCCUGAGUCAAGACUUAAAGGGAUAUGCUGGCGUAAAAUGAAGUUAUGGUCAAACACGCUGUAACACCGAGUUAGACACCCCCUUGUGAGAUAAAUCUUGCUGACUGCUUGCUUCUCUGGUCAUACCAACUUUAGUGACAACCGAAUGAUAGCAAUACACAGCGGUCUACCACUCCACGCACAAACCUCAACCAAAAAGCCACUCUAUAGCCACAAAUAAUGCUCAGAACAUCACCUAACUUCAUCAACAGUACAUAUAGGCUCCCAGCCAUAGUGCUAGUCACCAAACAUUUUUUUAACUUGGCCUGAUUUCUUUAGCAAAGAGACCAAACACAACUCACCUACUUUCCUCCAGCAGCCGCUUGUUUGUUGGAAGAGCCCUGAAGAGUCGAUCACCGAAUGCAGUGGAGUUUCGCAGCUCAGGGAAGAACAUUUAUGAUCAUUACUUCAUGGAAAUGCAAUCAGACCAAGACACUAAGGCAGAAGACCUACCGCGUCUCGGUCUGUAGUGCAAAAUGAUUAUUGUAGUGUUGGAAAUGAUCUGUUACAGUGUUUGACCCUAACUUAACUUUACUCCGGAAUAUGUCUUUAAGUUUUUAAGGGGAAUCCUUACCUCUGGCACAUCCAUACUCAUACCCAAAAACUGACAGAAUUUCUAGACUUUAAGGAAACUGCAUCUAUCUGCUCAUACAUCAUUAAAGACAGUUAUUAUGAAGAAGAUAGUGUUUUAGAUGACCUGACAGAUUUGUGUAAGAGGCUGCGGUCCUAUCAGAACUGGAUAAUAAAAAGCCAGUUAAUCUAGCCAGUCCUUUUAUUAGAAAAAAAAAAAAACAAAACUCUUGGACCCCCUCUGACUACCCUUGUCUGAAUUUCCAUGUCCCUCUGUCCCUCUUUAAAAUAUAAGUGCAAUCAUUUUAAUUUUAUAUAUUCUCAUCCUCUGCCAUUAAUCUGCCAGAAGAUUUCUUACCCAAAGGCAUGGAGUUAUAGACCACCAAUGUAAAUUGUGUUUAUUACCCUCUAGAAGACGCAGUCAUGUGCUAUUAAACUGGUGCCUGCACAAGUAUGACUGGUUGAUGAUCAGCUGAUUUACGAGGACCUUAACUCAUCAGGAGGACAUGGAGUGAGAGGCAGGAGAAGGGUCGACUCAGCGUUGUUCUUUUCUUGGCAGGAAUCACAAAAUGAAACAACAGCAGCCCAUCUGUUACCUUGCACAAAGUCAUAGAGACAGAGAUGAGGACAGUGGUGUCUGCCAAGUCUAGUCUGUGCCCCUGCUAGAGAGGAAGAGGAGGACAGGCUUGAUGAAGAUUAUAAAAGGGGUGUCACUCUGGAUCAGCCAGUUUUAAUUAUGACUUUUUUUUUUUUAUUGAAGGCACUUUCAUGAUGGUCUUACUCUGUGGAAAAGGAAAUAGAAAAUUAAAUGUGGAUAUUAACAAUUAUGUGUCUCAAUCUUUUCAGUGGAGAAUAACCCCUGCCACACCAGCCCGUGUCUCCAUGGGGGAAGCUGCCUGCAGGAGGGUGAUGGCUACAGCUGCUACUGUCCACAGGGUUUCUCUGGAGAGAGCUGUGAAAUAGGUGAGUCAUGGUCAGGUCACAGCUGCAGACAGAUGCUUUGUCAGAGUCUGGUACACCUGAAAAAAACAUGCAUAUGUUAUAGGAUCGUACUUACCUGUUGGACUCUAAGGGUGUAAUAAAUUCAGGAGGAUCUUACCCAAUGAGGGGUUCAAUUUCGGGAUCAUGUAGCUCUCUUUAGAAUCAAUGCAAAGACGGUUACUCCUUUUUAGCUGCAGCUUUAGGUCCGGCUCACUGAUAGUCCACAGGGUUAUUUUUAAAUACAGCUAGUCAGCCAGUUGUGACAGGCCUGUUAUUUGCCUAACUUGGUUUGGGGUGCGUGGUUUUAUAACCUGGUCCUGGAGUAGGUUGGCGGCUUAUUUUUUCACUCAGCUUUGUGAUAGAAGUACUUGUUUUGUCUCUUGGGCCCUCUAUGUUCCAUAUUCAUGCAUGCAAAGACAACAGGCAGAGCUGCGGUCUUAAGGUCAUCCAUAUAUGAAAAGACCCGAGGUCAAGGGUCAUGAAGAAUGUAUUCAGUCUGAUAAUCAAUAACUUUGAGUACCCAAGAGAAUAUAUUAUGCAACAUUAAGGCGGCUGUGCAUUAACACCAUUGGGAAUCAAUCAACAUUCUGUUGAAUCAAUAAUUUGUGAUGCACAGUGACUGCUUGAGCACAUACACAGCUUAUGUUGAGCGUCCAUGAUUGAUUUUUUGGCUUUGUUUGUGAAUCAGAUAAAAGUUGGAGAAAAACAGUUGCAAUAACGUGUUGCAUUUUAGUCUCAGAAAGCACAUUUAAUAUGUUUUGUUCAUUAUUGCCGCUCUUGUUUUUCCUUCAGAUUGUCUUUUCCUAAUUUGCAUAUUUUUAGGAUUUAUGUUGCUAAACAGCUGCAGAGCUGAUGUUUCCUAUGUUAAUCCCUUUCAAACGCAAAAAAAGGUUAAUUGCCUGUAACACAAAAUCACUUGACCACAAUUUUAGCAGCCACACACAGUACUUACUACAGAGGAAUUAAGCUGGAAGAAAGCGGCCGUUUAUGUUUUGUAUAUCACAUCUACGGCUAGGCCUGGGUGAUAAACAAAAAAUUUACCGAUAACAAAAUUUACAACAAUAACCAAUGUCCUUUUGCACGUCAAUAUAUUCAGUGUCAAAAAAAACAAACAAAAAAAAAAACUAAAAGUUUGUUUUAGAUGUGUGUAGGUAGGCUAUAGUCUCCAUCCAGUCUGUGACAUAGAAGGAAAGACAGGUGAGGAGAUGGAGGACGGUUCAACAGUUGGAGUGGCAGCUGCAGUAGAUGAAGUUAAUGUAGGAGGGGUUGAACAGCUCGUGGAGUAAUUAUCGUCCAUUUAUCGUUAUUGAGGUGAACUGCUCAAUACGUCGUGAUAUUGAGUUGAGGCCAUAUCGCCGUGCCCUACAAAAAUGGCUAGUUGCCUGUAACACAAAGACACUUGAACACAACUUUAGCAGCCACACACCAUACUGCUACAGAGGAAUUAAGCUGCAGGAAAGCUGCCAUUUUUGUUUUGUAUAUCACAUCUACAGCUCUUCUUUCAGCCUUUAUAUAAUGAUGUAGGAUCAAUACACCAACAACUUUUUUUUUUCCUUUAGUUCAAGACAACUUAAAAUAAAUCCACACAGCCUUAAAAAAACAGCCCGAGGAACAUGUAAACCAUUACAGCCCGCACUAAUUCUUCUCUCAAUGUAAACAUAUAUAUUCAUGUUUUUUCUGAAAAAAUGAGAGAGCAAUGUAAAAAACUGUAGGACACCUUCCAGGCUGUCUCCAAGACCUGACUUGCAGUUAUGAUUAUUUGGGAAGAAACGUUUUAGGGAGCUGCAUUAUUAAAGGCCUGCGUUCCCUCUGACUGUAGAUUUGUAGUUAUUAUUUAUGAGGGUAAGAGAAAGAGAAGAGAAAGAGCUGAGCUUCUCAGUGUUUCCCCUCCAGUUCAAUGAAACCAUGAGGGAUCCUUCUCCUCAUCUGCGAUCCCUGCCUGAAUUAAUAGCAUUUAGACCUCAUAGUUUAACCAUACAGACAGUAACACCAUUGAAAAUCUUGGAUAAAAGUUACAGUCAACCAUAGUCAUUAAAACUAGUUGUUAAUAUUUGUGAUUCAUGAGGUACAACAAAGCUCAUUGGUUUUAAUGGCCAUAUGUUAUGAUUUCGAACUGCAGCAGGAGAUAGAUCAAUAGAUUUCAAGAAGAACCUGAUCUCAAGGAUUCCCAGAUUGAUUGUAGGACGAAAAUAAUGAGAGCAACUUCCUCCAUCUGUGCAUGAAACACAGUGCUGUAGUUGUUUCUCUCUGGAAGCCCACCUGAUGUUUGUAAUUCUCUUUUUUUCUCUCAUCUCCCAUUUCUAUGUUGCUGUAUUUCCAGUCUUCAUUUCUCCCUCUCUCCUGUUCAGUCCUCCUCCCCGCCCCCUUCACCCUCUAGCAUGCUGCUCUCUAACCUACAGGCCUGUAGUAAAAUUGCCCUGCAGUGCUGAGAUCAAGAUAAAAAAAAAAGUCUGUACCUCCUCCCACAUCUCUUUUCAGAUAACACAUUUCAUUUUCUGCACAACUUCCUCUCUCCCAGCCCCCAAUGCCCCUUCACUCUUCCUGGCGCUGUGCUUCAGCUUCUUUCCCUCCUGCUCUAUAUUUCCCUGUCAAAGGCCAAAACAAUCAUUCCUACUGAAUGCAUCUGUACUCAUGCAUAAAAUGAGACUUAUUUAAGCUCACACACUCACUCACCUGCACACUUCAACUGUCAAACACCGUAUGUUCACUGGAGUGCACAAACUAAAACCCUUUUCUUUUUUUGUCUCCCGUCCUCAGUCUCUUAUUCAGAUAUGACCUCCAAAACAAACUCAUAGAGUCUAAUAAAAAAAACAAUAAAAGCUCAAGACUUUAUGAAGACCUAAUGCAUAACUAAUUUAACCCUGUAAGACCCAGUGUGGCAGAAUUACAACAAUUUUGGUUAUCCCCAAAAAACCUCUAAUUUUUGAUCAUUGGGUCCUGUUGUUUGUUCUCACAAUGUGAUUUGAUCCAACAUUUGUAUAUAAGGCCCGCCCUCAGGUGAAGAAGUCACAAAGAGUUGAAAAGAGGCUGAGUGAAAUGCCCCUCUGGGCUCCUGUAUCAGUUUACCCCCUGAGGCCCACUCCUCUCAUAUGAUUGAGCUUGAAAGAUUCAUGAGCUUGAAGCUGUUAAUAUCAUCAUCCGCCGACCCACAUCAUAAGUGCAUCUGUAGAUCUGAGCAGUGAGCUAGAGGAGGAGGAUAGAAUCAGUAAGACGGACUGUGGCUGAACAUAAUGGGUGUUUUAUGCCGAUAACUUGGACACCUUUUGAGCUCAGGUUAUUAAGUUAAGCAGAGAUUUAUUCAAAGGUUGAAUGUGUUGGAAAAAAGGAUGGUUUUCCUAUCACCUUAAGGCUCACUCUUAAGUCUAAUUUACCAAACACUAAAAAGAAGGUACUGACUGAUAAUAAUUAUCUGACUCCAACUCUUUAAUUAUCUCUCACCCUUUUCCCGCGUGGUCGUUGAUGGGAAGAAGAGAAGACCAAGAUUCAGAAGAGUUCUCAGUUGAAGCUCUAUUUUAUUAAUUGCACAUGAGUCAAGAAAUGUGCAACAGAGUUCUCUGGGUUCAAAAUUAACUCAUCCUACCAAACCAACACCUUAGAGGUCUGAGCACUUCAGAAUCCUGACUAACUUUCCUGUGAACCCUUUAUAGUCGAGGAUCUAGACAAAGAGUUUCCUAUACUUUAUGCUGUCUUCGCGUGUAGGCUGGUUCAUGUCUCUUCUUCACCUCUCACAUAGAUGGGUCCAGGUGUUUACCUAAUAAGGUGUUUUGUUAUGCAUUCAACACUCAUCUCUAACACACACACAUCCAACUGUACUGUUUUGCUGUUGCACAGAGUGAUCUACAGCCUCCUUGGAGCUUUUAUCCUUCUGACUGUUAUCCAUAAGUACGAUUGCAUUGAGCACAAUUGUUAAUUCUUUAUGCAGCUUCGUCAAAUCAUCUCCAAAUUUACAAUAUAUUCUAACAAAUGAAAGUUUUAAAAGGAACUAGAAAGCAUUUUCUGAAAGGAAAUGCAUAGAAGUGCUUAGUGCCGAAUGCUGAAAGCUAUAAAAGCAAUGCAAAACUGCUGAAAAAAUGGAGGAAGGUAUAAAUGUAAAAACUGCUGAAGGGUUGAAGAAGAAGUAGAAGUACAAGUUGGAUUAAUGUGAAAAUUGUUGAAGUACAAAUAGUGUGAAUAUGCUACAUCAGAGGUUCCCAACCACCGGGCCCUGGACAGGUACUGGUCUGUGGAUCAAUUAGUACCAGGCCGCAAAAAAACAUAACAAUGAUUAAUUUAAUUUAAUUUUUUCUUUUUAUCCGUCCUCCCAGUAUCUUGUUUUGAAAGACCAUCACAUUUGCCAUCGCCUCAGUUUCCCAGUUGACUCUUCGGCACGUCAUUUUCCAGGUUUUUGUUAUUGGAACCUCCCCACUUUGAACUUAUCAUGCUUGACCAAUCAGAAUGAAGCAGGGGCAUUUAAGGUCAGCCCCAACCUCAAACAUAUCAAAAAAGUCCUAAACUGAGAGCACCUUAAACUAAAUCAAAUAUCUUUUAUUUUUUCUCUUAUUCCAGGGGUGCAUGGCUCCUCAAUCACACAUAUCUGCAGACACUUUGUACUGUAGCAGCCUCACCCAGCAGUCUAUUUUCUCCUUAUCUCCACUGUAGUGGGUAUGAUAUUUCCAAGAUGUGUAGGAGACACAAAUAAUAGAAUAGAGAGACAAAGCAGGAAAGAGAAGGGGACAGAUGAUUAAAAUGAUAAAGUCAUCGACCAGGUCUGAGUUACUACUUUGUCUACCCAGUUAUUAUCACUUUAAAAAAUUAAUUUGCUUAAAAACUGGAAACAUGACUGUUGUAAGGCCUCUUUAUUUGUUAUAUUAUUUGUAACGUGCAUAGACAUUUUAUUUUCACACAUCAGAGCCCCCUCCCCUCAGACACUUAUACAAUUUCACUGAUAGUUCAGACUGCACUGACGACAAAUGAAAAUAGAUAAUGUUAUUUUAUUAUUUCCUCUUUAAGACGGUCAAAAAUAGCUACAGGAGGCGUAGAUGGCCUGUCAGUCACUCCUCAGGGGAACUGCUCUACUUUAAGAGAGGAGUUAGAUAGUUUUAAGUGUGACACUGGUAAAGACCAAGAGAACAAGAAGGGAGGAAGUGAGGGAGGGAGUGAGGGGAGAGAAGACAAUUAUGUAAAUUAGAGGAUAAAGGUAAAAAGGAGGAAACUAAGGAAGGAAGGAAGCUGGGUGAUAAAACAAUGAAAUGAAAAACAAAAGAGUGAAAAUGAAGGCGUUGCGAUAAAGUCGACUGUGAAAGUAGAAGGAAAAUAAAACUCAAAGCAUGAUACUGUCACUUUUAAGAGUUAAACUCAAAGCUAUUUUAAGCUGAGCUCAGUGGUGUUAAUGAUGGACCUGACACAGAUGUCAAGGACCAGACAAAACCUCACACACGCUUGUGAAAUGCUGCUUCAGACCUGUAGACCCUCUUGGACUAGGAAAUUAUCCUGGUAAGGUCCACAUUGAAAGCAGGGGAAAAUUGAGGGCAAGAAGACUUGAAAGUGAAGUAAGUGGAAUGGAAUAAUUGAAGGCAAUGAAGGCAGGCGGUAAAAGGAAAUGAAUGUGGGAGGAGAUAUUUUAAGAAAAGCAGGAGAAGGGAGGUGAAGUUAAAAAUGGAAAGGGAGGUCUGCAACUGCUGAUGAUGAUUCCCUCCAUCUCUCCUACUUUUUCACUGAAGUCCCACUAUCUGCAGCUCCCUCCCCUCUCCAUCUGUGAGGAGGAGACAGAAAUAGAGAGUGAGGCUGCGGCUCUCUGGCAGCCGGCUCAGCUUCACUGUCUCUGUGUUCCUGCGGGUGGUUACUAUACCAUCUUCUUCUCUAAAUAUAAACAGACACUAAAGAUGGAGCCAGUGAGCACACACACACAUGCACACACACACACACGCACACACACACGCACACACACACACACACACACACACACACACACACACACACACACACACACACACACACACACAUGCACACACACACACACAGUACCAAUGAACAGAGCAGUACUGUCAGGGCCAGCAGAGCAAUGUGAGAUGUUGUGACACUUUGCCUCAUUACAUGUUCCCGGCUGUUCUGAAUGUUUAGGCAGUGCUGUCAACCUGGGGUGGGCUGUACCGUUGACACACAUACACACACACACACACAAACACAUUCACAUACUUCUGUUGCAUCAGAUUUGAAUUUCAUCUCUUGCUCUUUUUGUUUUACAUGCCAGUAGGCUUUUUGGAAACGUCUACAAAGCAGGUUUGAGGCUCACUUUGCUUGCUUCCUUUCACUGCUCAUAAAAGUCUAUAAACCCAACUAUUUUGAUUAAUACAUCAUGCCAACUCCAAGAUGAAAUCAGGUCUGAGACUGCUGGUGAGGCAACAUUUUGAUAUUUCAACCACAUUUCCCAGGAUAAGGGAUUUCCCUCCAGACUUUGGAUCCUCUUAUUGCUUGAUCAGUGUUGCUGUGAGCUCUCAGGAGAGCGGCACAGAGCCUUGGGCUGUACCAGAGCUGCUCUGUGCCUGUCUGUUCCCUCUUCUCCCUGCUGAUCCUGAUCUCUUUGUAAUCCAUGCACGCCUUAACACAGCCAAAGGACUGACACUCAGCAGUGCAGUGUUAGUGCAUGCAAACACUUGCACACAGUAGGAUGCACAUCUUGUGUGGCUGUUUUAAAAAUCACGUGCAGAGGCUUGUGUAUACACAGAAACAUUACAUGUGUAAACUUGUCCACUGCCAGACAUAAGCCACUGAGGAAGCAUCUUUAAAGGGAUAUUCCAGUGUAAAUUUAAGUUAUGGUCAAACACACCGUAACACCAAGUUAGACGCCCCCUUGUUUGGCAAAUUUAUGAUUAUUACUCCAUGGAAUUGCAAUCAGACUGGGGCGCUAAGGCAGAAGAUCUACCACCUCUGCAGUGUACAUACAAUAUACACAAAACGUUUGAUUGCAUUUCCAUGAAGUAAAAACCAUAAAUGUUCUUCCUUGAGCUGCGAAACCCAACUGCACUCAGGGCUCCCCCACAAACAAGCGGCUGCUGGAGGAGAGUGGGUGAGUUGUGUUUAGUCUCUUUGCUAAGGUAAUCAGGCAAAGCUGAAAAGAUUUUUGGUGGCUAGUACAAUGGCUGGGACCCUAUAUGAACUGUUGAUGAAGUUAGGGGCUGUUCUGAGCAUUAUUUGUGGCUUUAGAGUGGCUUUUUGUAGACCGCCGUGUAUUGCUGUAGUGCAGCCAUUACUUAGGUUGGUAUAACUAGAGAAGCAAGCAGUCAGCAACAGUCAUCUCUUGAAGGGGUGUCUAACUCGGUGUUAUGGUGUUAUUAACCCUAACUUAAAUUUAAGACGGAAUAUCCCUUUAAGUGCAAAGAGGUACAGGCAAGGUUUGAUUGGAUAUGUGCAAAGGUUUAAUGUUGGAGUAGCACAAUUAGGAUUCAUACAUUAUAUUAUUAAGUGUGAUAAAUAUUUGGAGCUGAGAUGCCUUAUUCCGGUGUGCUCCAUUACAAAAAAAGCAAAGUCCAGGCAAGGCAAAUCUAAAAACCUGUCCGUCUGUCUUUCCCAUCAAUCCCCAAAUCAAUCCAAUCCAAUCCAAUCAAAUCAAAUCCAAUGCCAGUUAAUUCCCUUAGCUUUAUUUUGAAAUCUCUAUCUUGUCUUGUAUGAAAUUAUAGGAUCAUACCCAAUCCCAUAAGCCUAGUACAGUAGUACAAAUACUGCUCAUUAAGUAUUUGCUUGCAGCUGGAAAAAUCUGAUUUACAAAUACACAAAUUAUGCUUCGCCAACACACUGUAAUGAUAAAAACAAGAGUGUUGGUUUAUAACUGUGCCUGUACUGCAGUGUUUAUGCUCAGUCUCUUAACACACACACACACACACACACACGCACAUACAAACAUUUUAUGCUUAACAUAAAUUCCACCAUACUCCUGCAGAACACACAUGCACUUUAGUUAUUGAUGCAGCUCAACACGGCUCAUUGAGUAGUUCUGUAUUUUGGAUGAGCAGCAGUUCAAUAGGAGGGUAUCCAUCUUUGUAGAAGGGCAGGAAAUGUCAAUGCCCCUCAGCCCGCAAAAGAGAGUCAAUGAUCCAGAGCCUCACACAAUGAAAGAUGACAAACACAAAAACCAUGCCUGCCAAACCUUUGUGUGACAACAUUUACAUUUGAAAGAUGCCAUUUAACAGAGUUCACAUCAAUUUAUUUUUACAUAAUGUCAGCUGUGGUUCAGGGACAAUAAAGAGGAUGUGACAAGGUUGACCAGAUCUGCAAAUGUUUUUUUUUUUUUUAGUGUGUAUAGUAGCAUGCAUGUAUGCAAAUACAUUUUUGUCUAUGCAGCAGACAGUCAGGUUUUUUUCUUUAGCCUUUGCUGAAAGUUAAGUUUUUCUUUAUUUGUAUGCUUCCUUCCUUACUCUUGUUAUACUCGUCCACUCAUUUGUAUGGAAGAGGUUUUUUUAACCAGGGCUAGGGCUGAGCGAUAAAACAACAACGCUAUAUAUCAAAAAAUAAUUUCCCUCAAUAAUAAUAUAAAACAUGGUUCAUAUGCUUUUUGAUAACCAGCAUUCUACAAUGUUUUGGUAGACUAUACAAAUAGCCAAUAAAAAAGGGAGUUGCUCCAGGUCCGCUUCGUGCUGGACCAAUCAUGUGCUGAAUUAGAACUGAGUAGCAAACAACUGCAUAGUAGCAGGGUGCAGCUACACGCAACCAUAGCACUAAAACAUGUGAAGCUGACAGCACAUGGUGGAAAAAAAAGGAAAUGAGUGCAGGCGAAGGCUCAACAGAUGAUGACAUCGUCAACAUGACUGGCAGAAAAACGUCGGUGGUGUGGAGGUAUUUUGUUUUUUUGAGGUCGGACAUGAAGCAGAGUAAUGUGCACUGCAAAUAAUGUCGAGUACAUGCUCUCGCAAAGUUGGGGAAUACCACAAAUCUUUUUCACCACCUGAAGCAGUGCCAGGCGGCAGAGCACACACAAUGCGAAAGGGUUACAAACCCCGAGUGGAGCAAGGAGCCCAUGGCGCCUGUGCAGCUGAAACAGCUGACCAUUCCGCUUUUUCUAGUGCAACGCCUUACGACAAAACGUGGAAGAGACACAAAGACCUCACAGAUGCAGUAGCUUAUUGUAUUGCAAAAGACAUGCUACACACUGUUAAAUUUCAUUUUAUGUUUUGUGAUAUAUAUCGAUCACGACUGAUAUGAAAAAAAUAUAUCGUGAUAAACUUUUUACCAUAUCACCCAGCCCUAGCCAGUGCUGAGAAAAAAACCAUUAGUAUAUUUAUUUAUUUAUUUAUUUAAUCAAGCAUUUUGAGGAAGUUUAAGAAUCAAGUGUUAAUCUUUUUUUUCUGAUAAUAAAGUGGAUAAGUCAAAAUUAUGGGGAAAUAAGUCAAGAUACAAUUAUGUGAUUAAAGUUGAGAUUUAAAACAGUUUGACAUAAUUUGUGUCUUAUAAAGCAUAGUUUUACUUUCAUCGAAACAGGGAUCCCACCAGAUUUAUGUUUGCUAUAUGUCUCCUUUUUGGUCUCUCUAUCCUUUUUCAAUCAUUCAUACCAUCAUUACAUGAUUUUGACAUGCCUCUAGUGAGCCUUUAGAUAUUUCUUUCAACUGACAUUGCUUCUAGUUUCCCUAGCUACUGUCUUACCAACAGCUAUCCUUAAAUACACACAGAGGCAACAAGAACAGCUUGUAUUUAUAUUAUGGAUUUAAAAUUCUGCACUUUUUUCUCCCAUUUAUUAAUCACAUUUGAUAUGUUUGUGUCUCCUCUGACACUAUGUUAACUGCAUGAACUUUUGACAGACUUUCCCUGCCUCUCCUGAUGGAUUCAUACCUAAAAUGUCAGAGUGAAGAAGAGCUCUGAGAGAGAGGCAUGUGUGGUCUCUCCCCCCAGCUGUUAGCGCCAUGCUGCCUCCUGUUUACUUCUCCAUCCAUUUCUGUGCUGACAGAUCAUUGUAGCUCUGCUUCCCUCCACUCUCCAGAGAUGUUGAAGCCUGAGCCUUGUUUUGUUUUAUUGGGGGAAGAGCCAGUAAGCCAUGGAUACACACUUUAGAAAGUGUCACAAACACCCACUCUGCCACCUGCUAAAUCCGGAUGGCUCUCUCAUUAAGUCAGUUGGGCAGGGUGGACAUUGAAUGGAGUUUGAGUGGGAGGAAGGUAGACAGUGAUAGACACUUGGGAUCAAAGAAUUGUCACAUACAUGUGCUACAUAUCGGUUUCCACAAAUGUCAAAAAUAAUAAUUCUGCAGACAUGUAUGUCUACUAUUUCCAAGUUGCUGUUUCCCUUGUUAUCAUCAUCAUUUUUUCUUGGUUAUUUAUGAUUUUCAUCAGUAAAAGGACAUUUCUGUGGUUUUAUAUAGUUUUGUAUUCUUUUGUUUGUUGGCUGCAUCAAAAUUAAAAACUGUAAGCCCCUCUGCCUUGCCAAGUCUCAGUAAUAAAUAGACAUGUGAAUGAUACAAAGCUGUAACAAUAACCCAUGGUUUAUGCAGUCAACAUUGAGCAAAACCAUAGACUUUAUAUAGAAUAGACGCUGUCUGCCUCCUUGUUGGGUAAAGUCACUCCGAGAACAGCACCCUCUGGUUUGUGCUCAAGUCCACUUUUUUUCUGUACAGCUCCGUUUUUAAAAGCUAUUAGAGGGUUCAUGUUUUUCUAUGAUUGACACCUGAUACAGCCUAUGGGUGCACUAAGAUUACGUAGCUCACUCGAGGGAUACGCUGUUUGAGCUGAGCGUCAUCACAGCGACCCUCGGUGACUCUGCAACCGAAUGCACACGAUGCUACUGCGCAAUGUUGGUUUCAGGAAGUGGAGAAAGAACGUGGAAUUACCGAGAGCUUUUUGGCUUUAAAUUCGUAUACUGGUGGAUGGUGAAACCAAGUUGUCUAUACAGUCUAUGAGCGAAACAGUACACACCAUGCAGUUUGUCUUUAACCAACCUCACUGUUUCACUUACAAUUAUUGGAUUUAAAUGCUAAGUCAUUAUUUUGAAACUAAUCUUUCUUAUGACAUUGUUGAAUCGAGUCACCAAGCUUGAAAUAGUUGAAGAGUUGGUACGUUGUUUGAGGAAAACUCAAUAAAUGUAGGAACUGGCCAUCUCUGCAGCAGCCAUUCCUCUUGUUUAUACUGCUGGCUAAAGACUCAUGAUAAAACAUCCCUGAUCUUUAUAGCUUAGAUAUCAACAUCUCUUGCUGACCCUGCUUCUUUUGUUGUUUGUCUUGAUUUUUUCAGUCCACCAUGAAUCAUAAUGAGAUACUUUCUUCACCAGAAAGAGUGUCAUCUGAUCCGAGCUUCUCCAAUUAGGUUGAUGUCAAGCCUCUAAUUCAGCUUUGAGUACCAGCCAGCAUGAAGCGGAGAACCAGAAAUAAAGCUGAUAAACUGUUCUACCCAACCACACUUCUAUCCCAAAUAUACAAAGCUGCUAUAAUCCAACCCUGAAACCGGCCAAAUGCAGAAUUCACAGCAUUAUAUCAGCACUUUUGCGCAAUGUCUUCUUCUUACAAACACUUUGUUUUGCAUCUCUAAUGUAUUCCCCAUCGCCAAAGCUCUAGACUGCAUUAGUUGUAGCUAGGGGAUAGCUUUUAUGUGCAUUAAUGUUGUAUAAGAUGCAGGUUUGUCUGACAGAUAUUCUUUCUCCCUCUUGUCUCCGAGUCUCCCUCUCUCUCCACUGCACCAUACUCCCCCUUGCCCAUCAGUUUGGGUUUGACAACAACAGUUUGGGUUUGCCUUUCAUGAGUUUAGGGUGUGCAAACAUAUCGCACACCAAAACUGCCCACUAAUUAUGUUCAGUUGGCUUUUAUCGUACAUUUCUAAUCUCCUCAGAAGUUUGAUCUCUCUUGGAGUUGUUCAGUGAUAACCUGUGACAGUGGCUAUUUGGUAAUGUCUUUCAUGUGUGUUUGUGUUUCACUCAACUCUCUGUUCUCUUCUUUCAGAUGUUGACGACUGUCAGUCUAAUCCGUGCCAGAAUGGAGGAACCUGCAUCGAUGAGGUCAACUCCUAUGUCUGUCUUUGUCUGCCCAGCUACAGUGGAGCUAAUUGUGAAAGAGGUAACAAAGGAGAAAUAGGAAACUGGAGAGGAUGAAGAGAGGUGGUUAAAAAAAGGGAAAUAAUCUACAGGAGGAGUAAAUGUGAAAAUGGAGAAAAUUAGGAUGUGUAUGUCAUAGUGGGAAGAGGGUAGAAAUGUAGAAUUAAGAGAAAGGAGCAGGAGGAGCUGUGAGAGGAUCCCUCUAAUUAAAAAAAAUGUGGAUCAACAAAUCACAGUUUAAGACUGGAAAUAGCAUUUGUGUUAAUGUUAGGUAUGGUAUUUAUACAUAGACACUCGCACUAAAUAGCUUAAACUGACAUGUCUGUCUUUGUUAAAGAUCUUUAUAGUCUUUUCAGAUCAACUGUCACCACUGCACUCUUUGUCUUCUUUGGAAAAUGCCAACUGUGACAAUCACAUGAUUGUAUUUUGUCUUAGGCCAAUAUUUUAGUUAAACUCAGCUCAGUUCACCUUUGAGGAAAAAGAUCCAACCAGUGAGACACUGAGCUGCCCUGUAAAAGUUAAAGUGGAUAGUUGAGUUUCAAAUCAUCAGUUUGUGUUCAGACAUCAAAUGAAAUCUCUUUACAAUCAGGAGGGAUCUGAGCAGACAACAUGUAAAGCAGUUUUCAAAAAUUUCUACAUAAAAUUAUCUACAUACAUUGAAUUUAUCCUCAAAUAACAACUAUAGCAAGAACGGUAUCAUGGCAACAGUUCAGUCUGACCUGAAUUUCAAGACGAAUACAGUUAUUAUUCAACUUUAAAAAAGAAAGAAGGAAAUGCAAAACUCUCACAUUUAAAUAUAACAUGAAAGCUUUUUUACUGUAUCUUGGACCAAAUUCAAAAUCAAUCAGGCUUACACAACUGCUAAAAGUACGACUACUAAAGCAAAGCACUAAGGUGAUGAUUCACUUCUUUAGCCUGUGUUUGUGACAGAUUUAGGUCUAAUACACUAAAUACACACACACUAUCCAUGCAGUUUAGCCUGAUGGUUGAUGGGAUUUUCACAUUUCCUGUGACUGAUGGGGAUUUAUGUCCCAGAACUAUCUGAGGCGUUAUAAACCUCAUUUCAUAUGCAAAGAAGUGUGAAGAAGUACUUGUUAAUGUUAGCCGAUCCAUGCCUUGUGACUGUGGGAUUAUUUGCACUUGUCAGUGAGCCGUAAGUGAUCGGGUUCAGUCAAAUCCAGUUUCACCCAACCACAACAAAGUUUUAUAUUAUUUUGAUACCAAAACAAUACAGGCUAUUGAGCACUUAAAUUAGGGAAUUCAUAAUCAGGGGACUCCUGUGGUAAUUUCUUUUUCUUUUCCUCUGUAUCUUUUGUCUGAAUCCUGUCAGAUCUUGGUGAAAACAAAGAAAAUUAACGCUGACAGUUUGAUUAUGCUGAGCACAGUUUGCCAGGUGUGCUUAAUUCGAUAAUGUCAAGGUCAGAAACCAAUCUAGAUUGGGGAAUCUUUACACCCCGAACACUGCAUAUGGUCACCCUGUGGAUUGUUAUUGAAAAGUUGCUUUAUCUCAAGAAACAGCCUUACUGUGUUUGGUGAUCUGACCUCAUUGAACUGUGAAGCUUUGUUACUUAACAACCAAGAAAAUGAUUAAGAGCUAUACAACAGAGAAAACAGCCCAGAAUUGUCUUUUUGCACAGUAUAUUCCAUACAGACCAGUUUACACUAGAUUACUGGUGUCAACUCAGAUUAGCAAGAGUGCAAGUGCCUUUUCCCUGAUUCUGACAGCAUGGCCCACAAAGGGGUAUGAGUAUUAGAAACUUGGAGGUGGCACAGAUUGAGCUCGGACCACACCAACUAUACACACUGAAGAUUUUAACAUUCCCAUACACACAUAUUUGCACAUAGAGGCCACACAAACAUCACGUUUGAAAUGUAGAGCUCACAGCUUCACAGCUCACCCAGAGUCAGUUGAGGGGUGCGAGAUGAGAGAAAUAAGAGGGGAGGGAGAGGAAGAGAUAGAGAGAGAGAGGGAGGAGAGACGGCAGAUAGCUGACAGGACUGUGUCAGGUCUUCAUUACCAAGCCAGCACUGAGCACUGUGAGGCUGUGUCUUCAGAUUCUCCUCAUUUGAAUAGAUUGAAAUACCCUUUGACCACUUCAAGCUGUCUCACCAUCAUUUUGCCACCACUGUAUAUUUCAAGUCACAUCAAAGUGAAGACACAGAGUGGGUGACGGAAUGAAGGCAGAAAGUGUUGCAAUGAAAGUGACAUAAAGAAAGAAAACAAAAGGGAGGGACUGGAGAGACGAUAAAUCUUUCAGGCUCCAAACAGGAAGUGUUUGUUGUGUCUGAGUGCAAAAAAAAACACAAACUUCUCUUUGUGGGGUUAAUGAAUUUGGAUAUAAUCUCACUCCUACAGACACUGCAGGCUGUGAGCACAUGUGGAAGAAGUUCCACGGUCACUGCUACAGGUACUUCAGCCGCAGACACACCUGGGAAGAUGCUGAGAAAGACUGCAGGGAGCACAGUGGACACCUGGCCAGCAUCCACAGCCUGGCUGAGCAGAACUUCAUCAGAGGUGGGUGGAUGGAUGUAAUCUACCCUGCAUCCUCACUUGUACAAACCUUACACAAACCUUUAUUCCCUUAUCCUUAUUUUUGGCUCCACAACCACAUAUGUUGUAAUAAAACACCAACAGAGAGACACUGUACUAUUAGAUCUGCUCAGAUAUCAAAUGUCUUGUGUAAUUGCCCCAAAAUAGACAUUUCCAUCUCCUGCAAUGAGAAAUUAGGCUCAGUUAGAAGAUUAAUGGGCUUGGUAAUGAUGCUAAUCUGAUACACUCUGAUUAAAAUUCUAUUAAAUAUGUAACACAGAAAUCUCUCCACCACUGCACCAGAGACAGAAACAGUAGACAUAUGUCAUUUUAAUCUCUCAGCUGAGGAAAAAUCUCAGGACUGAGUCUUCAUGAGGCUUCAUGUGAGGAGCCUGUCACACAGAGGUCAACAACAAGGAACAAAAAUGAUCACUUUAGUGAUCUGACACACACAGUAAAGAUCAACUUACCCUGAUUUGUUAUUAAGAGUUAUUUUGCACCCUCCAUGCUUUGGAGGGUGAGAGGCUGUGAUGUACACUGGGGUGUUAAAACCAUAAGGUGUGGACGAAUACUCAACAACAUCUACAUACACGAGUUGCUUUUAUUAAAUAUGGGAUCUUAAACAGUUUGGGUGUCAAACAGGUGUUAAAGGUGGGGUAGGCAGGAUCUGAGGAAGUGCCAGUUUUUGGGGAGAAAUCUUGAAUGUAAACACUACCCCUCCCAACCAGUUUUCCCCUCAGCUCCUCCUCUCCCCUCCCUCUCUGCUCCAGCAAGCCCUGCCCACAAAAAGACGGCCUACAUUGUUUCAGACUGGGUGGUUGUGUUUAGCUUAAAUACUUUCCUCACUGUAUGUUUUCUCUUCCUCAGGUCUAAGCCAUGACAACACCUGGAUCGGGUUAAACGAUCGCACUGUGGAGGAUGACUUUCAGUGGACGGACAAGAUGGACCUGGUGAGGAACCAGCUGAGUGUGUGAUUUGCUCAGUCAAAUGUUGAUCUUGUCUCAGUUUAAGGCCCUUUACAGCUCGUUCAUUUUUGAAACCCACUUAUUUUUUUUUUAUUUUUUUUUUUUCUGUCAUGGUUCCACUGACACCUACCGCCCUUGCACUGGUUUCAAACAUUAACUUAGAGUACAAAACAGUUCUACAGCAUAAAAAGGCAUCAAUAUAACUUUCCGUUUGUUUCGUACACGUCACAAAACUCCUCUGGAUCUCUCAGACAAACAGUAUUAAUUUGACUGUGCUCAGUGUGACAUCUAGAAAUUUCUUGACCAGGAAUUCCCUAAAAAAAAAAAAAAAUUUUAAAGGUAUUAUAAAAAAGAGUUGUUGUUUUUUCUGAUACUUCAAGAUUGAACCAGAUUUUUAAUCAUGUAUGAUGGCAUUACAGUCUAAUAUGUGGUUGUUUGGCAUGCAUCACAGUAUUUUUUAAUUUUUUCUCAUUUGCCAUCAUGACCAAAGAAUAAGUUUGUGAAAAAAAAUACAAGGUAGAUUUGUGACUGCAGUGAUUUGCCUAUGUUAACGGUAUUACUGUAUUUAUACUAAUUUCUCUGACUCUGCAUCUUUGUUGUGUUUCUAUGUGCAGCAAUAUGAGAACUGGCGAGAAAACCAGCCAGACAACUUCUUUGCUGGAGGAGAAGACUGCGUGGUUAUGAUCGGUCAUGAGAACGGCAAAUGGAACGAUGUACCAUGCAACUAUAACUUACCCUACGUCUGCAAGAAGGGAACAGGUGAGAACAACCAGUUGGAGGGAGAAGAGAGAGAGGUAUGAAUUAAGACAACAUAAAAGUAAGCUCAGACAAAGUACCUAUUUUAAAAAAGGUGCCAAAAUGUUCUUCAAACUUUUUAUGGAAAGCAGCUGAAGUGUUUGUGAUCAAUCACAGAGUGACAGCGUGACCCUUAGAGUAUUGUGAACAUCCUGGUUUUGUCACACUUAUAUCAUACAUGACUCCCUGCAGCAUAAGAGAUCAGCUCUCCACUCAGUCCAGAUUUACAUUUUGUACUUCUUCCAUCUCUGUCAUCCUUCAUCUCGAAAAUCUUCUCCCUGUACCUCUCAAAGCACCGCUCCAUUUCCUCCGCCAGAUGUUCUGCUUUUGUAAGGUGGAGUCUGUCUUGAGGCAGAAGAAAGUUUACGGAGAGCAGUAGUAAAUGAGUUGCAAAAACUUAACUUAAGCUUCCUGAGUCAGUUAGAGAGAGUUUUAGACUCUGGUCCUCAGUUUUUAACUUGGUUGAAUGGUUAAAGCUUCACAGAUGAAAGCAGAUAAGAACGGGCGAGCAAACACUUACUAAGUCAUGCUUUAGGGAGACUUUGCUAAAGCUCUCUUUACUGCAAGUUACUCUUUAAAAAACGGUUUUCUUCUUUUCACAUUACAUUUCUUUGUGUGGCAUGAACCAAUGGUCAUAAUGUUCAUGUCAGACAGGUAUUUGCUUUAGAACACAUUUCUGAAGCCUCAGGUAACAAACACAUCUCCUGUAACAGCCUCUUCCACCUUUGACUAAAGAAAAAAAUUCCCCUCACAAGCAGGUGGCACCAUCUUUGAUGUUCACUGUCACGAAACCUCAGCAUCCAGCUGUACUCAGACUAUAAUCAGUCAGUUACAAUCACCAGCCUCUUUUCAUCUUCUCGUCUCCUCCCCACCAGCCUCUCUUUCCCUAAGACCAGUCGUGUAAUGUCUCAUCUCAUCAGUUGAAUUUGUCAGCUCUAUAACAUGUACCCUCCUCCUGCCUUCUGAAGUUCACUGAUUAUAUGAUCUGGUUAUCUGCUCAUCAUCAGCCCCUGUGUCUGACAAGGUGAUAACAGCCCCAUAUGAGCUUGUCCGACACCUCUAUCAGCCAGGUGACCAGUCAGAGGGCUGUGUGAUGCAGAUGGUCAGAGAACCAGUCAUUAUUUACUUAAGACUACAAUGAAAACUUUUGAGACCUGCCUAGAGUUUAAGAUGUACAUUUUAUUUUUAAAAUUGCAAAAGAAAAUCAAACUUGAGUUUCCUCAAAUACUCUGCUGCAGUGAUUUCAUCUUCGUUUUCCAGUCAUUAAAUGGUCAUGUUGGUCCAAAGGUCAUUGAGACUUCAUACACAGGAUAUAUUCAAGUGAUUUUGGCCUUUAUUUAUUGAUGAGAGGUAAAGUUAUAGAGGUUAAUUCAACUAAUAGACCAUUAUUAUAAUGGGGACUCAAGAAUUUAAAGAUAAACAGAUGCAAAGAUUAAGUUCUAUGUAUUGGUUGUUGUGGUGAAUGAGUCAUCGUGGCUGUGAACUCUAAUGAUGACAUGUCUGUAAUUUGAAAUUAUGUCAUUAUUUUUAAGGGUUAUUUUGCACUGGGAAAAUCUAAUUUUGGAUGACAUCCUCAGCGUGUUCAGAGACAUUGAUAAGUCUGUUGUCAGUCCCAAAAAGUGAGUCCUAGAGUUACAGUACAUUCACCUGCUGUCUCCGCAGGGACACUGAUACGCUCUGACAGGAGAGUUAAGAAUCUAUGAGGCGGUUUGAGAGUCUCCCUGAGGCUCAUCCCUCCUGUUAGUCUCUGAGAGUGUCAGUCUUCUCUUCAUCUAAGAUUGUGUAAACCUUUUUUUCUGAUUCUGCCUUGACUAUUAAUGUUUCCUAAAUGCUGAGUUACUUUGAAAACCAGUCACUCACUGACAGGCUGGAGAGGCGUGCUGUCCUGUACACACUUUGAAGUCUGAGCAGUGAAAGGUGUAUACUUUAUUUUGGCAACUUCUACUAAAUCUGGUAUUACUUAUAUGUUGUUAUCACACAUUCAUUUGUAAAAGUACAACACUGAAGUAAAUUAUCUGAAUAAUAUUUUGUCUCGUUAUGUCCCCUUCAUUGACCCUGCAGUGCUUUGUGGAGCCCCUCCUACAGUGGACAACGCCUUCCUCAUUGGUCGAAAGCGCUCCCACUAUGACAUCCACUCUGUAGUACGCUACCACUGUGCUGAUGGCUUCCUGCAACGCCAUGUGCCCACCGCUAAGUGUCGCGCUAAUGGCAAGUGGGAGCGGCCAAAAUUGAUCUGCAAAAAAUGUAAGUUUUAAACACAUAUGUUAGCAUUCGCUUUAUGAUAGCCCUGUGAGUCAAACCCGCUACAUUAACAGCCUUGAGAGCUGCCUUUGCUAUGACAAUUCAGACUUGCCACAAUCACAAUCACAAAACUGAAUUUCAAACCAAGGAUUUGUGCGUAGAAAAACUGAAGAGCUAAAACCAAUAUAUUUAUCUUACAAACCAAACAAAACCUUAUGAACCUUAAGCACUGAACCUGGGGGGAUCAGGCAUUCUCCACAGCUGCCCCUACCCUCUGGAACUCUUUACCACCCUCCAUUAGACACUGCCUUGACCCCACUACCUAUAAAUCCCUUUUACAAACUCACUUAUUUAAAAUUGCUUUUAAUAUUUAAUUGUUUUAUUUUACUGUUUUCAUGUCUCUGUUUUAUAAUCUUGGGUUUUACAUUCUAUGUAAAGCGUCUUUGAGUGUUUUUAAAAGCGCUGUACAAAUAAAAUGAAUUAUUUAUUAUUAUUAUUAUGUGCAUUUUGGAUUACAUACUUGCAGGUGCAAAAUAAUAAUCCUGUGAACUGAUGACACCACUAUCUUAUCACCAAGUUAUAUCUCAUUUUAGAUCAUUCAAAAACCUAAAGUCAGUGAUAACAGACUGUCAUUGUGCAGAUUUGAAAAUAUUUAAACCCUCAAAUAUUCACUAUUUUCCUAGAUAUUAUAGAUGACAUACUCAGACUAACAGCAAUGGUCGAAUAGAUAUAACUAUUCCAAAAUAAAAAACUAAAAAUGCUCAACUUGUUUCUCCUUGAGUUUGAUUUUAUUCAGCUCACAAUGUGACAGGAAGGGUAAAACUGAAGUAAUCCAGCCUUUUUCUUUGAGUGGUAGGAACUGUUUUCUUAUGACUCUUCUUCUUUGGACAAUGCUGCAUUUAAGGCCCGGAGUUUCAUUGUUGUUGUCAUCUAUUACAGGAAACAUUUCCUUGUGGACAGAAAAGGACAGAGCAGCCUCAUUUGGCAAAACACCCAGAGCACAAGCUUAGACUGAGGCUGUGAAUGGUUGGCUGUAGCUCAGGGUGCUUAUUCUGCAGGCUGUGAGAUAAAACAGAUUCCUUUAGUGUGGUGGAAACAGUCAAACCCUUUAUAAAGAACAUGUGGUCUUGACUUCCCUGCUUUUUGAUCUUAGACUCUUAUCUGGUUUCGCCUCCGACUGUCAAUUCAGAUCUUUCUGAUGUCUAUCUUUUUUUCUUCCAUCAUUUUUACUCAGAAUCCUCUCAUUAUCAAUCUGACAUUCAUGCCUUACCCUUCUUCAUGUUUUAAUGUUUCUUAUUUUUUCUGUGUUUGCCCUACCAGCCCACCGUUACCGGAGACACCACCACAAAAACAGGAGGGAACAUAGAAGGCACAAGAGGCAUGGCCACAGAGAGGGAGGACACCACAGAAGGGAGCUCGGACAGGGUCACAACCAUACCCAUUUCUGAACCAAAUAAACAGACCCUCUCCUUUCCCUCUGCUGCUACUAACUGCAGAUAACAUACACUGAUCAGCCACAACAUUGUGACCACUGACAGGUGACGUGUAAAACUUCACCUCACUACAUCUCACUAUAAUGGUACCUGUGAGAGGGAUAAGUUGGGCAGCAGGUGAACAUUUGGUCCUUGAAGUUUAUGUGUUGGGAGCAGGAGAAACGUGUGAGUGUGAGUAACUUUGACAAAGACUAAACCGUCAUGGUUACAGGACUGGGUUAGAGCAUAUCCAAACUGCAGAUUUUACGGGGCACUCCUGGAUAACCAUGGGUUCUACUGGUUCAAUCCAGGGGAUGACACUGUGGAGAUGAACUGCUGAAAAAUGCCAUGUUUGUUGUGAUGGAAAGGGUGUCGGACCACACAGUACAUCACAGUUUUUUGUGCAUGAGGCUGUGUAGCUGCAGACCAGUCAAGCUCUGCAUGCCAGCACCCUGCCACCUACAGCUUACAGUGCCUACAAUGGACGCAUGAGACACAUUUAACAUGGACAACAGCCUCAGCCUGAGGGAAUCUGAUGAAGCACUCGAGGUUCUCACUUGGUCCCCAAAUUCCCCAGAUUUCAACACCAUCAAGCAUCUGAUCCAAGGCUUAUCCAUGGUGGACCCUCCUCUCAACUCUCAGGACUUUAAGGAUCUGCUGCUUACGUUUUGGUGCCAGAUACCACAGCACACCUCACAGAGGUCUGGUGGACUCUCUGUCUCAUCAGAUCAGGGCUGUCCUGGCCCUGUAGAACCCUGUAGGGGGGCCUACCUAUUACGCAGGUGGUCAUAAUGUUAUGGCUGGUUGGUGUAUCUCCCUGAUCUUUCCCUCUCUUGUCCAAUCUUCCCAGAUACCCCACACCUUCCAGCAAAGGACUCUUUACCCAAGCCCCAACCCCACCCCUCUUCUACCCCUGGUUCUAAGAGACAGCCUGUUUCACUUUGAACUCUGAGGUCUGCCGAGGAGCCUCCAGGCUGAACCUUGGGGCUUUUUAGACUGAACUGUCUCUUUCUCUCCUUUUUAUAAAGUCAAAUUGAGAUGCCAGUGAGUAUUCUUCAUAGAGAAGUUGUUUACCACAUACUAUAUGAGUUGACCUCACCGGAAAUGCUGUUUCAAAGUCAGAUGCGUUAUUUAAGACAUCUUUGGUAUUGACCUGAGCUUUUUUUGUCCGUUAAACAUUUGAUUUCUACAAAUAUUCAGUGUUUAUUUUUUGACCCUGCUGCUUUUGGUUUUCUCUAAGCAAGACAUGCUUACCGGCAAUUUCCACCGCAUUCAGAAUGACUAUGAAAAGGCCGUAUCCGCACAGAUAAAUUCAGCACAGAUUAACCUGUUCUGGAGAGGAAGUUGGGCACAGACACAAAAUCAAACAUCCGAUUUCUUUUCAAAAUAAAACACUCUGUGUUUCAGGCAGAUCAUAUUUCGCACCAUGCAAUUAGGCGGGGACGAACAAGUGAAAGGUUUAUAGACAACAUUUCAUCCCGAUGACACCAUGGAUAAGGAGAUGCUGAUUUUAGAAGGAUAGAAGAGGAUUUCCUCCUCUGGAAGGACGCAAUCUACUGCUCAUUUGGUUACCCUAUGUGGCUAAAGACAACUUGUUAUCGCGCGAUUGCACCUGAAUCUGCGGGUUCUUGUGAGUUCUUGCGAUUCCUGCUGUCCGUAAUCAGCCAUGAAAUUCAGUGAAAAUCGCCACUGUUCCGGAUCAGAGCUUUUCUGGAUGCUGUGGAAAUCUGUGUAAACCUGAAGCAACUUCUUAAAUGAGAUUUACUUCAAACAAAAGCCAUUUGGAUACGUUUUUGUGAUGUUUUGGUCAGUGAGAGACAUAUACUUCAGAGCCUCCCAGGAAAAUAUGAAACACAUCUCAUCUCUAUGAAGUUUUAUCUCUCUAACUCAGUCUUCAGUCACUUUCAUGAAGUCAAACUGCUCUUGUUGUUUCAGACAAACAGUCUGAUAUUGAUUGUGACUUCAUCUGCCUUUUUCACUAAAAAUUAAACGUUUUUACAUUUUUAUGACCUAUGACAAUUAAAAGACAUGUGAGUGUAUCUAGUUGGGUCCUCUCUUCCUCUCUCUGCCACAGACACUCCACUACCACCAGCUAACUUCAAUUACACUCAUUACUGGGCAGAGCAGGUGCUUGUGCCGCUGCUAUUCACCUCUCCUGAGUGUUGCUGUGUCAGGACCUGUUCAUACGUGAAAUGUCUGUACAGAGAGGAGGGAGCUGGUUUGGGCUUUUGAAACUACUUAAAAGGUAGAUCAGAGUGAGGCCUAGGAGGUAAAUGAGUCAGCGGGCAAAUGCUGACAGGUGUCUGAGCAGAAGAAACAGAUCCCUCAUUAAACUGAAAAAAAAAGAAAAAGAAAAUGUUUGAUCUCCAGAGAGAGACUCAAUAAUUUCAUGAUACUUGCUGCUUGAGCGUGAACUUUCAAACAGCUGGACUUCAAGAAAUUGUAAAAAAAACUUUGUGGAAACACAUGAGAGACAGCUGUACAAGAAGCAGAGAUGGAGUAAAAAGGUGAGAAAUUCUCUUCUUUGUGGCAGAUUGGUCUCAUGUGUUGGUGUCCCAUCACCUUUCCCCUUUUGUACAGCACUCUGUAGAUUUUGGUUUGGUGUGUAGUGUUUGGGUUUCUUUUUGUGAACCUCUGCUCUCCUUCUUGUGGCAAUUACCUCUUGGAAUUUAUUUCUUUGAUCCCUUUUGAUAAAGGAUUUGUUCAGUAUUUUUUACAUGAUUAUUUUGUGGAACUGAAUAAAUUGAUUUUAAAACACAUCUGCUAUAUUUAAUCCUGUGCUAUCUUUGUGUGUUACUGGUCUUGACUAUUUAAAUGGUUACUUUUCCUUGAGAUGUAAUGCUGCAUUCCAAUUGUACUGGGAAGUUAGAUUUUGAGUUCCGAGUUGAAGAAAUUCACCUUGAACGCCCCCCUGAAGUCAGAUUUUUACAAAAGAGGAUUAGGGCCUAAAGAAGAGGAAAAAUAAUUACAGGAGGGAGAGUUUCUCAAUUUCCAUUUCGAGAUUAAAGUUGAAAUUUAAAAAGGUCAAUCUCAAAAUUUGAAUUUUUAAUCUCGAUAUUUGGACAUUAUUCACGACGUUUCGACAUUUCGUAAUCUUGAGAUUUUGACUUUAAUCUCGAAAUUUCAAUUUUUCAUCUCAAAAGUUUGACUUUAUUGACCUAGUUUUUUUUUUUUUAUCUCAAAAUUUCGACUCUAAUCUUGAGAGUUCUACUUUGAUCUCCGUCCCGUAUUUUUUCUCUUAGAUUUCAGACUCAGAAAGUCAGAUGAUCCUCACCAACCCCAACUUGACGAUAACGUCACAAUCCAAGAUGGCAGCACAGUGCAUCAACAUCAAAGAGUUACAGUGAAAGCUCUCUCAAUGUAUUAUUAAUUAGUACUACUGUUUUGUUUUUGUAAAAUCAAAUAAGUAUUAUAUGUAGUACUGCUCAACACCUGACUGUGGACAUAGUACUAUGGUGUUUGUACAGAUGAAAUACCGUAUUAUGUGCUGUUUUUAACUGGUAUUGCUAACAGCAGUUAAAAGCAGCUAACAACGGCUAAACAUUAUAACAGCGAGCGCCUAUCUUGGUUUUCAGACUUGUUUAUCCGAAUGCCAUCAACUCGGGUGUAAUGUCAUUCCCAGCUUCAACAUCCGACAUCCGAGGUAACUAGAACUAGAACUAGAACUAGAACUAGAACGCAGCGUAAUUUCCUGGCCACCCAAACUAAAUUGUUGUUCUACUUUGGCCCCGCACCAGCAUCCUCACUCACUAAUCCGCAUCUCUAGUUGCUGAUUGGCUUGUAAACACUUACAUGCACUUAAACAGAAAUCUUGGCCAGGGUUCCUGCAAUGCUACCUUUGGGGGAUUUGAAAAAAACUUGAUUAAGCAUGAAAUUGGCAGAAAAGCGAGACACAUCUGUCAACUGCUGAAUCAAUGAACAGAGUUUUUAGUCACAGGUGUUUGUUCUCUGGCAGUGCUCCUCGCUUAUCUCUGUUGAAUUUUAUGUUCUGCUGCCUUCAUUAUGAAGCGCGAUUAUUUGUGAUUUAUUCACUCACAGUGGAGGGAUGUCAGAUCUGGUUGGCUGUCAGUCACUCUGUUUAAGGGAACACUGAGCUUACAUUUUUGCUUUUUGUUAUUCCUCUAGAAAAGGGUAAUGGCAGACAAAGAAAGCCUUCGUGGGUCAAAAUUCCUGAUUGACGGCUGACCGGAGAAAAUUGAGGUCUGCGUUCACUUUGUGCUAUUUUCAAGCUCACUGGCAAUGUUGGAGAGAAUUUACAAUAAAUCAUCAAUCAAAUAUAAAACAUUUCUUUCAGAUGUUAUUUUAAACAAUCAGGAACUUACUUAGUAAAAUACAGUAUUAUAAGCCAGGCUCUGUACAUAAAUAUGCAGCAAUAAAAUGUGCAGGAGUUCUGUAAAAUGCCUGUUUUUGCUUUAUGCUCUAGUAGUCAGCCCUGCUUGCUCAUGAUGACGUUGAAAGCCCACAGGAGGCUUCACUCAGCCUGCAGCCUCGGGACCACAAUCACGGGCCGACCUCUGGUUCCUGAGUGAGGAAAUGGGUCUGGAGUGAGGACUGGAGCACAAGCAGCCACCCACAGGGGACCGCAUUAUGAUGGGGCUUAUCACUCUAUGGUCAGGUCAUGAGGAUUUUUCAUGUGAAAUAGCAGGGGAUAUAAUGGUUGAGGGAAUUUCACUUGACAGGAGGAAGAAUUACUCCUCGUUCUCUGUAUUUCAGCAGGUGAGUGAGCCCAGCUGCAUGUAAGACCCCACCUCUGGUUUUCAGUCUAGUUGUCUAACUUUAUCCACAGCAAUGCACCUUUUGUACAUGUGCAGCCAAGCAUCAGAGUAACACUUCACAGACCACUCUCCUCCUCCUCUUCCUAUUCUCUCUUCUCCCAAGGUAAAAGAGGCAAUGAACUAUACUGUUGGAGAUCACUCAACUCCAUUUGUCGAUAAUGUUUUUCAUGCCAAACUGGACUGCUGAAGUCUGCUGCUGGGCAGAGGGAUUGAUUUUCUAAAUGUUUGGUGUCAGCUGAAGCAAAAACUUGUAGCACAGUUCUGUGAACUUUAUUAACUUGCUGCAUCUUUGUGGUUUGAUAUGAUAAGAGUACAGGACUACAAUGAUGGACAGUAAACAUCUGCUUGGUGAUGUAUUUUGUGUCCAAGUAUGUGUUGAAUGGGCCAUAUUAUUUUGUCUGUCUUUCAACAGAUGUGAGUGUCAGGCUGUAGGUUGAAGAGCAGAACUUUUCUGUUGGUUGAACUUUUUCACAUUUUGUCACUCUACAACCACAAACUGAAAAGUAUUUUAUCAAGAUUUUUUGUCAUAUAUCAACACAAAGUAACACAUAAUUGUAAAGUGGAACGAAAAUGAUACAUGGUUUUCAAAAAUUUAAACAAAUUAAAAUCUGAAAAGUGUGGUGUGCAUUUGUAUUCAGCCCCCUGUACUCUGAUACCCCUAAAUAAAGGGCAGUGCAAUAAAUUACCUUCAGAAUUCACCUAAUUAGUUAAUAGAGUCCACCUGUGUGUAAUUUAGUAUCAGCAUAAAUACAACUGUUCUGUGAAGGCCUCAGUGCUUUGUUAGAGAACACUAGUCAACAAAGAGCAUCAUGAACACCAAGAAACUCACCAGACAGGUCAGGUAAAAAGUUGUGGAGAAGUUUAAAGCAGGGUUUGGUUAUAAAAAAAUAUCCAAAGCUUUGAACAUCUCAAGGAGCACUGUUCAAUCCAUCAUCCAGAGAUGGAAGAAGUAUGCCACAACUGCUAACCUACCAAGACAUGGCUGUCCACCUAAACUGACAGACCGAGCAAGGAGAGUGAGAGAAGCAGCCAAGAGGCCCAUAGUCACUCUGGAGGAGCAGCAGAAAUCCACAGCUCAGGUGGAAGAAUCUGUCCACAGGACAACUGUAAGUCAUGUACUCCACAAAUCUGGCCUUUGUGGAAGAGUGGCAAGAAGAAAGCCAUGUUGACAGAAAGACAUAAAAAGUCCUGUUUGCAGUUUGCCACAAGCCACACAUCAAACGUGGAAGAAGGUGCUCUGGUCAGAUGAGACCAAAGUUGAACUUGGAAGCUGGUCAGAGUGGAUGGGAGGAUGGGUAGAGCUAAAUACCGGGCAAUCCUGGAAGAAAACCUGUUGGAGGCUGCAAAAAACUUGAGACUGGGAAAGAGAUUCACCUUCCAGCAAGACAAUGACCCCGAAGAAUAUUCAUGUGUUAGAAUGGCCAAGUCAAAGUCUAGACCUAAGUCUCAUUGAGCAUCUGUGGCAAGACUUGAAAAUAGCUGUUCACAGACACUCGCCAUCCAAUCUGGCUGAGCUUGAGCUAUUUUGCAAAGAACAGUGGGAAACAUUUUAGUUUCUAGAUGUGCAAAGCUUGUAGAGACAUACCCCAUAAGACUUGCAGCUGUACUUACAGCAAAAGGUGGCUCUACAAAGUAUUGACACGGGGGGGCUGAAUUCAAAUGCACACCACACAUUUUUUAAAUUUUUUAUUUCUUUAAAACUUUGAAAACCAUGUAUCAUUUUUGUUCCACUUCACAAUUCUGUGCUACUUUGUGUUGGUCUAUGACAAAAAAUCUCAAUAAAAUACUUUUAAGUUUGUGGUUGUAGAGUGACAAAAUGUGAAAAAGUUCAAGGGGUAUGAAGACUUUUUCAAGGCACUGUAAAACUGACUACCCCUCCCAACUCCACCCACAUGUCAACUUCAGAUUCCUGCAAGCAGGAGAAAUAAAACAGACUUAGGCCAUGUCCCAACAGAGACAAAACUGGUCUGUCUUUCCUGUUUUACAAAAAAGUUUUCUGUAAACAUGGAAUUGUCUCAAAAUUAUGUCAACACAAAACCACUAACAACAAUAUCGUAUAUAUACACCAAGUAAGGCCACAAUGCUGUUACAGAAAUACACCAAAAACAGAGAACAAGAUGGUUUUAUGUGUAUUAAACUUGUGCCAGAAAGAAGUAAACUGCAUGUGGGUUAAAGGAGAGGUGGUGCUAUGGUGUCAUCAAUACAGGAAAAAUUGCGUACAUUGUAAACGCAAGGGCGGCAUCUUUCAAAAUGCAGGUUCUCUGUGGACGAAGCCUCCUUCAGAUUAAAAAAGAUAAAAAAUAAAAAAUAAACUUUUUUUUGCUGGAAAUCCAUCCUCUCUGUACAGCUCCUACUGGGAAAUGCUUCAAACUCUUCAUGACCUCUGCUCUCACCAAAAAAAAAAAAAACUUCAGUGAGUGAGGGAAAAUUCAUCUGCCAACUUUGAAUCUUGAGAAACCUUGCUUAGUUUUUGCUCUCUUUAGGUAGCAAUAUGUUCUUGAAGAGGAUUAAUAAACUGUUUAAGCAAAAUCAGGUCCUGUAGAUCCUCUAAAGUAUUGACCUGGAAUGCAAUACACCAGCCGUUAAAGUUUGUGGUUAGAUGGGGAGCAAAUUUAGUGAAAGAUUGUUUUAGUGUGUCCUGGCUAAACUGAGCAUUCCUGUAGCUGUGAAGAAUGUAUAACUUCUGAGUGCAGCUAAUUAUUCCAGCUCCAUCCACAUGCCAACUCCAGAUACCUGCAAGCAGGAGAAAACAAACAGACUGAGAGUCUGAAACAAGAGAACAAGACAGUAGGCAGAGAAAGAGGGGCUGUCACACAGAUUCACAUGCAAGCCUGCCCUGCACAUAACCCUUGCAAGCUUUUCUCAAACUUGCAUGUACAAUUUAUCUAUUCGUGAGAGCAACUUUGCAGCCUGUGAGGAGAAAAUUAUGUUCUAUGAGUGCAAAAAUGGACUCAGUGCGUGAUUGCUUUCCCUUUGCUCGGCAGAAAGCACAACUAAAACCCACUUUAAGGUCAGAAAUGUUGCAUGGUGGUGCUGUGGAAGCCCUUGCUCGGGUUGUAUAUGCAUGUGGGCAGUGCAUUUGUGUCCCAUUUUGCUGCUGUGGGAUAAAAAACAUUUAUCUCCAAAAUCACGACAUUUUGAAAGGUAAAAAAAAAACUCAGUGUUUUUUAGAUCGCUUACCAUUACGUGGAAUUCAAUUGUGAACUUUUUGGACACUUUCAAACAAUAAGAACUUUAGAAAUCCCAAUAACAGAUGACUAAUGUGUCAAAUGGUUUAUAAAAAAUUGGCAUGAUUUUGCUGCCAUAAAUCUGAGGAGUGCAUGGAGGAGGGGGUUUCCAAACCAAUUUUGAGACUUUCUGAAUGGAUUCCAAUGACAACCAUUUCAGCAUAAUGCUAUCCUCUGCUUAAAUCCUGAUCCCUCAACCUCCUCAUUUGAGAUAAACCUCCCCAGACAGGUGCCAUACUGUUCAGAGACUCAAUUUGCCUUUUGGAAAACCAGCCUCUAGCUUUUUGUCCCACUGAAACUGAGAUUAUCAAAAAGUCAGUCACCACCAUCCCCUCCCUCUCUUUGUCUCUGUCAAGUCCUUUA